CUGAGCAGAGUCAGCGUUCCCAGCCCGAACGCCUCGGCUGGAGGGACUGCUGUCAGUGGGAAAAGCAGAACUACACGGCGCUGGCCUGUAGUUUUGUUUUUUUUCUGAAGGGGUUCCUACGCGACUCAGCUGGCUUCAUCUGGACUUUCUGACCCAUUUUCUGGAUAAAGGUUGCAGAUCUGCUGUAAACAGCCCUCCUCUGGGCACCCACCCCCCACCCCCAAGGCAUCCUUGUGCAGACAAGGUGCCAAACAACAUGUCAACACAGGCGCCAACGUUCACACAGCCUCUACAGAGCGUUGUGGCACUUGAGGGUAGUGCCGCAACGUUCGAGGCUCAAGUCAGUGGUUCUCCAGUUCCUGAGGUGAGCUGGUUUCGUGAUGGCCAGGUUCUUUCUGCCGCUGCUUUGCCCGGCGUUCAGAUCUCAUUCAGCGAUGGCCGCGCUGUUUUGAGGAUCCCCGCCGUGACUGCCGCACACAGCGGGCGCUUUUCUAUCAGAGCAACCAAUGGAGCUGGACAAGCCACAAGCACUGCUGAGCUUCAAGUCACAGCCGAGACAGCGCCACCAAACUUUCUUCAAAGACUUCAGAGCUCUACCGUGAGGCAGGGCAGCCAGGUGAGGCUCGACGUCCGGGUGACAGGCAUCCCCACGCCUGUGGUGAAAUUCUACAGAGAAGGAGCUGAGAUCCAGAGCUCGGCAGACUUCCAGAUCCUGCAGAACGGAGAUGUGUACAGUCUGCUGAUUGCCGAAGCCUUCCCAGAGGAUUCUGGGACAUAUUCUGUGACGGCUACAAACAGCAGCGGACGGGCCACGUCCACCGCUGAGCUGCUGGUUCAGAGUGAAGAAACUGUUCCUUCCAAGAAGACCAAGACCACUGUGUCUUCAUCCCACAUGGAGACUUCUCAGACAACAGUGCAGAGGAAGGUUGAGGCCAGCUUUCAGGCCACCACAAUGAUGGAGAUGCAUGCAGAAACAGGAAUGAUAACUCAGCAUUUGGCUCACAAAACCCCUCCACGGGUCCCCCCCAAGCCAACGUCCAAGUCCCCACCGUCCUACGUUUCCAAGGUAACAGUAGGCCGUCAGCAGUCCCCAUCACCUGUGAGACACGUGAAAGGACCGACUCCAGCCCCCGUCACAUCCGUCUCUCCCUCCAGUAGAAUAUCUGCCACUGGUAUCAGACCAGUCAAAUCGCCCGUGAUGGCCAGGAAACAGGUAUCUGCCUCUGCAGAGGUGCUACCACCAUGGAAACAAGAAGAGUAUGUUGCAGAGGCCAGUUACACCAGCAUGACCAGCAUGACUAGCGUCAGCAGCGCUGCUCAGCUGCACAUGGAGAAGCAUUGGGAGCAGCAAGUGGCCACCAGCAGACAGGCUGAGACUGAGAAAAAAGCAGAUGCGGUCGCCACAGUGGUGGCCGCUGUCGACCUUGCUCGUGUGCGUCAGCCUGCACCAGAGGGCAGCUGGGCCGAAGAGGCUUUGGAGAUGGAAUUAGAGCAGGACCUGGCCUUAACUUUUGAGGAACAAGCCGUUGCAAUAGAAUCAGCUCCUGCUGACUCGGCAGUGCCCACAGACCAGCACAGAGUCCAGAUGUUGCAGAUUCAGAGAACAACCGAAAUGUCCUCCCAUGUGGACACAGGUGCCAUCUCAGUUCCACAUUUCACAGUUUCCAAAGUUUCUGUUCCUAAACCUGAACUGAGCCACAAGGUGUCCAUGGCCGGCUCUGCCGUCGCCGCUCUGCACAAAGAGCUGUCCUCCCCCCAUGCUCCCAGAAAGGUCAUCAAGCCAGUCAAGUCUCCAAGUCCUUCUCGCAGGGUGGCAUUUGUGGAGGCAAGGGAGACCGCUGAGCGCCCCCCCACUCUGUUUAGGGACAUCAGAUACGAAAGGCAGUUUGAGGGCGGGGCUUAUGCAGUGAGUGAGGAGGAGUUUGAGGACUGGGAGCCACAGGAAACAGCUGCCGUGCCCACAAGAGCUCAGGAGCCAGCUGUUCCCCCCACUAUCAUUGCUGGUCUGAAAAACUUGACGGUGACGGAAGGCGAGUCUGUGACCCUGGAGUGCCAGAUCAGCGGCCAGCCCGCCCCCGUCAUCAUGUGGUUCAGAGAAGACUACAAAAUCGAGAAUUCAAUUGACUUCCAAAUCAGUUAUGAGAGCGGAUAUGCCCAGAUGGUGAUUCGCGAGGCGUUUGCCGAAGACAGCGGGCGCUUCACGUGCACCGCCACCAACCAGGCGGGAACCAUCAGCACAUCUUGCUACUUGCUUGUCAAAGUAUCAGAGGACAUUGAGAGCAGGGAGGAAACGACUCUGAUAGAAACUGGAAUGACGCAAACACAGAGUCUUGCUGUUGAGACAAAGGAGCAGAAGGAGGUGAGCACAGGAGAAUCUGAAGCUCCCUUCUUUAUUCAAAAACCCACCGCACAGAAGCUGGUGGAGGGAGGAAGCGUCGUCUUUGACUGCCAGAUUGGAGGGAACCCGAAACCCCACAUCAUCUGGAAGAAGAACGGCAUACCGCUUACCACCGGAUACAGAUAUAAAGUUGCCUACAGAAAAGAUACUGGACAAUGCAGGCUGGAGAUCUCCAUGACUUUUGCUGAUGAUGCUGGAGAAUACUCCGUCUUUGCUAAGAAUCCCCUUGGAGAAGCCUCAGCCUCUGCCAGACUUUUGGAAGAAGCGGAAUAUGAAACCUGUAUGAAGCAGCAAGACGUGACAUUUAAAAGUGAAGUAAAAACAAUAGUGACCCAGGAGCCGUCUGUGGUCAUCAGUCAGUUCGAGAAGGACCAGGAGAGAGUGACGGCUCCCGUGAGCUUUGUCUCUGAGACGGAAUUCCUCAUUUCUGCUUUUGAAGAGAGGAUCAUUCAGGAGAUCGAGCUCCGUAUCAUGAGAAUCUCCUACACAGAACUGGUGGUUGAGGAUGGAGAGAUGGCGGUGACUGUUGCAGAGGAGGAGGCAGUGCAACCGGCCUUUGGUACACCGGUCAAAAACUACCGCAUCAUGGAGGGAAUGGGUGUUACUUUCCACUGCAAGAUGUCUGGACAUCCACUUCCAAAGAUUGUCUGGUACAAAGACGGCCAGCGCAUUAGGCCCGGUGGUCGAUACCAGAUGGAGGUUCUUCAGGACGGAAGAGCAAGCCUUCGAUUGGCUGUGGUGCUGCCUGAGGAUGAAGGCGUAUACACUGCCUUUGCCACUAACAUGAAGGGCAAUGCUGUCAGCUCAGGGAAGCUCUACGUGGAGCCAUCUGGCAUUGCCACACCUCAGAGAUACACUCCACAGCCAUCAAUGCAGAGGAUCAGGUCCACAUCUCCUCGUUCUCUGAGUCGUUCCCCGGGCCGUUCGCCCAGCCGCUCACCCGGACGCUCACCAGCUCGCCGCCUGGAAGAGACCGACGAGAUUCAGCUGGAAAGACUUUACAAACCGGUUUUUGUCUUGAAGCCAUCUUCAAUUAAAUGCUCUGAGGGACAAACUGCCAGAUUCGACUUGAAGGUUGUGGGCAGACCGAUGCCUGAUACAUACUGGUUCCACAAUGGACAACAAGUGGUAAACGACUACACACAUAAGAUAGUGAUUAAGGAGGAUGGUACUCAGUCCUUGAUCAUUGUCCCAGCUGUACCACAAGACUCAGGAGAAUGGACAGUUGUUGCUCAGAACAGAGCUGGACGGACAUCGGUUUCAGUCGAUCUCUCUGUUGAAGCACGUGAAAGCCUAGCUCGGCCUCAGUUUGUGGAGAAGCUGAAGAACAUCACAGUGAAGCAGGGCACUCUGGUUGAGCUAGCUGUCAAAGCCAUGGGAAAUCCCAUUCCAGACAUUGUGUGGCUGAAAAACAGUGAUAUUAUCACACCGCAAAAACAUCCACAUAUCAGGAUUGAAGGAACUAAAGGAGAAGCCAAAUUCCACAUUACCUCAGCUGCAGGCUCAGACAGCGCCUGGUACACCGCUACAGCCAUCAACAAGGCUGGUAGGGACACCACCCGCUGUAGGGUUAAUGUUGAGGCAGACGUCAGCGCUCCUCAGACUGAGAGGAAGCUCAUUAUCCCCAGAGGAACCUACAAGGCCAAAGAGAUUGCACCACCAGAGCUGGAGCCUCUCCAUCUGAGAUAUGGACAAGAGCAGUGGGAGGAAGGCGACCUCUAUGACAAAGAGAAGCAACAGAAACCUCUUUUCAAGAAAAAAUUGACUUCUAUCAGAAUGAAGCGGUUUGGACCUGCUCAUUUUGAAUGCAGACUGACCCCUAUUGGAGACCCGACUAUGGUAGUGGAGUGGCUGCAUGACAGCAAACCCCUGGCUGCUGCCAACAGGCUGCGCAUGGUCAAUGAAUUUGGCUACUGCAGCCUUGACUAUGAAGUUGCCUAUGCCAGAGACAGCGGUGUUAUCACUUGCAGAGCCUCCAACAAGUUUGGAGUGGACCAGACCUCGGCCACUCUGAUUGUCAAAGAUGAGAAAGGCCUAGUUGAGGAAACGCAGCUUCCUGAAGGCAGGAAGGGGGCGUACAGGGUGGAUGAGAUUGAACGCAUGGUUCAUGAGGGAGGACCUGCUGGUGUUAGCGCUGAUGAGGAAUCAGAGAAGACAAAACCUGAAAUUGUCCUGCUUCCUGAACCGGCUAGAGUGCUGGAAGGAGAUAUUGCACGAUUCCGCUGCAGAGUUACUGGCUACCCAGCACCAAAGGUUAACUGGUACCUUAAUGGACAACUUAUUCGCAAGAGCAAGAGAUACAGACUUAAUUAUGAUGGCAUUUAUUACCUUGAAAUAGUUGACACCAAAUCCUAUGAUUCAGGUGAGGUAAGAGUGGUUGCAGAUAACCCUUUAGGCACAUCUGAGCAUACAGUGAAACUGGAGAUCCAACAGAGAGAGGACUUCCGAUCAGUGUUGCGUCGAGCUCCAGAGCAGAGGGCUGCAGAGGUCCAGCAGGAAUCUGGCAAAAUUGGAUUUGACGUUGUGAAAGCAGACCGACCAGGCGAGGUCCCACAGGACAGGGAGAUAGUCAAGCUUCGUAAAGCACAGAGAGUAUCCCAUGAGAAAACUUCGGAGGAGUCAGAAGAACUGAAGAGCAAGUUCAAGCGCAGAACAGAGGAGGGCUUCUACGAGUCCAUCUCAGCAGUAGAGUUCAAGUCUCGCAAAAGAGACGACUCCUAUGAAGAUCUUUUGAAGAAGACCAAGGAUGAGUUGCUUCAUCGCAUGAAAGAAAAAGAAGAAUUAGAAAGGAAGAAGCUGGAGGAACAGGGCAAAAUCACCAUCCCCACCAUCAGACCAGAAAGGGUGCAGCUCUCACCCAGCAUGGAGGCACCUAAGAUCUUGGAACGCAUUUCUAGCAAGACCGUUGCUCCAAUGGAUGAAGUCCGUUUUCGAAUCAGAGUUGUUGGAAGACCAGAACCUGAGUGUCAGUGGUUCAAGAAUGGCGUUCAGCUGGAAAAGUCUGACCGUGUUUACUGGUACUGGCCUGAGGAUCACGUAUGUGAACUGGUUAUCAGAGACGUCACAGCAGAAGACUCUGCUAGUAUCAUGGUUAAGGCCAUGAAUGUCGCUGGAGAAUCUUCGAGCCAUGGCUUUCUGCUUGUCCAAGCGAAGACAGCAAUUAGUUUUACCCAAAAACUUGCUGAUGUCACUGCCAAUGAGAAGGACACCAUGAUGACUUUCGAGUGUGAAACCAACGAACCUUUUGUCAAAGUAAAAUGGCUCAAAAACAAUGAUGAGAUCUUCUCAGGAGACAAAUACAGAAUGCACUCUGACAGAAAGGUCCACUUCCUGUCUGUGCUGAUGAUUGAAAUGAGGGAUGAAGCAGAAUACACCUGCGAGGUUGUUGAGGAUGAGAAUGUAAGGACAAGCGCACGGCUCCAUGUUGAAGGUGCCCCCUUGGAGCUAAUCAAAUACAUGGAUAACAUUGAGGUACCAGAGACCUACGCUGGAGAGUUUGAGGUUGAGGUGUCCCGUGAGGACGCAGAGGGCACGUGGUACUUUGGAGACAAAGAGCUCUCUCCGAGCAGUAAAUAUAUCAUGUCCUCUCGCCGUGGAAGGCACACUCUGUCCGUCAAAGAUGUCAGGAAGGAAGACCAGGGGAAAUAUACCUUCAUAUGUGGGGAUCUGAAGACCAGUGCCUCUCUGAAGAUGAAAUUGCGCCCAGUGACACUCAUGCAGCCCCUAGCAGAUCUUACGGUAUGCGAGGGUGACAUUGCCCAGCUAGAAGUCAAGUUCUCCCAGGAAAAUGUGGAGGGAACAUGGAUGAAGAGUGGCCAGGCCAUCUCUGCUUCAGACCGUGUCCACAUCAUUAUCGACAAACUCGUCCACAAGCUGCUGCUGGAGAACGUCAGCAGAGAAGAUGCUGCUUCUUACUCUUUUGUGGUUCCAGCUCAUGACAUUUCCACCUCCGGAAAACUCAACAUUCAAACUAUUGACAUCGUUGUGCCACUGAAGGACAUCUCUACCAUCGAAGGGACAAAGGCUGUCUUGGAGGCCAAGAUCUCCGCCCAGGAUGUCAGCUCUGUCAAAUGGUACCACAACGACAAACUGCUGAUGCCCAGUGAUCGAGUCCAGGUGGUGGCAAAAGGAGCAAAGCAGCGACUGGUCUUCACCAGGACCUACGCUUCAGAUGAAGGACACUACAAACUGGUCGUGGGGAAGGUGGACACCAGCUGCAGUCUGACCAUUGAACAAAUUCAAAUUGUAAAACACAUGGAGGACAAAGUGUGCUCAGAGUCGCAAAACGUAACUUUCAACGUGGAAGUUUCUCAUCCUGGAAUUGACCCAGCCUGGACCUUCCGAAACCAGCAACUCAAAGCUGGACCCAAAUACAAAAUGGAGUCAAAGGGUAAGGCCCACUCUUUGACGAUCAUCGACACCAUGAAGGAUGAGGAGGGCCAGUACAUGUUUCACGCAGGGGAAAAGACAUCCAGCGCCCAGCUCACAGUCUCAGGUGGAGCUAUUACACGACCCCUGCAGGAUGUGACCGUCGCUGAGUCUCAGACUGCUGAGUUUGAAUGCGAAGUUGCAAACGCCACCGCUGAGGGAAAGUGGCUGAAGGACGGCCAGCCCUUGGACUUCAGUGAGAACGUGGUGAGCGAGGUGAAGGGGGCCGUCAGGCGUCUCGUCAUUGUCAUCACCAGACCGCAGGAUGUUGGAGAGUACACCUACCAGGUGGCUAACUCCAAAACCAGCGCCAACCUGAAAGUAGAGGCUGUGAAGAUCAAGAAGACUUUGAGAAACCAGACGGUGACAGAGACCCAGGAGGCCGUGUUCUCGCUGGAACUCACACACCCUGACGUCAAAGGAUCCCAGUGGAUCAAGAACGGAGUCGAACUGCAGAACAGCGACAAGUUUGAGAUUACCUCCGAGGGCACCGUCCAAACUCUAAAGGUGAAAAACUGCAACGCUAUGGAUGAGACGGUAUAUUCCUUCAAAUUGGGAAAGCUGUCUGCCAACGCCAGACUCAACGUUGAGACCAUCAAAAUUGUGAAGAAGAUAAAGGACGUGACCUCACUGGUAGAUGGCACCGCCUCCUUUGAGAUGAGCCUGUCACACGACAACGUCCCGGUCAAGUGGAUGUUUAACGGCCAGGAGCUGAAGUCCAACGACAAGUGCAAGAUUCUGUCGGAGAGAAAAGCUCACAAGUUGAUCCUUCAGAACGUGGACAGCAGCAGCUCUGGAGAGUACACCGCCGUGGCGGGACACCUGCAGUGCAGUGCCGUGCUCACAGUAGAGGCUCUGCGUGUCACAAACCCCAUGAAGAGCGUGGAGGUCCCAGAGACCCAGGUGGCCACAUUCGAGUGUGAGGUCUCCCACUUCAACGUGCCGUCCACAUGGCUGAAGGACGGCGUGGAGAUCGAGAUGAGCGAGAAGUUCAGGAUUGUUGUUCAGGGGAAACUGCACCAGCUGAAAAUCAUGAACACAAGCAGAGCCGACUCUGCAGAGUACACGUUCAUCUGCGGCAACGACCGAGUGUCUGCAACUCUUACUGUCAACCCUGUCCUGAUCACUUCCAUGUUGAAAGACCUGAACGCUCAGGAGCGUGACACCAUAACCUUCGAAGUCACCGUUAAUUAUGAGGGAAUCUCGUACAAAUGGCUGAAAAACGGGGUGGAGGUGAAGUCAUCGGACAGAUUUCAGGUCCGCACGCGACAGCUCACGCACUCGCUCAGCAUUCGCAAUGUUCACUUUGGGGACGGAGGCGAAUACCAGUUUGUGGCUGGAUCUGCUGCCACCUCUGCUAACCUGUUUGUUGAAGCUCGCCUGAUAGAGUUCACCAAGAAGAUUAAGGACAUAAAGAUCACAGAAAGGAAGAAGGCCAUUUUCGAGUGUGAGGUUUCUGAGCCAAACAUCCAAGUGAUGUGGAUGAAGGAUGGCCAGGAGCUGGACUCAACUGAGGAAAGAUAUGUAGUCACAGCAGAGAAGUUUGUUCAUCGCCUCAUGAUCCAGACCGUGCGAAUGUCUGACUCCGGCGAGUACUCUGUAGUCGCUGGAUCAAGCGUCUCCAAGGCGCAGCUGACUGUGGAGGGCCGUGAUAUUCGAAUCUCUGAACCUGCUGAACGAGAGAUCACAGUUCUUGAGAAACAGAGAGCCACCUUUGAGUUUGAGGUGAACGAGGAUGACGUGGAGGGCCGCUGGCUGAGGAACGGCGUUGAAAUCCAGGUCUCCGUGGAGGAACGGUUCAGUUACACAGCCAUCAGAAAGCUGCACCGCCUCACCAUCUCUGAGACUUACAGGAGCGAUGCUGGGGAAUACACCUUUAUCGCCGGCAAGAACAGAAGCACCAUGCACCUCAGAGUCAACAUCCCAGAGCCACCUCAGAUCCUUCGUCACAUGGAGCCCCAGUCUGUGGAAGCUGGGAAGCCCGCCCGCUUUUCUGUGCAGGUCAGCGGCGUUCCACAACCGCAGGUCUUCUGGUACAAAAACUCUCAGGCUCUGUCCCCGGGAUUUAAAUGCAAGUACCUCCAUGAUGGCAACGAACACACGUUGCUACUGAUCGAAGUCUUCCCUGAGGAUGCUGCCGUUUACAACUGUGAGGCCAAAAACGAUUACGGCACUGCGACGAGCACCGCCUCCCUCAACGUUGAAGUGACAGAAGUGGUGUCUCCAGACACAGCGGCUCCUGUUGCUCCUCCUGUGAUCAUCUCACCCAUUGCUGACACCUCAGCCCGUGAAGGAGAACCGGCUCGAUUCCAGUGCAGAGUCCGUGGAGACGACGUGAGGAUCAGCUGGUUCCACAAGGACAAGGAGAUCAAGCAGUCGGAGUUCUUCAGGAUGUCUCAGUUUGACGACAGCUGUCAGCUGGAGAUCUCCAGAGUUUAUUCCGAAGACGAGGGGGAGUACACCUGCGUGGCCACAAACGACGCCGGGAGAGUGUCUUGCUCAGCCACGCUCACACUGGACGGGAAAAUACAAACUCCGAGCAGUCAUCCGGAGUCUCAGUGGCAUGUCUCCACCAGCCUCACCGGCCUAAAGAAACCUGCCAUCAGCCAAAAGCCAUUUUUCACCCAACCAAUCACAAGCUGCGUGGUGCCACAUGGGGAGGUGGCUCGAUUCCACGCACGAGUGUCCAGCAUGCCAAAGCCAGAGAUUAGCUGGUUCCACAACCGGCAGCCUGUUUUCCCCACUAAGAACGUGGUGUUCCACUUUGAUGAGGUGACGAGCACCGCUACACUCAUCAUAGUGGACGCCUUCUCUGAGCACGCUGGACAGUACACGUGCAGGGCGGCCAAUAAUGCUGGAGAGGCCGUGUGCUCAGCCACCCUUACCAUAACCAGAGAGGAAGAAGCAGCUCAAGUGAGGGAGCAGAUUGAAGCCACCAUUGAGCAGGAAGGGAGAGAAUUUUCUAGCACCACCAUCACCACUGUGGAAGAACAAGAGGAAUCCCACUACUCUGGUGUCCAGUUACCACAGAAAUCUACACUUGAACUCAAGCCAGAAUCCAAACGUUACUCCUCCUCUAUAGAGAGGAAAAAGGAAAAACCAGUUUUUCUUUCCCAACUCUCCCCAGCAUCUGUUAUGUCGGGAGAAACAGCACAGCUCACUGUUAGAGUGGCAGGAUUUCCAAAGCCAAUUGUUCAGUGGUUUCAUAAUGGCAGGGCGAUCAAAAGUUCUCCUGUGUAUAGGCUAAUUGAAGAAAAGGAGGAGUAUACACUGGUAAUCACACGAGUCACGUCCGAGUAUGAGGGCGAGUACUCAUGCACCGCAACCAACAGAUUUGGACAGAUGACAUGCUCCACAUACCUUGAGGUGAAAAAGUCUGAUGUCAGCCAGGCAGAGCGGUGGGUGGAGAAGAUGUUUCAGACCAGAGGUCAACCUCCCAGUUUCACAGUUCAGAUUCAACCUGUGAGGUGCUCGGAAGGGGGUGAGGUUUCUUUUCAAUACAAAGCCCAAGGGGAUCCAGUUCCUCAUGUGAAAUGGUACAGAGGGGCUUUCCAAAUCCAACCUAGUAGAAACUGCAUCAUCUUAACCCACCCUGAUGGGUCUGGCUUGAUCAAUAUCAAGAGUGUGAAACAGGGGGACAGUGGCUUGUACACCUGUAAGGCUACCAAUCAGUUUGGCGAGGCAACCUGUAGUGCUGAACUUGUUGUGUUCAGAGAGCAGGAGCAGGUGACGGUUGUUCAGAAGAAAGGUUAUAAGGUGUCAGUGUCAGAACAGGCAACGCAGUCUCGCCUGUAUCAGGUCAGCCUGCCAGGUCAGGACAAAGCAAAGCCGGAUCAGAUGGUUUACACCAUCGGCACGGAGGACAGGCAAAUUAUCCCCAGUGAACAGGUGGGCCCGCUGAGGGAGGUAGAUAUCUCUGCUGCCACGGUCCACCGGGAGACGCUAACCCAACAAGCAGCGGUGCUUCACCGUCAUGACAUUGAGGAAACCGUGUCGGCUGUUCCCACUCGCCCACCUCAAGUGUCAGCUGUUCCUGCCAAACAGCUUCACAUGGCUGCAUUUACGUCCUCUGUGGAAGAGAGUAAGGACCUCACAGAGGAUCACUGUGAUCGGAUUCAGAGCCCUGAGGUCAUUGAACUGCGGGUGGCAAAAGAGCAAAAGUCAAAGGUGAUGGUAGCUGUUGCUGAGGAGCUGACGCCUGGUUGUACUGUUGGCAAAGAGCCUCUCAGUGAAAAACCAGCUACAGUUGCACCCACCUCUGAACCCAAACACCUGAUGAGUGGGCAUCAGGUUGAAGCACAGUUGUCUAUCAUGAAAGAGAAGUCUGUGGACUUCCCCACACCACAGGAAGAAAGGGGCUACAAAGUUAAAGAGGGUGUAAAGAUUUUAUACUCUACUCAGUCUACAGAGAUGCAGAUGCUGGAUGAAAGUCACACAUCUGAACUGGCAACAGCAGAAUCUGCUCUCAAGUCUGUUGUUGGGAAAGAACCGCAACAGCCAACUUUGGCCUCGUUAAGUGAGUCUAAACAAACUCUGUCCAAGGAGACGAGCUUCUCUGUGCAGAAACCCACAGAAAAAGCAGUUCUGGUGUCUAAGGACAAAAUGAUGAUGGCAGCUUUGACAACUGAAGAGAGGCGCAUGCUACAAGCUGAGCCUACGCAUCAGCUCCCCCGUUUGGACAGCCCAGUCUCUGUUCAGUCGCAGGUAGAAGGAGAACAAGUGCUGCAGCUGCAGGUUAUCACAGACCAGGAUCUCAUUCCAUCUGAGGGGGCCUUUACCUGUGAGAGGCCAGCGCAAGAGCAAGUAGAAACCAGUGCAAGUCCCACUCUGCUUCACACUGUUAGCCAGGAUGAGCAGAAGGCUGUGGUUUGUGAAAGCUCAUCACAGUUUGAUGCAGCAACAGAGUCAGUGACAGCCCAUCCUGAGAAAGAGGCUCCUACUCUGCUGCAUUUUCAAUCCACCCAGCCUGUGGAGGUGCUGCCCAAAGAAGGCCUCAUCACACAUGAGAGACCUGACCAGCAGGUGGCAGAUCAGAAGCAAGAGAAAUGGAGGAGCCAUGCUGCUGUUUCAGAAGAGAGAAGAAAGCUCACGGCAGAUUAUCACACAGAGCUUGAUUUGUCUGUGACUGGAGUUAAACCUCAACUUCGAACUGAGUCCAGACCUCAGAAUGUCCUCCAGCUAGCUUUUCAGCCUCUGCAGCUUCCGAAAGAGACCCCACUUACAAUUGACUUCAAGCAGCAGCGAGCUUUAGUGCAGAAGGAGGACCGCUGGAACACCAUGCAUGUCACCAGUGUGUCAGACAGUCAGACCUUAGAAGAGGGCCACACAGAGAGCUUGAGCAGCGUAGACUCCUUCAAGUGUCUGACAGCCAUUGAACCAAAAGUUUCAACUGAGCCAAUCCAAAUUGAGGAGAAGGAAAUCUCCACGGAGAGUAGUUUGUCUCUGGAGGCAGCAGAGCAGGAUUUUGCGAUUCAGAUUCAGGAAGGUCAGUCUGUCAGGCAGUCAAUAGUAAUGCAUGAGAAGCAGGUGUUGACAGGAGAACUCUCUCAGGAGAUCACCAAAUCAGAGUCCACCAAAGUUAUGGUCACCACACAGCCAAAGCUGUCUAUUCUGGCAUCGGAAUCUAAAGAUACCAAAACUCUUCCCAAAGAGAUGACCUUUGUGAUUCAGAUCCCUAAACCAUCCAGUCUGAACAUCCGCCACCAGCUCAGAGAAGCCCUGCAGUCUGCUAUAGCCAGUGACCAGCCUGUGUUGCUUGCUGAUGUUGUGAAGAGGUUACAAGUUGCAGAGGUACAUGAGGUCAAAGUUCAGCGAGAACCUAAACAGGCUAUGUUCACAUACCUGAUCACAUCAACCGGUCUCCCCACAGAGAUAACUGUGACUUUAGAGGGUGAAUAUCCUCAAACAGCUGACCUCAGGACUGAACUUCAGGCAGCUCUUCACUCCAUCAUGUUCCAAGAGGCCCAGGUUCUAACAUCCGAACAGCCGGGCACUAUGCAGUUAGACAAACCUCAGAGGGCUCAAGUCACCGCAGGAAGCUCUAAGGAAAUGCAUUCUUCACUGGUUCAGAUGGUUUGUACUGCAGAUAGCUCAGUGGACUUUAGUGCUGUGAGAUCUCAGGCUGCUGCGCUGAAAACGGAAUCUGAAAUCAGAGUUGAACAUGCCGCGGGUGAGCAAAAGGUUGUGGUGCAGCAAUCCAAAGCAGCGAAGGUUGAGCAGUCCAUCUCCUCCCAGGUGUCCACCCAGACUCGUGCAACUUUUGAGCAGGCUGUGCAGGUUUCAAAGCAAGAAAUGACAUCAAUAACUGUGAAAAGCACAGAAAAAGACACAGUGGCCUCAGUCACCACUGCCCUGCCCAUGAGCACUGAUCAUAGAGUGGAUGUCAGCAUCCAACAGGAGCAUAGAGAGGAAACUUUCCAUGAGGAGAUCACUGUAUCUAUGCCACAACAGCAGGAGACCCCCAUUAUAGUCACCUCUCUAGAGGACUUAUCUAUUGAAGAAUACAGUCAGGUCACCUUCAGCACAACCAUUAGACAUGUCUCAAAAGUAAAAUGGUUUUUCAAUAAGCAAUUGGUGAAAUCUGGCAAAGAGUUCAAGUGUACCAAAGAUCAUGACACAUACUCAUUGGUUAUCAACAAAGUUGUCAAGGAGAAGCAUCAAGGAGAAUAUGUUUGUGAGGCUGAGAAUGAAGCUGGCAGGACAACAACAUCUUCAACGCUCACUGUAGUCUCAAGAGUGCCACCUGUUUUCAGGCAGAAAAUCGACUCCCUGGAGAUAAACAUCGGCGGACACGCAAAGUUUGAAUGUGAAACUGAAGACGCGCCGAAUGUGACCUUCAAAUGGUACAAAUCCUCUGUCGAGAUCAGACACAGUGAGAAGUAUCGGAUCCUCAGUCGCCCUACCAGUUCCUCCCUGGAGGUAGUGAAGCCCGUAAAGGCAGACAGCGGCGAAUACACCUGCAAGGCUUCAAACCAGCACGGCACUGACAGCUGCACCGCUACGCUCAUCGUUACCGAGAUGUAUCCACCAGUAUUUGUAUCAAAACCAGAGCCAAUGACCUCCUUUGUGGGCAAACAGGCAGUAUUCCAGUGCUCUCUUACUGGGUCUUCACCCAUGGAGGUUGUCUGGCACAAGGACAACAUAGCCAUCUCCUCUGAAGGAAACUAUGUCAUGACAUGUGAAAAGAACAAGUAUUCUCUUCACAUUAAAUGUCUAGAACUCACAGACCAGGGUGUGUAUCUUUGCAAGGCAUCCAACAGUGUCGGCACUGCGACCUUUAUUACAGAACUCAAUGUGAUCAAAAAGCCCAGUUUUACUAAGACCUUUGAACCGGCAUCAGCCGCUGUCGGUAACCCACUGAGGCUGGAAUGUCAGGUGGAUGAAGACACUGCUGUGAGUGUCACUUGGACCAGGGACGGCAAAAAAGUCCACCAGAGUAUGGACUGUAAGCUGUCAUUUGAGGAUAAGGUGGCUAUUCUUGAAAUACCUAAGUCCAAACUGAAGGACUCUGGGAAGUAUGUAUGCAUGGCCACAAAUGAGGCUGGAAGUUCAACCUGUGAGGCUGUAGUCACAGUUCAAGAACCUCCAACCUUUGUCAAGAAAAUGGAGCCCAAGAUUACAUGGAAAAAGGGUGCAUCUGCAAGCUUACAGUGUACAGUUAAAGGAUCCCCUGAGCUUCACAUCCAUUGGUUCUGGAAUGACAUAGAGCUCAGCGAUGGAGACAAAUACAAAAUCUCUUUCAAGAAUGGUUCUGCUACUUUGGAGAUAUUGAACCUGGAGAUCACACACAGUGGCAGUUAUACCUGUGAAGUGUCAAAUAAUGCAGGCAGCGAGAGCUGCAGCACUCUUGUAUCGGUUAAAGAGCCGCCAUGCAUUAGAAAAGAUCUGCAGAUGGUAGAGGCAGUGAAGGGAGCAGCAGCUCAGCUGGAGUGUGAAGUCACAGGGACAGCUCCUUUUGAAAUCAAUUGGUUCAAAAAUAAGAAAGUUAUCACCAGUGAUGAAAAGUUCAAAAUAAUCUCCCAGGAAACGCUAUCCAGACUGGAGUUCCGAACGUUUGAGAGUGCAGAUGUUGGAGACUAUCAGUGUGUCAUAGCCAAUGAAGUAGGGAAAAUCACCACAAAGGCAUUGGCUAAACUGAAAGAGCCACCUGUCUUCUCAAAGAGAGUUGAGAGUGCGACAGUUGUGGUGGGAAACUCAGUAAAACUUCAAGGAACCAUCAAGGGCUCAGCUCCCAUCAAUGUCAAAUGGAUGAAAGACUCUGAGUUAGUAAGAGAUGGGGAUCCAAACAUUACCAUGGGAUUUGACAACAAUGUUGCAAGUUUGACGAUAACAGCAGUGGCCCUGAGCCAUGGUGGCAAAUAUUCGUGCUUUGCAGAAAAUGAGGCUGGACAACAGAAGUGUGAAGCCACCUUGAGCGUGCAAGAACCUGCCAGAAUUGUAGAGCCCGCAGAAUCCAUUAGUGUGACUGCAGGGGAUUCUGCCACCUUGGAGAGCAUAAUCUCUGGAAGUCCGGAUCUCAAAGUGAAGUGGUUUAAAGAUGGCAAAGAGAUGAUCAGUGGCCGAAAAUAUAAGAUUACCCUGAAGGAUAACACAGCCACCAUGAAGAUCCUUACAGCAGAAAGAGGAGACACUGCAGAGUAUAGAAUGGAAGUGUCAAACAAAGUUGGAAAGGACCAGUGCACAUGCUCAGUCACUGUUUUAGAUCGGAUAAUGCCUCCAACUUUCACCAAGUCUCUGAAAAGGGUCGAUGGCAAUAUUGGUCAUGACGUGUCAAUGGAGUGUAAGGUGUCUGGGUCCCAACCCAUGACCAUAGCCUGGUUCAAAGAUGAGCAGGAAAUAAAGUCUGGAGCCAAAUUUCAGCCAGAGUUCAAAGACAGCUCUGCUUCACUGAAGGUCUUUAAGCUGGAGAAGUCAGACUCUGGUGUUUACAUGUGCAAAGCCACUAACUCAGCUGGAUUUAAAGACACCAGCGGCACACUUUAUGUCAAAGAGCCCCCGGCAUUCACACAGAAACCAGACAACCAGGAUGUCAUACCAGGAGCCACCGUUUGUUUCAGCACAGCCUUCACUGGAACUGCACCUUUGACUGUCAAGUGGUUCAAAGAGGAAAAGGAAAUUGUAACUGGAGGCAUGUACUUCAUAAAAAAAGAUGCAUCCUUCAGCUCUUUGCAACUUCAAUCUGUAAAGCCAAGUGACUCCUCCAAGUAUACCUGCCAAGUGUCCAACGAUGCUGGGAUGGUGGAGAGCACCGUCUUACUCUUUGUGAAAGAGCCUCCGGUCUUUGUGAGGAGGCUCGAUGCAACUAAGCUCAUCACCAGCGGCGACUCCGCCAAGCUGGAGGCCAAAGUGGUGGGCAGCCCCAUCAUUGGAUUCAAAUGGUUCAAGGAUGAAAUGGAAAUCAGCUCUAGUGCCAAAUACAUUAUCAACCAGACGGACUUAGAGACAGCUCUUGAAAUAAUUAACUGUACAGUUGAGGACAGUGGCGAAUACUUGUGUGUAGCAUCAAGUGAGGCUGGAAGUGACCGCUGCAGCAGUGCAGUCUCAGUCAAAGAGCCACCAAUGUUUGUGCGUAGCUUGGAACCCAAAGAUGUGGUUAAAGGUUCUGAGAUGACUAUUGAGUGCCAAGUCUCUGGUUCUUCUCCUUUCACUGUGACAUUCUACAAAAACUCAAAAGUGAUCAGGAAUGACAAAAAACACAGAAUCACAGUGAAAGAUGAACUGCUGGCCUUGCAGGUGCAGGUAGUCGAGGCAGGAGAUGUUGGCUCAUACCAGUGCAUCGUUGAAAAUGAAGUGGGGAGAGCAUCCUGUGAUUGUCAAGUGACACUGAAAGAACCACCAAUGUUUGUGCGAAAGCUGGAGAACCUGAGUUCCCUGGUGGGCAGGGACGUUUCACUGCAGUGCAACUUGAAGGGCUCUGAGCCCAUGACCGUGUCCUGGCUGAAGGACAACCGUGAGCUCAAAGAGACGGAAAGUGUUCGGAUGGUUUUUGAGAACAAGACGGCUAUGUUGCAUUUCAGCAAUUUACAGAGCCAAGAUGGUGGAAAAUACUCUUGCCAGGUGCAGAAUCAGGCGGGCAGCCAGACUUGCUCCGCUGUACUUACAGUCAAAGAACCUGCUAAGAUAACGGAGGAGUCAAAGUCGGUCAGUGUGACCCAGGGUGAUCCGGCAACACUGGAGGCCCGGUUCUCUGGAACAAAACCACUGAAGGCCAGAUGGUUGAAGGCCGGCAAGGAGCUGAGCUCAAGCCCCAGAUUUAAAGUACAGAGCACAGACAACAGCUCUGUGCUCAAAAUUAUUAAAGCUGAGAAGAGUGACAGUGGUGAAUAUGCCUUUGAGGUUUCAAACGAUGUCGGACACGGCUCUUGUGAAGCCACAAUCACAGUUCUUGAUCAAAUAAUUCCUCCGAAAUUUACAAGAAAACUAAAGCAGACUGAAGGUAUCAAAGGCUCCUUUGCUCACCUGGAAUGCCUUGUGUCUGGUUCCCUACCGAUAACAAUCCAAUGGUACAAAGAUGAAAAGGAGGUUCAAAGUGAUGAGAAGCAUAAAUGCACAUUCUUUGAGAACGUGGCUUUUCUAGAAAUAUCUGAUCUGAACUCCAAAGAUGGAGGCAGCUAUACUUGUAUAGCCACAAACAAAGCGGGAACAGUCCAGUGCUCUGCGAUCUUGUUUGUGAAAGAACCCCCAUGCAUACUUGAAAAGCCUGAGUCUAUGAAUGUUUUGCCUGGUUCAAAAGUCCAGUUUAACAUGCUGGUCUCAGGCACUCCACCACUAAACAUCAAGUGGUUUAAAAACCAAAAAGAAAUUGUAUCCAACAAUGAUUGCUCUGUGACAAAAGACAAUACUUCCAGUUCUCUGGAGCUCUUCUUUGCCAAAACCUCAUAUUCUGGAGAAUAUGUUUGUGAAGUACAGAACGAUGUGGGCUCUACAUCCUGCCAGGCAACCCUCUUUGUCAAAGAACCUCCCAUAUUUACGCGCACCCCUGCACGACUAUCUGUGGUACGCCCCGGUCAAAAUAAGUUGUUUGAGUGCCAGGUGACUGGCACGCCUGAGAUAGACAUCAACUGGUUCAAAGACGGCUCAGAGAUUGUUGCAAGUGAUCGGUACAAGGUGGCCUUUUCCAACUCUGUGGCCACCCUGGAAAUCUGUGGGGCUCAUGCCAAAGACAGCGGCUUGUACUACUGUGAGGCUCGCAAUGAGGCUGGCAGCGAGAGCUGCACCAUGGAGCUUAAAGUGAAAGAACCACCAACAUUUGUAAGGCAGUUGCCUCCAGUUGACGUUGUAAAGGGCUCCAGCGCCCUUUUUGAGUGUGAAAUUGCUGGGACAAGUCCGUUUGAGGUAACAUGGCACAAAGAUGGAAAGGAAAUCAAGCCCAGUGCUAAACAUGGCUUCUCAAUACUUAAUGGCACUGUGGCUCUUGAAGUUCACAAAUGCAAUCCUUCCGAUGUUGGUGAAUAUCAGUGUACUGCUGCUAAUGAGGUGGGAAGCUGUACAUGUAAGACCACUUUAUCCCUCAAAGAGCCACCAACUUUUACCAAGACAAUUGAGAACAGUGUCAUUGUUCUGGGCAAAAUGGCAGAGUUUCAGUGUGUCGUAACCGGUUCUCCUACUUUCUCUGUGCAAUGGCAAAAAGAUGACAGCUGGAUCAUGGAAGAUCCAAAAAUGGAGAGAACAUUUGAGAACAAUGUAGCGACUCUCAGGAUUCCUGCCUGUGAAGCCAUGCACAGUGGCAGAUACACCUGCCAGGUAUCCAAUGAGGCAGGGCAAGAUAAAUGCUCUGCUUCUCUAAUAGUACAAGAGCCACCUCAGAUCAUAGAAAAGUCUGAGGUGAUAAAGGUCUCAGUGGGAGAUCCAGUCAGUCUGGAUUGUAAGGUAAAGGGUUCCCCUGAGCUCCGAGUGAAAUGGACAAAAGAUGGCAAGGAGCUUCAGUCCAUCAGGCAGCACAAGCUGGUCUUUGAGAACAACAUCAGCAGCCUGAAGAUCCAGGCGGCUCAGAAAACAGAUGAGGGGGAGUAUGUGUUCGAAGUGGCCAACCACAUUAGCAGCUGCUGCUGCCAAGUGAAAGUGGUAGUACUAGACCAAGUCAUUCCCCCCAGCUUUAUAAAGCCACUAGUAGACAUGCAGGAAAUAUUAGGCUCCUUUGUCCAGAUCUGUUGCAAAAUAUCUGGUUCCCUCCCCAUUGCUGUGGAAUGGCAGAAAGAUGGGAGCAAAAUCUCCAGUGGGGUCAAACACAAACUCAUUCAGCAGGACAACUCUGUGUCCGUAGAAAUAGAACAGCUCGAGAAAUCAGACGCAGGAACUUACUCGUGCAAACUGACCAAUUCAGCUGGAAGCUGUGACUGCAGUGGAUUCCUUACAGUCAAAGAACCCCCCAGUUUUGUGAUGCCUCCCGAGUCACAGGUGACUCUACCCAAUGCCACUGUGCGCUUCAAAAGUGCGUUUAACGGCACUCCUCCAUUCACUGUAAAAUGGUUCAAAGACGACACAGAGCUCAUGACUGGGCCCACUUGUUUUACUGGGCAGGAUGGAAUGUCCUGCUUCUUGGAGCUCUAUUCAGUGGCCGCCAAUCAGAGUGGAGUUUACUCUUGUCAGAUCAGCAACGAUGCUGGCUCUGUGCGAUGUAGUGCAGACCUGACAGUUAAAGAACCACCUGAGUUUGUGCUGAAACUCCCCACCACAAAAUUUGUAAAACGGGGUGAAUCCCUCCGCUUGGAGUGUAAAGUCCUUGGCACACCUCCUCUGAAAAUGACCUGGUUCAAACACGACAACAAAAUCUCAGAUGGGGGCAACUACACUACGUCAUUUACUGACUCAGUUGCAGUUCUCCAACUGCUUUCCACCAGCUAUGAUGAUGAUGGAGUUUACACCUGCGAGGCUCAGAAUGAUGCUGGCAGUGUCAGCUGCAGCACCACGCUCUCUGUGAAAGAGCCCCCAUCGUUUGUCAAAGUAGCUCAGUCUGUCGAAGGGCUGAAGGGCAAGGAUGUGAGCUUGUACUGCGAGAUGAGUGGUACUGCUCCAUUCCAGAUCACUUGGUUCAAAGACAAGAAACCUCUGAUGGAGAGCAGAAAGUAUAAGAUGGUGGGCGAGAGCAGCUCGACUACGCUGCAUGUCAUUGGAAUAGAGCCUUCGGAUGUCGGUGAAUACGAGUGCAAAGUGUCGAACAGUGUAGGAAGUGACACCUGCCACGCAUCCGUUAAACUCAGAGAACCGCCAUCGUUUGUGAAGAAAUUGACAAACAUAACAGUGAUACUGGGAGAGGAGGUGACCCUUAUGGCCACUGUUAAAGGCUCUGAACCCAUUACUGUGUCCUGGGUUCAAGACAAGGAUCACAUUCUCAGGGACGGUGACAACAGGAAAAUCACCUAUGAGAACAACCAAGUUGCACUUAAAGUGUUUAAGGCUGACACAACUACAGCAGGCAAAUAUACCUGUCAACUCAAAAACGAUGCUGGGAUUGUGGAGUGUUUCGCUAACGUGACUGUUCUAGAGCCUGCCAAGAUUCUGGACAUGCCUGACGCCCUGAGCGUGACAGCCGGUGACAUUGCCGCCCUUGAAGUCAAAGUGUGUGGGACCCCAGAGCUCGUACCCAAGUGGUUCAAAGAUGGAGUUGAGUUGGCCUCUGGGAGGAAAUACAAGAUCUCUUUCUCCCGAAUGAUCUCCAGCCUGAACGUGCUCUCCACGGAGAAAAUAGACUCUGGAGAAUAUACCUUUGAAGUCAUGAACGAAGUUGGAAAGGACCUAAGUAAAAUUAACCUAACAGUUCUAGAUAAGGUUGUUCCUCCAACCUUCUCAAGGAAGCUGAGGGACUGCAACAUGGUUGUGGGAGAAGCAGCAGAGAUGGAGUGUAAAGUGUCAGGCUCUCCACCCUUCACAAUAUCUUGGUACCAUGAUGGUACAGAAGUACAAAGCGGGCCCAACCAUGAGGUUUCCUUCAGCGACAACAGCUGCACUCUCAGCAUUCCCACACUGAAGCUUUCAGACUCUGGAGUGUACAAAUGUAAAGCCGUCAACAAGGCAGGAUCAUGUGAAACAACAGCCACCCUGGUGGUCAAAGAACCUCCUUCUUUUGUGGUGCCACCUCAGCCGGUGGAAGCCAUGCCAGGAUCGAAGGUGACCUUCUCAGCCAUAGUUAAAGGUAGCUCCCCCCUGAAACUGAGAUGUUUCAGAGGAACAAAGGAGCUUCUGUCUGGAAAGGACUGCGAAUUCUCCUUAAAGGAUAACCAGGUUGUUUUGGAGCUUUUAAAUGUGGACAGAUCUCACGCCGGGGAGUACACCUGCCAGAUCAUCAAUGAUGCAGGAAAGGAGAGCUGCGCAGUGAAUCUCUCCGUCAAAGAGCCGGCAGCUUUCUCAAAGAAGCUGAAAGAUGUGACGGUUGAGAAGGGCAAACCGCUAACACUGGAGUGCUCGUACACUGGAACCCCCAAGAUUACAGUGAACUGGUACAAAGAUGGCCAGGAGAUCUUUGCUUCAUACAAGUACAACAUCACUACAACAGAGAGCUCCUGCAUCCUGGAGUGCCUAAGCACUGACGAUAAGGAGUCUGCAGGGAAAUACUCUUGCCAAGUGUCUAAUGACGCUGGGAAAGACACCACUGAGGCAGUCGUGUCCAUCCUGGAACCUCCUUACUUCCUUGAAAAAAUGGAGCCGAUGGAGGUGACGGCAGGAGACGCCGUGUGUCUAAAGUGUCAGGUAGCAGGCACACCUGAGAUCAAAGUGUCCUGGUUCAAGGCUGAUGGCAAAGUCAGGUCCAGCCCUACCUGUAAGCUGGAGUACUCCAAAGGCGUGGCCUGUCUGAAGCUCAGCAAAGCCACUAAAGCUGACGUUGGAGAGUACACCUGCAAGGCCGAGAACAAAAUAGGCUCCGCCUCCUCCACCUGCAGACUCAACGUGCUUGAGGCCAAAACACCACCAUCCUUCCCCAAGAAGAUCACCAGCGUUCAGGAAACAGAGGGUCAACCUAUCCGCUUUGAGUGCCGCGUUGCUGGCUCGUCGCCCAUUGAGGUGUCGUGGCAGAAGGACGGCAAACCUCUAACGCAUGGGGCAGACUUCUCCAUGCUCUAUGAUGACAACACAGCCGUGCUGGAGAUCAGCCGUGGCGAGAUGAGACACUCUGGGGAGUACACCUGUGUGGCCACAAACGGCGUGGGCUCAGCGUCCUGCAGAGCAAAGCUGACCUUGCAAGAACCCAGAUACCCUCCAAUCAUUGACAGGAAGCUGUCACCACAGGAGGUGAUAGUGGGUGACAGCAUUGAGCUGGAGUGUCACAUCACGGGCUCCGCCCCCAUGAAAGUUACAUGGUCAAAAGACCAUAAAGAUAUUCGCACUGGGGGGAAUUACAAAAUCAGCUUUGUGGAGAACACCCCUCACCUAACCAUUCUGAAGGCAGACAAAGGUGACACUGGGAAAUAUUUUUGCCAUGCAUCUAAUGACAUGGGCAAGGACUCUUGUUCUGCUGAUAUCACAGUCAAAGAGCGAAAAAACCCUCCAAUGUUCACCAAAAAACCCUCAGAGCACAUCGAAGACACAGAGGGCAAACUGGUGAAAAUUGAGGGCAGAGUGACUGGCUCACAGCCCAUAUCUGUCAACUGGUUAAAAGAUGACAAGGAGAUUCACAGUUCUGAUAAAUACGACAUCAGCUUUAAAAGCAAUGUGGCUGUGUUGUGUAUUAAGAGCAGCCAGGUGACCGACAGUGGUAGGUACACCUGCCAGGCCUCCAACGAAGCUGGAAAAGCAUCCUGUGACGUCAGCGUGGGCAUUUCUGAGGCCAAGAAGCCUCCAGUAUUUGAUGUCCCACUCAAGCCCGUGUCUGUGGAUGAGGGUGACAAGCUUACCCUCAGGUGUCACAUCUGUGGAACUCCUCCUCUGAAGAUCCAAUGGAUGAAGGACAGGAGGGAGCUGACAUCUGUUGGCAGCACCAGAAUCAGCUUCUCCGAUGGGACAGCGUGUCUGGAGAUCAGCCCCGCCUCCAAGCACGAUGCAGGCGAUUACCUCUGCAAAGCCACAAAUGAUGCAGGCAAUGAGUUCUGCAAGGCCAAAGUCACAGUAAAAGAAAAACCAGGAGCAGCUUCAGCUUCUGUUGAGGCUCCAGCUGCUACUCCAAUCAAAAAACUGGAGAAUUUGUUUUUCAUUGAGGAACCUAAAGCUGCACAUGUCACUGAGAAGGGAGCCGCCACCUUCAUCGCCAAGGUGGGUGGAGACCCAAUCCCUAAUGUGAAGUGGAUGAAGGGAAAAUGGAGGCAGCUGACACACGGGGGCCGGAUCUCCAUUGAACAGAAGGGCCAGGAAGCCAAGCUGGAGAUUAAAGAGGUUACCAAGUCAGACUCGGGUCAGUACCGGUGUGUCGCUUCCAACAAGCACGGAGAGAUUGAGUGCAGCGCUGAAAUGCACGUGGAUGAAAAGAAGGAGGCGGCACAGGUUGAAGGAGACCUGCGCACGAAACUGAAGAAGACCCCUUCAAAGCAGAAGAGUCCACAGGAGGAGAAGGACAUCGACAUCGUUGAGCUCCUGAGGAAUGUGGACCCCAAAGAGUACGAGAAAUAUGCCCGAAUGUAUGGCAUCACUGAUUACCGCGGCCUGCUGCAGGCCAUCGAACAGCUGAAGAAAGAGAAGGCUGAAGAAAGCGGAAGACUGGAAGUGGAACGUGGAGACAGAGAGUCUGAAGAGGAUAUGGCUCGACUGGUGGCCGACCUACAGAAGAGGAUGGAGAGGACAGAGCCUGUCACUGUGGUGAAGGACAUCUCCAACCAGUCUGUCUUCGUGGGCAAGGAGGCACUUUUCGAGUGCGAGAUCAAGAUCAAUUACCCAGAGAUUACGCUGUCCUGGUACAAGGGCACACAGAAACUAGAUUCAGGUGACAAGUAUGACAUUACCGUCAUCGAGGACCGCCAUUUGCUCAAGAUCAAGAAGUGUCAGUUAGCCGACCAGGGGAACUAUCGUGUGGUGUGCGGGCCGCACAUCUCAAGCGCCAAGCUCACCGUCACGGAGGUGGAAGUGGAGAAACACCUGCAGGACACAUCGGGUAAGGAGGGCCAACCCUGCACACUGUCUUGUCAGUUUUCUGUCCCUAAUGUAGCGGCUCAGUGGUUCAAAAACGGCAAGCAGUUAGAGAUUAAAGGCAGGUACUCGUCUGAGGUCAAACACAAGGUCCAGAAACUUCUAAUCAUGAACCUGAAGCCAGAAGACCAGGGCCGAUACACGUGCAGGUACCAGCACUUGGAGUCCUCAGCAGACCUCAGGGUUGAAGCCGAACAAAUUCAUUUCACCAAACGUAUCCACAACGUCGAAGUCAACGAGCGGCAGUCAGCCACCUUUGAGUGUGAAGUUUCCUUCGACAAUGCAAUUGUCUCAUGGUACAAAGACACCUGGGAACUAAAAGAAAGCCCUAAGUACAACUUCACAAGUGAGGGCCGAAGACAUUUCAUGGUCAUUCAAAAUGUGACCACUGAAGACGAAGGCGUGUACUCAGUGAUUGUGAGGUUGGAGCCCAGAGGAGAGGCUAAGAGCACAGCUGAGCUUUAUUUGUCUGGCAAAGAAAUUGAACUGGCAAGGGUUCCCCUUGAUUUCCCAGACUCCUCAGUUCAGAAGCCCGACAUGCCGUCAUUAGUGGAGCUGCAAGAAUCUACUGAAAUCUUUCAGUAUGAAGAAACAACCGAACAAAAAGUUGAGUACCAGAGCUGGACGGAGGAGACCGAGACCAAAGUUGCCAAAGUUGCUAUUGAGGAGAAAGUCGAGACCAAGAAAGUUGAAAUGAAAGAGGAAACCCGAGCUAAAGCUAAGGAAAAGCCUGAAAAGAAACCAACGGCAGAUGUGAAAGAACCAGAAGCCAGAAAACCUGUGCAGGAGGAGGUCCUUGUAGCUUCAGUCCCUGAGAAGAAGGAAGCUCCUGCUCCUAAAGAAGCAGAGGAGGUGAAGAAGACGACGCCUGCUGAGAAACCUGGUCUGCCUGGAAAAGUUGAGCCCAAGCUGAAGGCUCCAGCAGAGCCUGCAGCAAAACCGAAGGAACCGGAACCCAAACCCAAAGCUAAAGUAGAACCUGAAGCAAAGCCGGUGGAGCUGAAGAAGCCAGCCAAAGCCCCAGAAGAGGCUGCAAAGACCAAACCAGAACCAGCCAAACCAAAAGCAGAAGUCCCCAAACCUGAGCCAGAAGCUUCCAUUCCAAAGCCAGCAGUGAAAAAACCUUCUCCAGAACCUGAACCAGAACCACGUCCGGCACCGAAGGAGCCUCCGAAAAAAGUACCUGAAGUGGCACAAAUGAAAGCACCAGAAGAAAAGAAGGAGGCCGAGGCCGUACAGAAGAAACCGGAUAAAGCUCCUGCAGCGGAGAAAGUUCCUGUGCCUCCAAAGGCGGCCAAGAAAACCGAGCCAGAAGUCUCCUCCCACAAGGAGGAGCCAACACAGCGGGAGAAAGCUUUGAAGCCCAAACCCCAACCUGAAGAAGAGUCUUACAAAGUACCUCAGACAGAGUACGAUGAAGCCAAAACUGCACCGAAGGUGAAGGACAAGACCCCUGAGGUGGUUCCGGAGAAGACGCCUGAAAGAAAAGUGGAGUCAGUUCCUGAGAAGGUUCCUCCCAAAGUGGCUGAAGAGAAGAAGGCUGCUGAAAAAAUACCCAUGAAGGUGGAGAGUGAGAAGCCUGAGAGGAGGCUUCAGAAAGAGGCAAAGGCCUCUGAUAAAACUGAGAAGACGGCUGACGUCAAACAGCCGCAAGCAGCAGAUGAAGCUCUUCGCAAAGAAGCUGAAGUGAAGAAGAUCCUUUCCCAGGAUGAGGAAAGAAAAAUGUCUCUUUCUCAGAAAGCUACAACUCUGGUGAAGACGGAGGAAAUGAGGAGACAGGAAGUCCACACGGUGAUGGAGGAAAUAUCUGCCACAGACGGGGCUUGGAAACAUGAAGAAUCUGUGCAGAGCGACACUGCUGUGCUUCACAGGGAAACACAGAGUCAAAGAGAGACGUCUGUGUCUCAAGACAAGAUAGAGAAAACCCCAUCAAUUAGUAUAAGCACAGAAGCCAGAAAACCGGAUGGGAGCAUAACAGGAGAAAAAGACAGAAAAGUGGAGGAAAGGCAGAAAAAACCUGCUGCUGAAUAUGAAACAAUAAGCAGUAAAAAGGUCGCUGAAACUAAAAAAGACGUUCAUAUUUUGGCAGAAAAAGUCUCAGUUCAGAAAGUUGAGCUAAAAGAAGAGAAACGCGAGGAAUCGAUCGAAUCUAAGGUGAUGACAAAACAGAAAAGUUCCCGUAAGCCUGAAGUGACAACAAGCUCUGAGUUGAUGCCAGAGCCCGUCAAAGAUGUCCCAACGAAAGUCAUCCAGCAGGGGGCGAUCUCUCUGGUUAAAGCCGAAGGCAGGGAAACAGGACAAAUCCUCGAAGGGAAAAUUUUAGCCGUUCCUGAAUCGGAGCAAAAGAGGAUUUUCUCACAAAAGGAAAUCAAAGAAACUGAAGCCACAUCCAAGCAGAUUCCUCAUCCUUCUGCUGAGACAAAAGAAAAAAGACAAGAUGAAGCUCCUGUAAAGCAGAAGGAGACGCUCCCCGACGCCACGGAGGCUCCGGUGAAGCCGGCUGCCAUUCAAGAAGAGAGCAAACCAAAGGCUGCUGUGAAAGUCCCAGAAACAGAAAAGCUUCCUGAGAAAGCGAAGCAGGAAAAGACAGUCGCUCCACAAGCAGAAGCACAGCCAGUGACGGAGCCAAUCCCGGAAGUAGCUACCAAAAAGGCCACACAGGAGAAACCAGCUGUAAAAGUACACACACCACCUGAAACAGAUGAAACCAAGGGACCUGUCCAAGCGCCAGGAGGAGUCAAGAAAGAAACGGUUCUGCACAAAAAAGCUAAAGUUCAAUUGGAAGAGGAUGGGACAUUUGAGAUUCCCACAUUAAGGAAAACAACCAGAGUAAUGAGGCAAGCGGAGGAGGAGCAUGAAAGCAUCACACUAAAAAAGGUUCCGUUUGCCCCACCACAAGAAACUGAAGGUGAAGAAAAACCCCAGAAGGUCACCAAAGCUACAGUUUUUCAGGCUGAAGAGAUGGUGCACAAAGAGGAAACUGUUGAGGUGUCGGUUGUCACCAGAAGACCUGCGGAAGAAAAGAAGCCAAAAGAGAAAUCAGAAGCAUUGAAAAAGCCAGACGUCGCAAAGCCUCUACAGGAAGAGGGAAAAGAAGCUCCGAAAGAUAAAUGGACCCGUCAGAAGCCCACCCCCAAGGAUGAAAAACCAGAGGACAAGAUUUCUCUCAAGAAAACUUCAAAACCAAAAACAGAAGAGGAACCUGCGUCCCCUAGUGCCGCCCUCAAAAAGGUGAAAAAACUACCUUUGGAUGAAACAGAACCAGAAGUAGUCAAGCUGAAGCCUUUUGAGAAGCCUUCAAGACCUUCGGAGGAGACCAAAAAAGACAAAGACAGGCCAGACAGAACCACUGUUCCUUACGAAAAGGGAGAAAAGAUUCCCAAACAGAUAGAAGACAAAGAACCUCCAAAGAAAUCUGAAGAGGUUCCUGUGCAGGUCAAGGAGCCAGCAGCCAAGACUCCAAAGUCAGUAGAUAAAAAGGAAAGUCCAGAGAAGAAGGCUGAAGAAGUCAAAAAGCUCACUAAAGGGAAGUUGCCAACUGCUGAAAUGGAAGCAGAAAGUGUAAAGCUGAAGCCAAUCCCCAAACCUCCAAAAGAGGAUGCAGCACCAGAGAAAAAAACAGUGGAAGAGAAAGAACGGAAGCCAUUCGACCUGCAGCCACGUAGCACAGCUGAUGAAAAAUUGAAAGCACAAGAACCAGAGACCAAAACAAAGAAACCUGAAAUCUCUAAAGCAAUGAAGCAAGAGAAACCAAAGGGGGUUGAAGUAGUUCCAGAAGAAAAGAUUCCUUCUAAGCCAGCCAUGGUUAAGAAACCUGACAAGGUUCCUGAGGAGCCCAAAGGUCUUCAACUGGGGAAGGGAGUCAUACCCAAGGCAAAGGAAGAAAAAGAGGAAGUAGCGUUAAAGCCAAUAGAGCAGCUCAAAAAGGCACCAUCACCUCAAGUAGAGAAGCUCAAAGAGGAAGAAGCAGCUCCAGCUGAAAGGAGGCCUAGCAUUGACAAACUCAAAACACUUCCAAAACCAGUUUCACCAAAAGACUCCAUUGAAGCUGUGACUCUGAAGAAGGUCCCGAAGAAGCCAUCACCACAGGAGGCAAAGACCACAGAAGCAGCAAAGCCUGAGAAGGAAAGAAUUCCUGCAGCCAAGGAAAUCUCCCCGGGAGCUGUACAAAUGAAGAAGAUUGCCACUCAGUCAGAGGAAGAGGUAUUUGAAGAAGAGUUUGAGGAAGAGGCAGAAGCUGAGCAGGAGGAAGAAGAAGCCUGGGGUUGGGAAUUGGUUCCACGGGACAGUUAUGGCUCGGAGGACUGGGAAGGUGAAGGAGAGGAGGGUGCUCUGGAGGUUCCAGGGGUCACAAAGAGAGAGGGACAGCCAGCAGAGGAAGCAGGCAGAGGUAGAGGCAGAGGGCUUAAACCCAAGCAGACCCCAUCCCCAGGAGAGGGCAGGGGUCGUGGAAUGAAGCCCGGGGGCAAGGGUCCACCCCCACCAGAGGAACCCUUUGGAGGAUUCAAACUCAAAGCCGUCCCACUUAAAUUCAUCAAGAAGCUUCAGGACAUCGUGUUGAAGGAGGCUGAGUCCAUCGGAUCAUCCGCUGUCUUUGAGUGUGAGGUGUCACCUUCCACCGCUGUCACUUCUUGGAUGAAGGAUGGAGGUAACCUGCGUGAGAGCCCCAAGCACAAGUUCAUCUCCGAUGGCAAGGAUCGCAAGCUGCACAUCAUUGAUGUCCAGUUGUCCGACACCGGCGAAUACACCUGUGUGGCUAAGAAUGCUGGCAAGGAGAUAUCAUGCACAGCAAAGCUGAUUGUUGAAGAGCUUCCAGUGAAGUGGAUGAAAGAGUUGGACGAGGAGACGUCAACAAUAAAGGGCCAGCACACUUACCUGACCUGCGAGUUAAGCAAAGAGAAAGAUGUGAUCUGGAAAAAGAACAAUGAAGUCCUGAAGAAAAAAGAUGGCAAGGUUCAGAUCACCAUCAUCGGUUUGCAGCAUGCAGUGACCAUCCAAAAUUCCAAUGAGGACGAUGCUGGGACAUAUACCUGUGAAGUAGAUGGCCAGGAGGACGUCAAGACAACCACAAAUGUCAAAAUAAUAGAAAUUAUCAAGGACUGGAUUGUAAAACCACUAAAAGACCAGCACGUGAAACCAAAGGCCAGCGCAACAUUUAAAUGUCAGCUGUACAAAGACACUCCCAAUUGGAAAUGGCUCAAAGGAGAAGAAGCAAUAACUCCAUCUGACAAGAUUGAGAUUAAGAAGGAUGGAAAGGACCUGGAACUGACCAUCAAAAACUGCCAGCCAGACGAUGUAGCAGAAUAUUCCUUGGAAGUUGAAGGACGAACCUACACAGCCAAGCUAACUCUUGGAGAGCGUGAGACAGAGAUCCUGAGGCCACUGGCCAGCGUUGAGGUGGUUGAAAAGGAGGAGGCUACCUUUGAGACAGAGAUCUCUGAGGAUGAUGUUCCAGGCCAAUGGAAGCUCAAAGGAGAAGUUUUGACCAGAUCCCCUACAUGCGAUAUCCAAAUGGAAAGAGGCGUGCGGCGACUCAUCUUGAAAGACUGCCAGGUGGAUCAGGCUGGAGAAGUCUCCUACCAGGCCCUGAAUGCCACAACCACUGCAAUGCUGAAUGUCAAAGAAAUCGAAAUGGACUUUGUUGUCCAACUGAAGGAUAUCUCUGUGCCGGAAAAGAAACAGGGUAAAUUUGAAUGCACCAUCACCAAGGAUGUCGCCAAAGCCAUGUGGUAUAAAGGGGCUGACAUCAUAACGUCAGACCAAAAGUACGAUACCAUCAUUGAUGGAAAGAAGCACAUGUUGGUCAUAAACUGCUGUGAGUUUGAUGAUGAAGAUGACUAUACGAUCGAGGUUUUAGGCAAAAGUUCAACCGCAAAACUCACAGUAGAGGGUAUCAGGCUUAAGUUUAUUUCACCACUCAAGGACCAAACUGUAAAGGAAGGCAAAACGGCUCGCUUCGAGCUGGAGCUCUCUCAUGAAAAUAUCCCAGUCUCCUGGUUCAAGAAUGAUGUUAAGAUCCAUCCAAGCAGAACAGUUGUAACUCAAACGGACGGAAAGAAGCAUGUACUAGAAAUAAAGGAAGUUACCUUAGAUGACACCUGUCAAAUUAAAGCCGAGGCCAAAGGAAUUCCUUCAAUGGCCAAUCUGACUGUCAUAGAGGGAGACCCCUACUUCACAGUUAAGCUGCAGGACUAUACUGCUGUUGAGAAAGAUGACGUGGUUCUAGAUUGUGAACUCAGCAAAGACAUUGACGUCAUGUGGUACCAUAACGAGGCUGAACUCAAAGCCUCUAAGAUGGUGACCAUCAAAGCAGAGGCCAAACGCAGAACCGUCAUCAUCAAAAAAGUUGGGAAUAAUGACAAAGGUCAAUAUGUUUGUGACUGUGGAACAGACAAGACCACAGCAACUCUUCAUAUUGAAGCUCGCCACAUCAAAGUGGUGCGACCAAUGUAUGGCACAGAGGUAUUUGAUGGAGAAACAGCUCGAUUUGAGGUCGAGCUCAGUGAAGAUGAUGUCCAUGGACAAUGGAGGCUAAACGGAGAAGUCCUCAGUCCAUCACCUGAUGUCGAGAUCGUGGAGGACGGUGCAAAGCACACUUUGGUACUGUACAACUGCAAAGUGCCUCAAACUGGCGAGCUUGUCUUCACUGCCGCCAACGCCAAAUGUUCAGCCAAGAUAAAAGUGAAGGAACUGCCAGUGUCAUUCAUUACACCAUUGGCUGAUGUGCAUGUGUAUGAAAAGGACGAGGCAAAGUUUGAGUUGGAAAUUUCUAGGGAGCCUAAAAGCUACCGGUGGCUGAAGGGGUCUCAGGAGUUGUCAAAUGACGACAAGUUUGAACUCAUCGAGGAGGGGAGACGAUACAUUCUUGUUGUAAAAUCAGCCAGAUAUGAAGAUGAAGCCAAAUACAUGUUUGAGGCUGAAGAUAAGAGGACUUCUGGGAAGUUGAUUAUCAAAGGUAUUCGCCUUGAAUUUAUCAAGCCCAUAAAAGACGUGACGGUUAAGGAACGAGAAACAGCAGAGUUUAGCGUUGAACUCUCACAUGAAAAUAUCCCAGUGGUGUGGUACAAAAACGAUGUCCGUCUACAUCCAAGCAAGGUGGUUCACAUGUCUCAAGAAAGAAGAGUCCACACUCUAUCAAUUAAAGAAGUUGCCUUGGAUGACACCUCUACUAUCAAGGUUGAGGCCUUGGGCAAGACUUCAGAGGCCAUGCUUACUGUUCUUGAAGGUGACCUGUACUUCACAGUGAAACUCCACAACUACACAGCAGUUGAGAAGGAUGAAGUGGUUUUGUCCUGUGAGCUGAGCAAAGCAGCCACAGAUGUCAAGUGGUUCAAGGACGGUGUUGAAAUAUUUCCGUCAAAGAAUGUUCUCUUCCAAGCGGAGGGAAAGAAACGCAUCUUGGUCAUAAAAAAGGCAGCAAAGAGCAACAUGGGAACAUACACAUGUGAAUGUGGCACCGACAAAACCUCAGCAGAACUGAACAUUGAAGAGCGCGACAUUAAAGUUAUCCGGCCAUUGUACAGCAUGGAGGUUACAGAGACAGAGACGGCUACAUUUGAGACCGAGAUUUCUGAGGAUGAUCUCCACGCCAUUUGGAAGCUGAAGGGAGAGAUGCUCCAUCCCUCUGCUGAUGUGGAGAUCAAAGAGGAGGGAACUCGCCACAUUUUGACUCUCUUCAACUGCAAGAUGGACAUGGCAGGAAGUGUGGACUUCUCAGCAGCUAAUGCCAAAUCAACCGCUCAGCUCAGAGUCAAAGGCCGAGUCAUAGGCCUGGAAAGGCCUUUGAAGGAUGCCACCGUGACGGCUGGGGAGACCGCCACCUUUGAGUGCGAGCUUUCCUACGAGGACAUUCCUGUUCAGUGGUUCCUGGGGGGCACCAAGCUGGAACCAAGCGACAGAGUAGUGUUGAAGUCGGUUGGAAAAGUCCACAGCGUAACUAUACGAGAUGUCAAGUUGGAGGAAGGAGGUGAAGUCAAACUCGUCACCAAAGACUUCCAAACUGAGGCCAGUCUCACUGUCAAAGAGCCACCGGUGGAGUUCACAAAGCCUCUGCAGGACCAAACAGUGGAGGAGGAGUCCACUGCCACGCUGGAGUGUGAAGUUUCCAGAGAGAAUGCAGAAGUCCGAUGGUUCAAGGAUGAGCAGGAGAUCCACAAGACCAAAAAGUAUGAAAUAAUAACCGACGGGCGCAGGAGAGUGCUGCUUAUCCACGAGUGUACGCUGGAUGACUCAAGGACUUACACCUGUGAUGCCAAAGACUUCAAAUCCUCCUGUUUCCUUAAUGUUGAACCUCCACAUGUUGAGUUCUCAAAGCCACUCCAUGAUGUCGAGGUUAAAGAGAAAGAGUCUGCCAGGUUUGAGUGUGAAGUCUCCAGAGAGGACGCCAAAGUCCGCUGGUUAAAGGAUGGAAGUGAAAUAAGAAAGGGAAAAAAGUAUGAAAUCAUUGCCCAAGGUCGCCAACACAUCCUCAUUGUGCACAAAGCUGUGUUUGAUGAUGAGGCUGAGUAUGAAUGUGCUGCAAAGACCUCCAAAUCCUCCGGCAUGCUCACUGUUGUUGAGGAAGAGGCCAGAUUUAGUAAGAACCUGCCCAACGUGGAAGGAACAGAAACAGACAGUGUGCGGCUCAUCUGUGAGGUCUCCAAGCCCACUGCAGAUGUUGUCUGGUACAAAGGGGAGCAGGAGCUGCCUGAAGGCGGACGAUACGACCAGAUUGUUGAUGGCAAGAAAAGGAUCCUUCUCAUACAAAAUCUGCAAACAAGUGAUGCUGGGGAGUACAACUGUAGACUGAGUCCCACCAUCAAAACUUCUGGAAACCUCAAAAUCAAUGAACUGGCUGCUGAGUUUAUUUCAAGACCUCAGAACCAGGAGGUGGUGGAGGGCCAGAAGGCGGAGUUCACCUGCUCUGUCUCCAAGGAGACCUAUAACGUCAAAUGGAUGAAAGACAACAAGGAACUGGAAGAGGGAGAGAAGUACCAGAUGGUAAGUGAUGGUAAACGGCGUUCUCUGGUCAUCAAGAACUGCGAGCCGAAAGAUGAAGGCGGAUAUGUGGUGGUGAUCGGAGCGACCAGAGCCAGUGCUGACCUGACGGUGCAAGAGAAACUAAAGGUCAUCACUCCUCUAAAGGACACAGAAGGCAAUGAGGGACAGGAAAUAGUCCUGAAUUGUGAGGUGAACUUGGAGGGAGUAAAAGCCAAGUGGUUGAAAAACGAGGAAACGCUGUUUGAGAGCAGCAAGUAUUCCAUGGUCCAGAGGGACAACGUCUUCUCUCUUAGAAUCAAAGAGGCCCAGAAGGGAGAUGAAGCUAACUACAGCAUCAACCUGACGAACCAAAGAGGAGAACAAGCCAAGAGCACUUGCAGCCUUACAGUCAAAGAGGAAAGUCUGAGGAUCCUGGUCCCUCUGGAGGACGUAGACACUCAGGAAAAGAAUACCAUCAGCUUCUCCUGCAAGGUCAACAGGCCUAAUGCCACACUGAAAUGGAUGAAAGCUGGCCAGGAGAUCACGUUCAAUAAACGUGUUGUGUACCGCGUCGACAAAGACAAGCACACCCUGACCAUCAAAGACUGCUCCCUGGCAGACGAAGGUGAAUACACCGCCAUGGCUGGAGACAGCAAGUCCACAGCUGAGCUGAUCAUCAGUGAAGCUCCGACCGACUUCAGUGCACAACUCAAAGACCAGACCAUCGUUGAGUUUGAGGAUGCAGAAUUCACCUGCAAACUGACCAAAGAGAAGGCUGAAGUCAAGUGGUACAGGAACGGACGGGAGAUCAGAGAAGGACCCAGGUACAAGUUUUUAAGAGAAGGAAGCACAUGCACCCUGAUUAUCAAAGAGUGCAGACCUGAUGAUGAGUGUGAGUAUGCCUGCGGUGUGGAUGAGAAGAGAUCCAGAGCCAGGCUCUUUGUUGAAGAAACUCCGGUGGAGAUUGUUCGACCACCGCAGAAUGUGUUCGAGCCUCCAGGUUCUGAUGUAGUGUUUGAGGUGGAGCUCAAUAAAGACAGAGUGGAGGUGAAGUGGCUGAGGAAUAACAUGACGAUCGUUCAAGGAGACAAAUACCAGAUGAUGAGUGAAGGGAAACUUCACAGGCUUCAGGUCUGUGAAAUUAGGCCCAGAGAUCAGGGAGAGUACAGACUCAUCGUCAAAGACAAAGAUGCCAAAGCGAAACUGGAGCUGGCAGCUGCACCUCAGAUAAAGACCACUGACCAGAGCUACGUCACAGAUGCUGGGAAGCCCAUUGUCAUGGCCAUCCCCUACACCGCCUACCCGAAGGCCGAGGCCGAAUGGCUGUACAAUAACCAGAGUCUGCCCACAGACAGCAUAUACACCUCUGCUGACUGCACUGAAUAUCGCCUGAAGGACCCCAAGAAAUCUGAUGAAGGACGAUACAAAGUCCUGAUCAAAAACAAACACGGAGGGGGAGAAGCCUUCAUCAACCUGGAUGUCAUUGAUGUUCCUGGGCCAGUGAAGAAUCUGCAGGUAGUUGACACUGCAGACGGCGAGGUCAGCCUGGCGUGGGAAGAGCCUGAGAGCGAUGGGGGCACCAAGGUGAUCGCCUAUGUGGUGGAGAGACGUGACGUAAAGCGAAAAACCUGGACUCUUGCCACAGACCACGCCGAGAGUCCUGAAUACACUGUGACUGGACUGCAGAAGGACUCCUUUUACUUAUUUAGAGUAAGCGCCAGAAACCGUGUGGGCAGCGGUCCCAUCGUUGAGACCGACAAAGCAGUGCAAGCCAAGAACAAGUUUGAUGUUCCUGAUGCUCCUCUAAAUGUCAUCGUGGGAAACGUCACAAAGUUUGGCUGCACCGUCUCCUGGGAGCCUCCGCUGUCCGAUGGAGGCUCUCCCAUCACCUCCUACGUUAUUGAGCUACGUGACCGGACAUCAGUGAAGUGGUCCCCUGUCCAGCUGACUAAAGCUGAUGAGCUCAGCGCCAUUAUCAACGAUGUCAUUGAGAACAAAGAGUACAUUUUCAGAGUCAAAGCUGAGAACAAAGCAGGUGUUGGCAGGCCUAGUGCUGCCUCACAGCCUGUCAAAAUUAUGGAUCCUAUCGAGCCUCCCAGCCCUCCUCAGAACCUGUCUUGGAGUGACCAGAACAAGAGCUCUGUGCAGCUUACCUGGGAGACACCUCUGAAGAAUGGAGGCAGCAUGAUCACUGGAUACAUCAUUGAACGUUGUGAGGACGGCACUGACAAGUGGCUCCGGUGCAACGCCCGCCUCUGUCCCGACCUUUUCUAUAAGGUGUCUGGCCUGAAAUAUGGGACCAAGUACAACUACAGGGUGUUUGCUGAAAAUGCUGCUGGUCUUUCUGACCCAUCAAACACUGUUGGACCUCUGCUGGCCGAUGAUCCACACGUUGGGCCAACCUUGGACCUAAGCGCUUUCAAAGAUGGUAUUGAAGUUAUCGUCCCACAGCCUCUGACCAUCAGAGUUCCCAUCAGUGGAUACCCAACUCCUGUGGCUAAAUGGAUCUUUGAAGAGAAGGAGCUAACUGCUGAGAACGAGCGUGUUUCCCUGAUGACCAAGUCCACAUUCACAGAACUUGUUGUCACCCCGAGUGUUCGACCAGACAAAGGCAUUUACACACUGCAGCUGGAAAAUGAUGUCACAACUGUCUCAGGAGAGAUUGAAGUUAAUGUCAUUGCGGCACCAAGUGCACCAAAGGACUUCAAGGUUCUUGAGGUAACCCGACAGCAUGUCCACCUUAGCUGGGAAGCUCCAGAGCAUGAUGGUGGAAGUCCUCUCACUGGGUAUCAGGUGGAAAAACGAGAUGUGUCCCGCAAGACCUGGGUCAAGGUGAUUACAGGGAUCCAGGAUCUAGAGUUCACAGUCACAGAUGUGGUUGAAGGGAAAGAAUACCUGUUCAGAGUUACUGCCUGCAACAAAUGUGGACCAGGAGAGCCAGCGUACAUUGAUGAGCCUGUCAACGUCUCCUCACCAGCUACCGUCUCAGACCCUCCAGAAAAUCUGAAAUGGAGAGACAAGUCAGCCAGCGGCAUCUUCCUGACCUGGGAGCCACCCAAGUAUGAUGGUGGCAGUAGCAUUCGUGGAUACAAUGUUGAACGCUGCCAGAGGGGAACUGACAAAUGGGAGCCCUGUGGAGACAUGGUUCCUGAACUAAAGUGCCAAGUUACAGGUCUGAUUGAAGGCCAGUGGUACGCGUACAGAGUUAGAGCUCUGAACCGACUUGGAGCCAGCCAGCCAUGCAAAGCCACAGAUGAGAUCCAGGCUGUUGAUCCCAAAGAGGCUCCAGAGAUUCAGCUGGAUGCUAAACUGCUGGCUGGCCUUACGGCCAAUGCAGGCAGUAAGAUUGAACUCCCUGCUGAGGUCAAAGGUAAGCCAGAGCCCCGGGUGAAAUGGACCAAGGCUGACUUGGUCCUCAAACCAGAUGACAGGGUGUCAAUUGACACCAAACCUGGACACUCGACUGUGACCAUCGCCAAGACCACAAGAGAUGACACCUCCACCUACAUCAUAGAAGCUACCAACAGCAGCGGUCGUGCUACUGCCACUGUGGAUGUCAACAUCCUUGACAAACCUGGUCCUCCUGCCGCUUUUGACAUUUCUGAAAUUACCAAUGAAACUUGUUUCCUGGCCUGGAAUCCUCCACGUGAUGACGGAGGCUCCAAAGUCACCAACUACAUUGUUGAGCGGCGAGCUGCUGACAGCGAGAUCUGGCAUCGCCUGUCCUCCACUGUCAAACAGACCACCUACAAAGCAGUGGGCCUGGUUAAGUUCAAAGAAUACAUCUUCAGAGUGUUUGCUGAGAACCAGUUUGGCGUUGGUCCAGCAGCUGAACACCCAUCUAUCAUCGCCAGAUACUCCUUUGACACUCCCGGAGCUCCUUACAAAUUGGAAGGUUCAGAUAUUGCCAAAGACUCCCUGACAUUGACAUGGUACGAACCAGAUGAGGAUGGUGGAAGCCCCAUUACAGGGUACUGGGUGGAGCGAUAUGAGGCUGACCAUGACAAGUGGAUUCGAUGCAACAAACUGCCCAUUAAAGACACUAACUACAGGGUCAAAGGCCUCCCAACCAGAAAAAAAUACAAGUUUAGAGUUCUUGCAGAGAAUUUGGCAGGAAGUGGAAAACCCAGCAAGGAGACAGACCCAAUACUGAUCAAAGAUCCUAUAGAUCCUCCAUGGGCUCCAGGUAAGCCCACAGUAAAAGAUGUGGCUAAGACCUCGUGCUUCCUGAUGUGGACAAAACCGGAGCAUGACGGAGGAGCAAAGAUCGACAGCUACGUCAUUGAGAUGCUGAAGAGUGGAACCACCGACUGGAUCCGGGUGGCAGAGAACAUUGUCGGCUUGGAGUAUUUCCUGAAGGGCCUGAUGGAGAAGCAGGAGUAUUCGUUCAGAGUGCGAGCAGUUAAUGUUGCUGGAGAAAGCGAGCCCAGUGAGCCCAGCGACCCAGUGCUCUGCAAAGAGAGACUCAAUCCUCCAUCAGCUCCUCGAUGGUUGGAGGUCAUCAGCAUCAGCAGAAACAGCGCUGACCUGAAGUGGACGGCACCUGAGCGUGACGGAGGAUCACGCAUCACCAACUAUGUGGUGGAGAAGCGCGACGUGAGACGCAAAGGCUGGCAGGCCGUGGACACCACCGUCAAAGAGCUGAAGUCUACGGUGACUCCGCUUAACGAGGGCUCGCUGUAUGUCUUCCGCGUUGCUGCAGAGAAUGCAGUGGGCGUCGGCCCGUUCUGUGAGCUGGAGGACUCUGUGCUGGCUAAAGACACCUUCACUACUCCUGGCCCACCAUACGCUCUGUCUGUCAAUGCUGUGACUAAGAAAUAUGUGGACUUACAGUGGGAGGAGCCUAAAAAUGAUGGUGGCAGACCCAUUCUAAGGUAUUCCAUUGAGAAGAAAGAAAAACUUGGAACCCGCUGGGUGAAAUGUGGCAAAACUUCAGGACCAGACUGCAAGUACCGAGUUACGGACGUCAUUGAGGGAACAGAAGUCCAGUUCCAGGUCUGUGCCGAGAAUGAGGCUGGAGUUGGACACCCGAGCGAACCCACCGAAAUCAUCACCAUUGAGGAUCCCACUGGUGUACCUUCCCCCCCGAUUGAACUUCAUGUGACCGGAGCUAGCAGAAACUUCCUGUCCAUUGCCUGGAAGCCUCCACAGAAGGAUGGGGGCUCCCCAAUUCGUGGCUACCACAUUGAAAUGUGUGAAGCUGGAACACAGAAAUGGAUGAGGGUCAAUUCUCGUCCAGUAAAGGAGCUGAAGUACCAAGCGGAGGAGGGCGUGGUUCCUGAAAAGGAGUACAUUUUCAGAGUGAGGGCCAUCAACGCUGUCGGAGAGAGCGAACCCUCGGACAUCUCUGAAAACGUCUUUGCCAAAGACUCUGACUGUAACCCAACAUUGGAGUUUCAGACCUUGGAUUUGGUUGUUGUGGAGACAGAGAAGCUUCAUAUUCCAGUUCCCUUCAAAGCUGUCCCAGCCCCCAAAGUCACCUGGCACAAAGAUGGCAAAGAGUUGAAAGCUGAUGAGCGUAUUAGCUUCAGGAAGGAGUACACAUCCUUACACCUUGAGAUUGACAGCAGCGUUCACCCUGAUGCCGGAGUCUACAAGGUCACUCUGGAGAAUAGUCUCGGCAGUGCAAGCGCAACUAUCAAUGUCAAAGUCAUUGGUCUUCCUGGACCUUGUAAGGACAUUGUGGCCUCUGAGAUCACUAAAAGUUCCUGUAAAGUGUCCUGGGAUCCUCCUGACUAUGAUGGUGGCAGUCCAAUUCUUCACUACGUCUUGCAGCGACGUGAAGCUGGCAGAAGGACGUAUGUUAACAUGAUGUCUGGAGAGAACAAGGUCAGUUGGACAGUCAAAGACCUCAUCCCCAACGGAGAGUACUACUUCAGAGUCCAGGCCGUCAACAAGAUUGGAGGCGGAGAGUUCAUUGAGCUCCGCAAUCCAGUUAUUGCUCAGGACCAAAAGCAUGCUCCUGAUCCACCUGUGGACUUGGAGACUCAUAACCCCACAUCCAACACUAUCACUCUGACUUGGAAGCCUCCCAUGUAUGAUGGUGGUGCCAAGAUUAUGGGUUACAUCUUGGAGAAGCAGCAGAAAGGCGAGGACAAAUGGGAGAGGUGCAACGACUUUUUGGUACCAGUCCUUUCCUACACUGUCAGAGGACUGACAGAGGGCAAGAACUACACUUUCAGAGUAAAAGCUGAAAACGCCGCAGGGAUGAGUGAGCCAUCCCGUAACACGCCUUUUGUUAAGGCAAUGGACACCAUCGAUCCUCCGAAAGUUUUCCUAAGUGGCAGCCUGCAGUCUGGUCUCAGCGUGAGGCGGGGCUGUGAAAUCUGCCUGGAUGCUAACAUAUCAGGCUCCCCGUACCCUCAGAUCACCUGGUACUGGAACAAUCAGGAGAUCCAGCCUGAGCAGCUCCGCAAGAGGCCAGAGAAACCUCUAAAAAAGAAGGCAGAGGUUAAGGAGGAGGAGAAAAAGGAGGAAAAGAAGGAGGAGGAGAAGAAAGAGGAAGGGGAAGCAGAGAAAAAAGAGGAAAAAAAAGAAGAGGUGAAAGAGGGAGAGGAGAAAAAAGAAGAGGAGAAACCAGAGGAGGCGAAACCAGAGGAGGCGAAACCAGAGGAGGCGGCAGCCGCAGAGCCAGAGGCCGAGGAACUUGAUUAUCCAACCCUAAAUGAGCGACUGGCUAUUGACAACAGCCACAGAGGUGUGUCCUCAGUCGUCAUCAAAGACUCCAUUCGCCGUGAUCAUGGAGUCUUCAUGGUGAAGGUGGAGAAUAACCACGGCAUUGCCUCUGCAACAUGCGAGGUCAACGUACUUGAUACCCCGGGUCCUCCUGUGAACUUAAGAUUUGAGGAAGUGAGGAAGAACUCUGUUAUCUGCAAGUGGGAUCCUCCCCUGGAUGACGGUGGCAGCGAGAUUCUCAAUUACACAGUGGAGAAGAAGGACAACUCAAAGGUGGACUUUGGAUGGAGCUCUGUCACUGCCACACUUAGAGGCUGUCGCUACCUGGUGCCCAAGCUCAUAGAAAAGAAGGAGUAUAUCUUUAGGGUUGUGGCUGAGAACAAGUUUGGCCCUGGUGCUCCAUGUGUCUCCAAACCAGUCAUUGCCAAGAACCCUUUCGAACCUCCCGAGGCACCUGAUAAGCCAGUCAUUAAUGAUGUCACAGCCAACAGUAUGCUGGUUACUUGGAAUGAACCAGAUGGCAAUGGAAGCCCUAUAUUAGGAUAUUGGGUGGAGCGACGUGAAAUCAACAGUUCCCACUGGGCACGUGUCAACAGAGACAUGGUUCCAAAUACUGAGCUCAAUGUUGAAGGCCUCCUGGAGGGACUGACUUACAUCUUCAGGGUGGCAGCUGAAAACCAAGCCGGCCCUGGAAAGUUUAGUGGUCCCUCUGAACCAAAGACUGCCCAGGCACCAAUUUUGCCUCCUGGACCUCCAAUUGCAAGAGUAGUGGAAACCACUGACCACUCAAUAGAUGUGGAGUGGGAUCCACCUGCUGAUAAUGGCGGAGGAGAUAUUCUGGGAUACCACGUGGAUAAGGCAAUGGCUGGAACAAAAGACUGGUCUAGGUCAACAGAGCGCCCUUGGAAGACCCGGGCCUUUACUGUUUAUGGUGUGCGUGAGGGAGCCAAGUACAUCGUCCGAGUCAUUGCCUGCAAUGCUGCAGGAGAAGGAACACCUGGAUUCACAGAGUCUGUUUUUGUCAGGAAUCCUGCAGAGGUGCCCGUCAUUGAACUGGAUCUGUCAGUCAAGAAUGGGGUUACCAUCAGAGCUGGAGAAACACUACGCAUACCAGCUACAGUUACGGGCAAACCUUAUCCAUCAAUCUCUUGGACAAAGGAUGACAACAAACCUGACAAAGACCGUGUGGAAAUCCUCAGCGAGGGCAACAACAGCAUUGUUUCAAUCAAGAAUGUGCAGAGAAAGGACUGUGGCAAAUAUCAGAUAUCUGUUUGCAACCCCAGUGGCAUAAAGUCUGCGUGGACCAGGGUGGACGUGAUGGAUGUCCCUGGGCCCAUUACAGACCUGAAGCCAGUUGUUGUUACUCGUAAGAUGAUUUUCCUGAACUGGGACGACCCUGAAGAUGAUGGAGGUAGUGAUAUUACAGGCUUCAUUGUUGAGAGGCGAGAUGCCAAGAUGCACACAUGGAGGCAGCCUGUUGAAACUGCUUCAUCCAAGUGUGAGUGUGUGGGCAUCAUGGAAGGACAAGAGUACUUUUUCAGAGUUUUUGCCAAGAACAAGUUUGGCAUGGGCCCACCUGUUGAAUUAGGCCCAAUAAAGGCUGUGGAUCCACAAGGCCCACCGUCAUACCCUGAGAAGUUUCACUACACAGAGCGCACCAAGAACUCUAUCACAUUGGCUUGGAAGCCACCUCGCAAUGAUGGCGGCAGCCCUGUGAUUGGCUACUUUAUAGAGAAAAAGAGGCAGGACCAACAAGCCUUUGAGCCUUGUAACACUGAAAUAUGCCCUAACCUAACAAUGACUGUGGAGGGCCUGGAAGAGGCUUGGAUGUAUGAGUUUAGAAUCAAAUGUGCCAAUCUUAUUGGACAGAGUGAGCCAUCCAUUCCAUUGACUGUGGUUAUCCAAGAUGAUGAAGUGGGUCCUGAGGUUCACUUGCUGAAGCACUUCAAAGCUGACACCAUCAUAGUGAGAAAGAAUGAGCCAGUUGAGAUUCCUGCUAACGUGCUUGGACUCCCCAUCCCAAAAAUUGAGUGGUCCAAGGACGAUGUGGUGAUUGAAGAGUCAACCGAGACCCUUUUGAUAGAAACCGAGGUGACUGGAAGGAUGAAUGCUAAGACUACACUGUCUAUUCCUGCCGUGAACCGGAGGGACCGUGGCAGCUAUACUGUCUUAGCCUCAAACAAUAUGGGCUCAGCAAAGCACACUGUCUUUGUCAUGGUCCUGGACCGACCAACUCCACCCAGAAAUUUGACUGUGUCCAACAUCAUGGCGGAGUCUUGCUACCUGAACUGGGAUGCGCCCCUUGAUGAUGGUGGCACUGAGCUGACCAACUAUAUUGUUGAGAGAAAGGAAGUUGUUACAGACCAGCCAGAGCUAGAAGAAGGAGAGGAAGCUCCUCCUGAGCCACAAUGGGUGGAGGUCACUAACAGCAUAAUCGAGAGGAAAUACGGGGUUUGGAACUUGGAUACAAAUAAGACCUACAUUUUCCAGGUCAGAGCAGAGAAUCGCUUUGGUAAAUCUGACCCAUGUGCAACAGAGGAAGUCAAGAUAACAGACCCGUUCAGCCUUCCUGGACCACCAGAGAAACCAGCUAUUUCAGAAUUCUCCAGGACCUCCAUGACAGUGACUUGGGAGCCCCCUAGAGAAACUGGUGGCUCCAUGAUCAUUGGCUACUGGUUGGAGAAGAGGGAAAAAGGCACAGAAUACUGGGCUAAAGUUAACAAGACACCUGUGACCAAAAGGGGUGUCAAAGGCUGGGAGUAUCAGGUGACACGUUUGUUUGAAGGAACAGAGUAUGAGUUCAGGGUUGCAGCUUGCAAUUCAGCAGGAACUGGACCUUUUAGCAUGCCAUCUGAGUCUGCUUUCGCUGUUGAUCCCAUCACUCCUCCAAGCAUGCCCGCUGCUCCUGUGGUGGCUGACAAGACAAAGCACAAUGUCACGCUGACAUGGGACCCACCUGAGAGUGAUGGAGGAAGUCCAAUCAAAGGCUACAUCAUCCAGAUUCAGGAUGAGGGUGGAUCAGAUUGGGUUAGAGUGAAUGAUGUUGACAGCUUACACCCUACCACAGAAUUUACUGUACCAAGCCUCCGGGAGUUGAAGCGUUAUCGCUUCAGAAUCAUUGCAGUCAAUGACAUUGGCGAAUCCGAUCCCAGCCCCCGUACCAGUGAGGUUCUGGUGGAGGAUGUGCAGCUCCCACCUUUCAUCACGAUUGAUGUCAUGGCCGACGACCUUGUGGGUAUCCGUGCCGGAGAUCCUGUCAGAAUCCCUGCCACCAUUAGAGGCAGGCCUGUUCCAAAGGUAGCCUGGGACUAUGAAGGCAAAGCUGAAACCCAAAAGAAGGACAAACUGCAUAUUUUGCCUGUGGACUCUGGGGUUGAGGCUACAGACACAACAUCUGUGGUAAACAUCCCAGUCAGCAAGAGAAGCCAUUCUGGACGUUACACCAUCACAGCAAAGAACAAAUCUGGACAGAAACAUGUUAACGUCAGAGUGAUUGUCCUUGAUGUUCCUGGACCUCCAAAGGACCUAAAAGUCACUGAUGUCACCAAGUCAACCAUGAGGCUGAUCUGGAAACUCCCUGAAACUGAUGGAGGAGAAAGAAUCAAGAGCUACUUUAUUGAGAAGAAGUCAGUUAUUGACAAAGCCUGGACAAAGGUGAAUGCAGCUUGUGCAAGCCAGGCCUUUGUGGUUCCAGGCCUCCUUGAAGGUCAGGAAUACCUCUUUAGGGUCAGAGCUGAAAAUCGACUUGGAUUUGGGCCAUUUACUGUUACAACAGAACCUGUUCGAGCCAGAGAUCCUAUUUAUCCACCCGAUCCACCCACAAAGUUGAAGGUUAAUUUAGUGACCAAAAACACUGUCACUCUGAGUUGGGAACCUCCCAAAAACAACGGUGGCUCACCUGUAAAACAUUACAUUAUUGAGAAAUUGAGCUGGGACACCAGUGGCAAGGAGAAGGAGACCUGGAAGCAGUGCAACAAGAGAGAUGUGGAGGAGCUUACUUUUAUUGUUGAGGACCUAAAGGAGGGUGGAGAAUAUGAGUUCAGAGUGAAGGCAGUGAAUGCUGCUGGACCAAGUCGACCCUCUGCCACUGUUGGACCCAUGGUAAUCAAGGAUCAAACAUGUGCUCCCACCAUCCAACUCCGGGAGGCCAUGGACGGAGAGGAAGACUGCGAUGUCAGUAUCGUUGCAAAAGUCAGCGGCUGUCCAUUCCCAACCCUGACCUGGCACAAAGCUAGCCUGGCCAAACCAGAGGAGAAAGUUGCAGUGCAGUAUGACCAGCACAUCAACAAACUGGUAACCCAGGACAAGUGUACACUGCUGAUCCAGCAUGCCAGCAGGCAUGAUAGCGCCCUCUACAGUCUGACAGCCAGCAACAGUCUUGGCACCGUAACCAAAGACAUCAAGCUGUCAGUGCUAGGACCCCCUGGACCACCAGUCGGACCAAUUAAGUUCACUGAGGUGUUUGCAGAGAGAAUUGGCCUGGCUUGGGAACCUCCUAAAGAUGAUGGUGGAUCUAAAAUCACCAAUUACGUUGUUGAAAAACGUGAAGACAACAGGAAGUCCUGGGUUCAUGUCUCCAGUGACCCCAAGGAAUGUGCUUACGUGGUCACCCGGCUCACAGAAAACCAUGAGUAUGAGUUUAGAGUUAUGGCCCAGAACAAGUUUGGAGUUGGACCCCCCGUGGUCAGUGAGCCAGAAAAGGCCAGAAACCUCUUCACUGUGCCUGGUCAAUGCGAGAAACCAACUGUCACUGACGUUUGUCUGGAAUCCAUGACUGUCAACUGGGAUGAACCCAAAUAUGACGGUGGAUCCUCCAUCACUGGUUACUUUAUUGAGAAGAAGGAGACCACUUCCAAGCGUUGGACUCGUGUCACUCGCGACCCAAUCAGGGCGUUACCACUUGGAAACAACUGGGAUGUCACUGGUCUGAUGGAGGGUGCCAUGUACCAGUUUAGGAUCAUUGCGAUCAAUGCAGCUGGCUGUGGUCUGCCUAGCAUACCCUCAGAUCCCAUACUCUGUAGGGACCCCAUCAAACCACCAGGCGAACCUACUCCAAAGGUGACAGACUGGACAAAGUCAACUGUGGAGUUGGAAUGGAUCCCACCAACAAUGGAUGGAGGAUCAAAGGUGACUGGUUACAUUGCUGAGUUUAAGGAGAUUAACAAGGAAGAGGAGGAGAAGAAAGCUCAGAGGAAGCUUCUACUACUGAGCGACGCAGAGGAGGAAAAGGAACCGGAGAGCGACGAGGGCUGGGAAAAAGUCAAAGACACAGAGAUCAGAGGGACAAAAUAUGUGGUUACUGAUUUGAAGGAGGGCGGUCUGUACCGCUUCCGAGUUCGAGCCAUUAAUGCUGCUGGAGAGGGAGAACCAGGAUAUGUGUCUGAGCUUAUUGAAGUCAAAGACAGAACAAUUCCUCCCGAGAUGGACCUGGAUGCCUCAGUGAAGGAAAAGAUUGUAGUCCAUGCUGGAGGCACAAUUCGCAUCAUCGCUUAUGUGUCAGGCAAACCUGCACCGCAGAUUACCUGGUGUCGCGACGAUGCCGAGGUGCCCAAGGAAGCUGCAGUGGAGCAGACCGGCAUCUCAAAUUCUCUGGUCAUCAAAAACUGUAGGCGCCAACACCAAGGCAUCUAUACACUAAGUGCUAAAAAUGAAGGAGGAGAGAGAAGGAAAGCUGUCAUUGUUGAAGUCUUGGAUGUUCCUGGACCAGUCCGUCUUCCCUUCGUUGGAGAGAAUCUGACUACCGACUCCUGUAAGCUAACCUGGUCUUCCCCUGAGGAUGACGGUGGUUCAGCCAUCACCAACUACAUCAUUGAGAAGCGUGAGGCUGACCGCAUGGGCUGGACCUCCGUGUCUUACACUGUGACAAGAAACAACGCAGUGGUGCAGGGACUUAAUGAUGGCAAGGGUUACUUCUUCAGGAUCGCAGCCGAGAACAUCAUUGGCAUGGGACCUUUCAUAGAGACGGAGAAAAUGGUUCUCAUCAAAGACCCUAUUUCUGUCCCAGAGCGUCCAGAGGAUCUGAUCGUCACUGCUGUUACCAAAGACUCUAUCUCUGUUUCCUGGAGACCACCAAAGUACGAUGGCGGUGCUGAGGUGACGGCAUACGUUCUUGAAACCCGAAUGAUUGGCCGUGACAAUUUUACAAGAAUAGGUGGAGAAGAAAAACUAAUGGAGAGGAAGUUCACACUGACUGGGCUUAAAGAUGGCUCAAGCCAUGAGUUUAGAGUCUCUGCUGUCAAUGAAGUUGGACAGGGCAAGCCGUCCUUCAACACUAAAGCGGUGCAAUGCAAAGACGAGCUUGAACCACCAUCUCUGGAACUGAACUAUAGGGAAAGCAUGAUUGUGAAGGUGGGUGACCCCUGCAUGCUGUCAGGGCGCUACAACGGUAAACCAGUACCUUCUGUUGCCUGGACAAAGAAUGGCGAAGAGCUGAAGGCCGACGAAGACAUUGGCCUCUUUAGCAGCACAAGUACUUUCAGCCUCAACAUCAACAAGGCCAAGAGAGACCACAGCGGCCGCUACUGUGUCAACAUAGAAAAUGCCGCCGGCACUCGCUUAGGAAUAUGCAACAUCACUGUGGUUGACCGUCCUCAGCCACCGGAGGGACCUGUAGUAUUCAAUGAGGUCUACAGGAACUACAUGGUUAUCUCCUGGAACCCCCCACUAGAUGAUGGAGGUUGUGCCAUCUCCACUUACAUAGUGGAGAAGAGAGAUACCAACCGAGAUUUGUGGAUGCCGGUCACCUCAUCUUGUACCAGAACCACCUGCAAGGUGCCAAAACUGAUAGAGGGUCGUGAUUACAUCAUUCGGAUCAUGGCUCAGAACAUGUAUGGAAUCAGUGACCCCCUUCUGUCAGCAGAGACCAAAGCCAGAGAUGUUUUCAAGGUGCCUGACGCUCCCAAGCAGCCUACAAUUAAAGAGGUCUACCAUGACUCUGCCUUGAUCACCUGGGAGCCUCCUGCAGAUGGAGGAAAACCAAUCACAGGAUAUAUUGUGGAGAGGAAGGAGACUAAGGCCAGCAGAUGGGUGCGCUGCAACACAGAGAGAAUCCAUCCAAAGGUGGAGUACUGGGUGACAGAGCUGCUGAAAGGCUGCGAGUAUGAGUUCAGAGUAAGCGCUGAGAACGAGGUUGGAGCUGGAGACCCAAGCCCACCAUCCAAGCCAGUGUUUGCCAAAGAUCCCAUUGUGAAACCCAGCCCUCCUGUGAACCUCAGAGCCAUUGACUUCAGCAAGGAGUCUGUGACUUUGUUCUGGGAGCCACCCACAGACACUGGAAGAGGAAAGAUCUUUGGGUAUUUGCUGGAGUUCCAGAAAGCCGGAGAGGAAGAAUGGCACAAGGCAAACCAGACUCCUGACUCCUGCCAGGAUACACAAUUCAAAAUGAUCAAUCUGGAGGACGGUGCUCUGUACCGCUUCAGAGUCCUUGCUGUCAACGCUGCAGGAGAGUCUGAUCCUGCCAAUGUGAAGGAGCCAAUCAGAGCACAAGAAAGACUUGAACCUCCUGAGUUGAUUCUGGAUGCUGGAAUGACCCGUGAGGUGAAGGCAAUGGCGGGAACUCACAUCACUCUCAUGGCCACCAUUAAGGGUGCCCCGUUCCCCAAGGUCAUUUGGAAAAAGAACGAUGCAGACGUUCCAACUAGGGCUGACAUCGAGACCAACCAGUCAGGCACCAAGCUGGAGAUGAGAUUCUGCAAUCGUGAUGACUGUGGUGACUACACACUGACUGUGGAAAACCCAGCUGGGUCUAAGACUGUCACUUGCACAGUGCUGGUUCUUGAUAAACCUGGUCCAAUUCAGCACCUCCGGGUGUCUGAUGUCAGGAGUGACUCUGCUUACCUGUCCUGGAAAGACCCGGAGGAUAAUGGCGGUUCACGCAUCACAAAUUUUGUGGUUGAGAAGAAAGACACAGCUUCCACACAGUGGGUCCCUGUGUGUUCCACAUCUAAGAAGCGCAGCAUGAUGCUGAAGCACCUGAUGGAGGGCACCUCCUACGUGUUCAGAGUUGCUGCUGAAAACAUUUAUGGACGCAGCGAAUACACUGAAACACCAAAAGCUAUUAAGGCAAUGAACCCACUAUUCCCUCCUGGUCCUCCUAAAGAUCUGCACCAUUCUGAUGUGGAUAAAACAGAGGUAUGGCUUGUUUGGAAUUGGCCAGAUCGCAAUGGAGGAAGUGAGAUUACAGGCUUCCUGGUCGAGUACCAAGAAGAAGGAGCAAAGAAUUGGGAUGAGUGGAAGACUGUGAGCAUACCUGAGAGUCAUGUGACUGGCCUGGAAGAGGGAAAGACCUACCGCUUCAGAGUGAGAGCGGAGAAUGCCAUCGGCCUCAGCAGACCUGACACCACAGUGCCCAUUCUUUGUCAAGAGAAACUAGUGUCUCCAGUCAUUGAAGUAGAUGCUAAGCUAAUUGAAGGCAUCAUUGUGAAGGCCGGCACAACUAUCAGGCUCCCAGCUAUAAUGAGAGGAAUCCCUGUCCCCACUGCUAAGUGGUCUAUUGAAGGAGAGGAGAUCACUAGUGAGGGCAACAUCAAGAUCGACACUGAUAACUUCUCCACCAUACUCAGUAUUAACGAAUGUACUAGGAACCACACUGGAACCUACCUACUCACUGUGUCCAAUGCAGCCGGGUCCAAGACUGUUGGCCUGAAUGUUACAGUCUUGGAUGUCCCUGCAGCUCCCAUUGGACCAGUUAAUAUCCUGGAGGUCACACCAGACUCCAUGACUAUUGAAUGGCGCCCUCCCAAGGAGGAUGGUGGAAGUCCCAUCACCAACUACAUUGUUGAUAAAAGGGAGUCCAACAAGGAGACCUGGGGAGGUGUUAGCUCUGGAAGCCUUGGCACAGAGCUAAAAAUCACCCGUCUGCAGAGAGGAGCAGAGUAUGUGGUUCGCAUUCGUGCUGAGAACAAGAUGGGGGUUGGGGCUCCACUGGAAAGUAAACCCACUGUUGCUGAGCACAGUUUUAUGCCACCAAGCCCACCUGGUAAACCACAGUCAUAUGAUCUCUCAGAGGACAGUGUUACAGUUGGCUGGACUAUGCCUCUGGCAGAUGGUGGCAGCCAGAUUACUGGUUAUUUAAUUGAGCGCAGACAUAAGGGAGGCAAGUGGAUACGUGUUAACAGAAUACCUUGCAAAGAUUUGCGAUACAGAGUCCUUGGUCUCUUUGAGGGAAAUGAGUAUGAGUUUAGAGUGUUUGCUGAGAAUAUUGCUGGCUAUAGUGGCCCCUCUCCUAUUUCGGACCCAUGUAAACCCUGCCGACCCAUCACAGUUCCACGUCCUCCGAUCAACCCCAAAAUUAAGGAUUACAGCAAAACCACUGCGGAUCUGGUGUGGACCAAACCUUCUAAAGACGGAGGUAGCCCUAUCCUUGGCUACACUGUGGAGAUGAGGAAGGGUGAUGCAGAGGAAUGGAAAAAAGUAAAUCUUGAUGACUUUAUCAAGUUAUGUGCUUAUCAAGUAAAGGGUCUAGAAGAGGGCGUGGCAUACAAGUUUAGAGUAUAUGCAUCCAACAUGGUCGGUGAUGGAGAGGCCAAAGAAAUUCCGGACUCUAUUGUUGCUCAGGACAUUCUUAUCCCUCCCGAGAUCGAAAUGGACGCAGCUUGUCGCGAGCGAGUAACUGUUCGCGUUGGCCACAACAUCAACAUCACUGGUUACAUCAAGGCUCGCCCGGAUGCUGAGGUCAUUUGGUCAAAGGAGGAGACAGUUUUAGAAAACAGCAAACGUGUGACCAUCACUCAGAAUUUCCCUGUCGUUCACCUGAAAAUAAAAGAAGCAACAAGAGCUGAUCAUGGCAAAUACACCCUGAAAGCUUCAAAUGAAGGUGGAGAAGCUUCCUGCACCAUUGUAGUAAAUGUAUUAGACAGACCAAGUCACUGCCAGAACUUGCACACGACCUACGUCACCAAGGACUCAUGCAUGAUCAACUGGGACGUACCUCUGGACAAUGGUGGAUCUGAGAUUACCCAUUACAUUGUAGAAUGCCGUGAGCCCAGUAUUAGCAUGUGGUCCAUGAUCUCUUCCAACUGCACAAAUCGCAAGAUUAAAGCCAAAUUGAUGGAAGGCCAUGAAUACUUCUUCCGCGUGUGUGCUGCCAAUAAAAUAGGACCUGGACCCAGUGUGGAAACCAAGACUCCUACUCUGGCUGUUGACCGCAUUGAAAAGCCAGGUGAGCCAGAAAACUUCAGAGCCACAGAAAUUGGCAAAAACUUUGUCUACUUGAGAUGGAGAAAGCCUGACUAUGAUGGUGGCAGCCCCAACCUCCAUUACAAUAUUGAGUCCAAAACUAAAGAUGCAGAAGAGUGGCAGAAGCUUAACACAAGUCCAUUGACUGACACUUUCUUCUUGGCGGACAAAUGUGUGGAAAACCAGACAUAUACUUUCAGGGUUCAGACUGUGAAUGAAGGAGGAGAGAGUGCUUGGGUGAAACUUGCUGAUAUAGUGGUAAAAGAGGACCUCCAGAAGCCAGUCAUUGAUCUUAAGGUGGCUGGAACUGUGACUGUGAAGGCUGGAGAGUCUGUCCGGAUGGAGGCUGCCCUGAGAGGAAAACCCCAACCUGAGGUGAAAUGGACAAAGGACAAGGCUGUGGGAGACAACCCCAGACUGAGUUAUGAAACUGGUCCAGACUACUCCAAAUUCCUUUUGACAAAAUCUAGACGCACAGACACUGGAAAGUAUAUCAUUACUGCUACCAAUGCUGCUGGUACUUUUACAGCAUAUGCUAACGUCAAUGUCCAUGAUGUCCCUGGGCCUGUACGUAACUUGAGAGUUACUGGUAUUGGAGCUGACAAAUGCAGAGUAGUGUGGGAUGGUCCUGAGGAUGAUGGAGGAUGUGAGGUGGACAGCUACAUAUUAGAAAAGUGCGAGACUAGGAGGAUGGUCUGGUCUACAUACUCUGCCUCUGUAGUUACACCAUACUGCAAUGUUACUCACCUGGUGGAGGGCAAUGAGUACAUCUUCAGGGUGAGGGCAGAGAAUAAAAUGGGAACUGGCCCUGCCACUGAGAGCAAACCUGUAACUGUGAGGACACAAUUCAAUAGACCUGGACCUCCUGAUGCCCCUGAGGUUACAAAGGUCAGUAAGGAUGAAAUGACAGUGGUUUGGGCUCCUCCUGAGAAUGAUGGAGGAAAAUCCAUCACUGGCUAUAUCCUGGAGAGGAAAGAGAAGAGGGCAGUGCGCUGGGUGGCUUGCACCAAAAGCCCUAUUUCAGAGAGACGGAUGAAAGUUACUAAUCUUAUUCCAAACCAUGAAUACCAGUUCAGAGUAAAAGCUGAAAAUGAGGUUGGUCUUGGGGAUCCAAGCAAACCAUGCAGACCUGUGGCAGCCAAAGAUCCCAUCGAACCACCUGGCCCCCCUGCAUUCCUGAAAGUUUCAGACAGCACUAAAACUUCUAUCACCCUUUCCUGGUCAAAGCCUAUUUAUGAUGGUGGCGCACCAAUCAUUUGCUACAGCCUGGAUCUGAGGCUGAAAAGUGAAGCGGACCCCGAGAAGCCCUCUGAGGGCUGGAAAAGGAUUGAUACCCAUGGCCCAUUAGUGCUCACAGAGUUCACGAUUGGAGAGUUGGAUGAGACGCAGGAAUAUGAGUUUAAGGUGUCUGCACAAAACCAAGUUGGCUGGGGACGCCAUGCCUACCUGAGGGAAGCAGUGGCCCCCAAGGAGAUUCUGGAGGCUCCAGAAAUUGAACUGGAUGCCAGCUUGAGGAAAGGGCUUGCUGUCAGGGCUGGCUGUCCAAUUAGACUAUUUGCUAUCAUAAGAGGAAGGCCAGCACCUAAGGUUACCUGGAAGCGCAUGGGAGUGGAUAAUGUGGUCCGAAGGGGUCAUGUGGACCAGGUCGACACAAUGUCUUUCUUGAUCAUCCCUGAGAGCACUAGAGAAGAUUCUGGGAAGUAUUCAUUGACUCUUUCCAACUCAGCUGGAGAAAAGGCUGUGUUUGUCCGUGUCAAAGUUCUUGACACUCCUGGUCCUGUUGGUGGAUUAGAUGCAACUGAUGUCACUAAGACAACAGCUCAACUUUCCUGGUUGCCUCCAGAGAAUGAUGGUGGUAGCCCUAUCACCAGUUACAUUGUAGAGAAACGGGAGGUGGACAGAAAGACUUGGACAAAAUGCAGUGAAGACCAGAAAAAGACCAGUUUUAAGGUCACCAACCUUACACCUGGAGUUGAAUACUAUUUCAGAGUUAUGGCCUGCAACAAAUAUGGUAUUGGAGUUCCUCAAGACUCUCCUAGAUCCUACUUGGCUGUUGACCCCAUCAGCGAGCCUGACCCUCCAAAGAAGAUGGAUGUUCUAGAGAUCACUAAGAACAGUGCUACACUUGGCUGGCUCAAGCCACUUAGAGAUGGAGGGGCCAAAAUUAAUGGCUAUCUCAUUGAUUAUCAGGAGGAAGGUGCACCUGAAGAUAAAUGGACACCAUACUCCGUAGUGAAAGAUUUAACAAUUGUGGUGGUUGGCCUGAAGGAGGGACAGAAGUAUAAAUUCAGAGUGGCAGCUAGGAACUCUGUAGGAACGAGCUUGGCCCGAGAGGCGGAGGGAAUAUUUGAAGUCAAGGAACAGCUCAUGGCUCCAAAGAUCAUCAUGCAUGACAUUGUGACAGUCAGAGCUGGAUCUAAGAUGGUGGUUGAAGCCAUUGUGGCAGGCAAACCCCCUCCAGUCUGUAAAUGGAAGCAGGGAAAUGAGGACGUGUUGACAUCUGACCGCCUCUCUGUGGUUAAGACGUCCACAACCUGCACACUUAUCAUUAAGAAUGUGACCAGAAAGGACAGCGGAUACUACAGCCUGUCUGCUGAGAACAGUACAGGCAAGGUCAAUCAGAUCCUCAGAGUCAUUGUCAUGGACAUCCCUGGACCUCCAGAAGCUCCCUUACAGAUCACAGAGUUGGAUAUAGAUGCCUGCACAUUGCUCUGGAACUCCCCACAGGAAGAUGGUGGCAGCAACAUCACAAACUAUAUUGUAGAGAAAUGUGACAUCAGCCAAGGAGACUGGGUCACAGUGUCUGCAUCUUGCACCAAGACGAGCUUUAGAAUGACUAAACUGACACCCGGAAAAGAGUACUGUUUCCGGGUCCGUGCUGAGAACAGAUUUGGCAUUUCUCAGCCUGUCUACUCUGAGAAGAUCAUAGCCAGAUAUCCAUUUGAUCCUCCCAGUGAACCCAUAAAUCUCCAAAUCAAUAAGAUCUUCAAAGACUUUGUCAUCCUAUCAUGGGAGCGCCCCUCCAGUGACGGUGGUAGCCCCAUAACUGGAUACUGUAUUGAAAAGAAGGAGAGAAAUAGUCUUCUGUGGGUAAAAGCUAACGAGGCUGUUGUCAAAGCGUUGCAGUACACUUGCACAGGUCUGAUGGAAGGCUUGGAGUACACCUUUAGAGUGUCUGCACUCAACUUGGCUGGACAGGGCAAACCUUGCAAACAAACUGAUCUGAUUACAGCCAGGACUGCUGUUGAUCCACCAGGUAAACCUGAGCCUAUGGAUGUAACCAAACAUUCAGUUUCAUUGGUCUGGAGUCGUCCUGAACACGAUGGUGGGAGCAAGCUGAUUGGCUACUAUGUGGAAUACACCAAGCUUCCAGAGGAGAAGUGGAAUCGCUGCAAUGCUAACUGCAUGAAUAUCCAGACAGAAAGCUAUGUGGUUACGGGCCUGGAAGAAGGUCAACAGUAUCAGUUUAGAGUCAUUGCCAAAACUGCCAUAAACAUUAGCCUCCCAUCAGAGCUGUCUGACCCCAUCCCAGUCAUUGCACAAAAUGUUCCUCCUCGUGUUGAACUUGGCAUCAAUAUGAAGACCCUGAUUGUAAUCAAAGCUGGAGAGAAUGUUGUCCUUGAUGCUGAGGUGUUUGGCAAGCCUUUGCCCAAAGUAAGUUGGAAAAAAGAUGGAGCACCUCUGGUUCUCGCUGAGGGAAUGAAGAUGACCCAGAAAAAACAUGUCCACAUGCUGGAGCUUUUCUCAGUUACUCGAAAGGAGACCGGAGACUACACUAUUACUGCUGAAAACGCAAAUGGCUCUAAGUAUGCCACCAUUAAAGUGAAAGUGCUGGACAAACCCGGCCCUCCAGCCUCAGUGAAAAUUAGCAAGGUGUUUGCUGACCGUAUUAAACUGGGCUGGGAGCCCCCACUGGCAGAUGGCGGAUCUGAAAUUACCAACUACAUCAUUGAGAAGCGUGAGACCAGCAGGGCCAACUGGGCAUUGGUCACCUCCAACAUCCAUGGCCACAUCACCGACUGCUCAGUGGAGAAGCUUAUUGAGGGUCACGAAUACCAGUUCAGAGUUAGUGCUGAGAACCAGUAUGGGGUUGGAGACCCCAGAAUGACUGAUGCAGUCAUGGUCAAGAACCCAUAUGAUGUUCCAGGACCAUGUGAACCACCAGUCAUUACUAACAUUACUAAGGACUCUAUGACUGUCAGUUGGAAGGCUCCAGCCAAUGAUGGCAAAGCACCCAUUUUGGGUUACCUGGUGGAGAAACGCGAGGCUACUGAGCUGUCCUGGGCAAAAGUGAACCGUCGCCCUGUCAUUGACAGAACAAUCAAAGCUGUUCAGCUGACUGAGGGCUCAGAGUACGAGUUCAGAGUCAUCGCUCUAAACAAGGCUGGUUUGGGUAAACCCAGUGAUGCAUCCAACGCUGCUCUGGCUGUCGACCCUGUCUAUCCUCCUGGCCCACCUGCAUUCCCCAAGGUGGUGGACUCUACCAAGAGCUCCAUCAGCCUUAGCUGGACCAAACCUGCCUAUGAUGGCGGCUGUGAGAUCAUUGGAUAUCUAGUGGAGUGCAAGCGAGUUGAUGCUGAGGACUGGACUAAGUGCAACGUUCCAAAGAAACUCCAGGCAACCAAAUUUGUGGUAACUGGCCUGAUGGACAACACUGAGUACCAGUUCAGAGUCCUUGCUGUCAACAAAAUUGGCUACAGUGAACCCAGCGAGGUCCCAGGAAACCACACGCCCAAGGACAUACUAAUUGCUCCAGAGGGUGAAUUGGAUGCUGACCUGAGAAAGGCUUUGGUUCUGCGAGCUGGUGUCACAAUGAGGCUUUAUGUCCCACUGAGGGGACGGCCAGCGCCAAAGGUGACGUGGACAAAGGUAGACGCCAAUCUUAAGGAUAGACAAAGCUUGCUGAUCAAGACAUCAGACUGGGACACUCUACUGAUGAUUGAGGAUGUAAACCGUUAUGACGCUGGCAAAUAUGUGCUGUCCCUUGAGAACAGCAGUGGAUCCAAAAGCUACACCAUCAUAGUAAAAGUUCAUGAUUCCCCUGGACCACCUGUAAACCUAAUUGUGAAAGAGACUUCCAAAACCCAUGCCAGCAUCACUUGGGAACCACCUCUGAUAGAUGGUGGCAGCCCAGUCAAGAACUACAUUGUAGAGAAACGUUUGGCAGAGAGAAAGGCCUGGACCUGUGUGACCACAGAAUGCCCAAAGACCUCCUUCAGAAUUACCAACCUUGAGUCAGGACAGGCAUACUGCUUCAGAGUGCUGGCUGAAAACAACUAUGGUAUUGGAGAAGGGGUUGAAACAGCAGGAAGUGUCCGAGCUUCAGAACGACCAGGUCCAGUCACAGACUUCAAAGCACAAAAGACCACCAAGGAAUCUGUCACCUUGGGAUGGAAGAAGCCUCUCAGCGAUGGUGGAAGUCAUGUUAGCGCAUACAUCCUAGAGCAGAAUGAAGGCGAGGAAAAAUGGAAGCAGAUCAUGAAGGGCAAAAACACCUCAUAUGUAGUUGGUGACUUGACAGAGGGAAAAGAGUACCAAUUCAGGAUCAAGGCCCUCAAUGAGUCUGGAGAGGGACCACCAACUGAGCUCACAGCAGUAGUCAAGGACCAGUUUGUGCUGCCUGACUGCAACUUGAGUAAUCUGCAUGAUGGCUGCUGCACUGUGAAGGAGGGCAGCACCACACGCAUCAAUAUUCCAGUAUCUGGUAUUCCUUACCCUUCUGUCAUCUGGAAGAAAGGUGACAUGGUGCUCGGAGAUACUGGCAGAAUGUGUGUGGAGGCCUCUCCUGGCGUUACCACCCUUCUUCUCCGAGAUUGCCAGAGAGCUGAUGCCGACACUUUCACAAUUGUAGCCAAAAACAGUGCAGGUUUGAAGGAAUGCAAGUUCCAGCUAAAAGUGGUUGGAAAACCAGGUAUCUGCACUGGACCCAUUAAAUUCAGUGAAAUCACGGCAGACGGAAUUACUCUGGAAUGGGGACCACCAACAGAUGAUGGAGGUGCAGAGGUUUCUAAUUACAUUGUGGAGAAGAGGAGGACCACAGACAACAAGUGGGCCACAGUGGCUUCAGCCACUCAAAAGACUACCAUGAGGGUGAUUAGACUCCAUGAUGGUGUGGAGUACAUCUUCAGGGUGUUCGCUGAGAAUAAAUAUGGGGUUGGAGAAUAUUUGAGGUCUGAUCCAGUCAUUGCCCAGCAUCCUUUCAACGUGCCUGAGGCACCAGCUCCUCCACAGAUUGUAACCAUCCGCCAUGAGUCAGCAAUCCUAAUUUGGACUGAUCCCGCGGAUAAUGGUGGCUCCCCUAUCACUGGAUAUCACAUAGAAUUUAAGGAGAGGAACAGCCUGAUGUGGAAACGGGCCAGUAAGACUCCUCUAAGAGUGAAGGAAUGUAGAGUUACUGGGCUGACAGAGGGACUAGAAUAUGAGUUCAGGGUGAUGGCCCUGAACAUGGCUGGCCUUGGAAAAGCAAGUAAAGUUACUGAAGCUGUGGUUGCUCUGGAUCCUAUUGAUCCUCCUGGAAAACCAGAUGUCAUUAAUGUCACUAGAAAUACAGUCACACUAAUGUGGACACCUCCCAAAUAUGAUGGUGGCUACAAACUGAUCGGCUACAUGGUGGAGAAGUUAGAGGCUGAUGGCAAGGCCUGGACAAAGGCCAACCAUGUCAACAUUCAGGGUUGUGCCUUCACUGUCACUGACCUAUCAGAAGGAUCCCAGUAUCAGUUUAGAAUAAGGGCAAAGAAUGCAGCUGGUGCCAUCAGUGAGCCUUCAGAUUGUACUGAGUUUCUAACCUGCAAGGAUGAGUAUGAGCCUCCAUCUAUAACUAUUGACCCAGACAUGAAGGAUGGUGUAUCAGUCAGGGCUGGAGAUACAAUUGUGAUUUCUGCUUCUAAGAUUGUUGGAAAACCUCCCCCAACUACUUUCUGGUCCAAGGGAGGUCGGGAGUUCAAGAACUCUGAUAUCAUCACUGUCAGCAGCACCCCCACCACCUCCACUCUAGCCAUUAAGUAUGCAAGUCGAAAGAACACGGGAGAGUACAUUAUCACUGCCAGCAACCCUUUUGGUAUUAAGGAGGAACAUGUUAAAGUGAAAGUUCUAGAUGUACCUGGACCACCAGGUCCCAUUGAAGCAAGUAAUAUUUCAGCAGAGAAGUGUACUCUGACCUGGCUUCCACCAGAAGAAGAUGGAGGAAGCUCUAUAAAGUCCUACAUCCUUGAAAAGAGAGAGACUAGCCGCCUACAGUGGACCAAGCUAGCAGAAAAUGUUAUGGACUGCAGAUAUGUAGCUGCAAAACUAAUCAAAGGCAAUGAAUACAUCUUCAGAGUGCAAGCUGUGAACCAGUAUGGCACCGGAGACUCAAGCCAAUCGGGUCCAGUCAAAAUGGUUGAUAGUUUUGGCCCACCAGGUCCACCCUCAAUCCCAGAGAUUGACAAUGUCAGCAGGAAUGCAAUCACUAUUUCAUGGAAGAGACCAGCAAAUGAUGGUGGCUGUGACAUUAGAGGAUAUUCUGUGGAGAGAAAAGAGAGAAAAGGACUGAGAUGGGUGAGAGCCCAUAAGAGGUCAGUCCCUGACCUCCGCUUUAAGGUGCAAGGCCUAACUGAAGGAGUUGAGUAUGAGUUCAGGGUCACUGCUGAAAAUAAAGCUGGAUUUGGGGAGCCAAGUGAGCCAUCGCGCCCUGUGAUGACAAAAGAUAUUGUUUAUCCCCCUGGCCCUCCAUCCAAUCCAAGAAUUACAGAAACCACAAAAACCACAGCAACUUUUGCCUGGGGCCGGCCCCACUAUGAUGGAGGUCUUGAAGUGGAGGGAUAUAUUGUUGAAUAUAAGAAAGAAGGUCAUGAUGAUUGGGAAACAGAAACACAGUACCCAGUGAAGAUUACAGAAUAUGUUAUUGGCAAGCUUCAAAAAGGAGGCAAAUACCACUUUAGAGUUUGUGCCAUAAACUCAGAGGGAGUGGGUGAGCCUGCAGAGGUUGAAAAGGUGACUGAAUUAGUGGAUCAAGAAACACUGCCUGACUUUGAACUUGAUGCUGAACUCAGAAGAACUUUAGUGGUGAGAAGCCGUUGUUCAAUUCGUAUGUUUAUCCCAAUCAAAGGACGUCCUGUUCCUGAAGUAACUUGGAGCAAAGAUGAUACAAACCUGAAAGUCCGUGCUCACAUUGACAACACAGAAUCUUACAGUCUAUUUGUUAUUCCUGAAUGCAACAGAUAUGAUGCUGGAAAGUAUAAUCUCUGUUUGGAAAAUGUUGCUGGUAAGAAAACUGGUUUUGUCAAUGUAAGGGUUCUGGACACACCAGGUCCACCAGUCAACCUCAAACCAAGAGAGGUGACCAAGAACAGUAUCACUCUUCAGUGGGAAAUCCCAAUAAUAGAUGGUGGUUCUAAGAUCCAUAACUACAUUAUUGAAAAGAGAGCAGCCACCAAAAAAGCAUAUACGGUGCUUAGCACUACAUGGCAAAAGUGUUCUUUUAAAAUCCCAGAUCUUGAGGAGGGGGCUUACUACUACUUCAGAAUUUCUGCUGAAAAUGACCUUGGUGUUGGAGAGCCUGCAGAAACCCCUGAGCCCAUCAGGGUGUCCCAAGCUCCUUCUGCACCAGAAAACCUGUAUGUUACAGAUGUGACUGCAGAAAGUGCAAGCCUGGCAUGGACAAAACCUCUCCAUGAUGGUGGAAGCUUGAUUACCGGAUAUGUCAUUGAAGCUCAAAAGAAAGACUCUGAACAGUGGGUCCAUGUGGCCACCAUCAAGGCUUUGGAUUACACAGUAACAGAUCUGACUGAGGGUGCUGAGUAUACUUUCCGUAUAAUGGCUGUCAACGCAUCAGGCAGGAGUGAUCCUCGUGAGAGCAGGCCUGCUAUUAUUAAGGAGCAAACAUCUACCCCUUCAUUUGAUCUUCGGGGUGUGUACCAGAAGACUGUCAUUGUCAAAGCAGGAGAUCGCGUGAAAGUGGAAAUUCCAGUGCUGGGUAAACCAAGGCCUAUUGUUUCCUGGAAAAAGGGAGAUUCGACUCUCAAGGAAACCCAAAGAAUCAAUACAGAAAUCACACAAACAUCAACUAUUCUCAAUAUCAAUGAGAUCAAAAGAACUGAUGGAGGACAGUAUUCCGUCACUGGAAAGAAUUUGCUAGGUACAGUGACAGAGACCAUCACAGUUCUGGUCCAUGACAUUCCAGGUCCUCCAAUUGGUCCUAUAAAGCUGGAUGAAGUCUCGUGUGAUCAUGUUAUAAUGUCUUGGGAGCCACCAGAGAAUGAUGGAGGUGUUCCAAUCAACAACUAUAUUGUUGAGAUGCGGGAGACUACUGGCACUUCAUGGGUAGAGCUGGCAGCAACUGUAAUCCGCACCACUUUCAAGGCAGUUCGACUCACUACUGGGACUCAAUAUCAGUUCCGUGUCAAGGCCCAGAACAGAUAUGGUAUUGGACCAUGUAUCAUUUCAGAACCUGUAUUUGCUGCAUAUCCAUUUGAUGUGCCUGGCCAGCCUGGUAGUCCGGUGGUCACAUCUUUUAACAAGGACUCUAUGGUUUUAAGUUGGAAUGAGCCUUCUUCUGAUGGAGGUAGUCCCAUUCUGGGUUAUCAUGUGGACAGGAAAGAGAAAAAUAGCAUUCUGUGGCAACGGGUCAGCAAAGCUCUCGUUGUUGGGAAUAUUUUCAAAUCUGUUGGCCUUGUUGAUGGUAUUGCAUAUGAACAUCGUGUCAUUGCUGAAAAUAUGGCUGGUCUAAGCAAACCUAGCAAACCCUCUGAGCCUAUGUAUGCUUUGGACCCAGUUGAUCCACCAGGCAGACCCGUAGCAUUGAACAUUACCAGACAUGAGGUGACACUGUCCUGGACCAUACCAGAAGGGGAUGGUGGAUUUUCCAUUACAGGAUACCAAGUAGAGAGGAGAGAGAUGCCCAAUGGACGUUGGCUCAAAGCAAACUUCAACAACAUUCUGGAAACUACAUAUACAGUUAGCGGUCUGACUGAGGAUGUAACCUAUGAGUUUCGUGUGUUUGCAAGAAACUCAGCUGGUGCUGUUAGUGCUCCAUCUCAGCAGUCAGAGCCAAUCACUUGCAGAGAUGACAUUGAAGAGCCUCGACUCGAUGUUGAUGCAUCCUACAGCAGCAAUGUUGUAGUAAUGGCUGGAGAGAUUUUCAAGUUGGAAGCCAGAGUAACUGGUAGGCCCAUUCCAUCACUGGUAUGGACUAAAGAGGGAAAAGAGCUUGAGGACACAGCCAAGCUGGAAAUAAAAACCUCAGACUUUCACACAACUCUAACAAACAAAGAUUCGUUGAGGAGAGAUGGUGGUACUUUUACUCUAACUGCUAGUAAUCCUGGUGGCUUUGCCAAGUUUACAUUUAAUGUCAAGGUGCUUGAUAGACCAGGACCACCAGAUUCCCUCACUGUUACAGAUAUCGCUGCAGAAAAAUGUGUGCUUAACUGGAUUCAUCCUGCACAUGAUGGUGGUGCCAAAAUUGAGUAUUUUAUCAUUCAGAGACGUGAAACCAGUAGGUUGGCAUGGACUAAUGUGGCAACAGACCUUCAAGCUAACAGGUUUAAGGUCACAAAGCUUCUUAAGGGUAAUGAGUACAUUUUUAGGGUUAUGGCUGUUAACAAGUAUGGUGUAGGUGAACCUGUAGAGUCUGUGCCUGUCAUAUGCACAAACCCAUAUGUUCCCAGUGAUCCACCAUCACAGCCAGAGGUUACCACAAUCACCAAAGACUCAAUGGUUGUGUGCUGGGAGCGCCCUGAGCAUGAUGGAGGAAGCAGAAUCAACACAUACAUAAUUGAAAGAAGGGAUAAGACUGGCCUGCGCUGGGUAAAGUGUAAUAAAAGGACUGUAACAGACUUGCGUUACAAGGUUUCUGGGCUUACACUGGGACAUGAAUAUGAAUUUAGAAUUUUUGCUGAGAAUAACGCUGGCUUAAGUCAGCCAAGCCCUUCUAGUCCUUUCUACAAAGCCGUAGAUACAAUCUUCCAGCCUGGACCCCCAGGCAAUCCUAGAGUACUGGACACCACCAAGUCUUCCAUUACCCUGGCCUGGAAUAAACCCGUCUAUGAUGGUGGUUCUGAAAUCACUGGAUACAUUGUGGAGACUUGCCUACCUGAGGAGGAUGAGUGGACAAUUCAAACUCCAAGGAAGGGAUGGACAGCGACUUCAUAUACCAUCACUAACCUGAAGGAAAACCAAGACUAUAAAAUCAACAUUUGUGCAACAAAUUGUGAAGGAGUGGGAGAGCCUGCUGCUGUUCCUGGAACACCAAAGGCUGAGGACAGACUACUUCCUCCGGAAAUUGAACUUGGAGCUGAGUUGCGUAAGGUUGUGUGCAUCAGAGCCUGCAGUACACUCAGACUAUUUGUUCCAAUCAAUGGAAGACCAGCACCUGAAGUGAAAUGGUCAAGAGAGCAUGGGGGAUCUCUUGAUAAAGCCAACAUUGAAAUUACACCAUCAUUUACCACUCUUCAGAUAGACAAUGUUGACAGGUUUGAUGGGGGCAAAUACAUGCUGACUAUAGAAAACCCAUCUGGAAGUAAGACAGCCUUUGUUAAUGUAAGAGUGCUAGAUACUCCAGGAGCACCUCAGAAUCUUAUUGUUAAGGAGGUCACCAAAGAUUCAGUUUCUCUGGUUUGGGAUGCACCUCUUAUUGAUGGGGGUUCCAGAGUGCGCAACUACAUUGUGGAAAAACGGGAGUCAACUAGGAAAGCUUACUCAACAGUUUGCGCUAGCUGCCAUAAGUCAAGUUGGAAAGUUGGAGAGUUGGAGGAGGGAAAACUGUACUCUUUCAGAAUUCUGGCCGAAAACGAGUUUGGCAUUGGCCUCCCAGUUGAGACCGUUGAACCAAUUAAGGUGUCAGAGAAACCUCUACCUCCGGGAAAAGUUUCCCUCCUUGAAAUCACCAGCACUACUGUCACCCUGACAUGGGAAAAGCCAGACCAUGAUGGCGGAAGUAGAAUAACAGGUUAUAUUGUUGAGAUGCAGGGUAAAGGCAGUGACAAGUGGACCCAAGUCAUGACAGUGAAGAGCAAUGAGGCUUAUGUAACAGGGCUCACACAGGGAGAAGAGUAUAAUUUCCGUAUUUCAGCCAGUAAUGAAAAAGGUGUUAGUGACCCACGUCCUCUCAGCGUUCCUGUGGUGGCUAAAGAUCUGGCAAUUUCUCCAACCUUCAAAAUGCUUUUUAGUACAUUCAGUGUCCUAGCAGGAGAUGACCUUAAGAUAGAUAUACCAUAUGUUGCUCAUCCUAAAGCUGCUGUAACUUGGCUAAAAGGUGGUGUUAGUCUCAAGGAAACAACAAGAGUAAAUGCUGAGGCUACAGAUCGAAACAUUCUUCUGGUUAUUAAGGAAGCUUGCAGGGAAGAUGUUGGCACAUACACCAUUAAACUGACUAACAAAGCUGGAGAGGCUACAACAGAUAUCAGCGUUGUUGUAUUAGAUAAGCCUGGAUCUCCAACUGGCCCAAUCAAAAUGGAUGAGGUUACUGCUGAUAGUGUAGUCUUGUCAUGGAAUCCACCACAAUAUGAUGGUGGUUGUGCCAUUAACAAUUAUAUUGUAGAGAAGAGAGAUACAUCCACCACCAACUGGCAGAUUGUUUCAGCAACUGUUGCCAGAACAACGAUCAAGGCUGCCCGUCUAAAAACUGGAUCUCAAUACCAGUUUAGGAUUGCUGCAGAAAAUCGAUAUGGAAAGUCAUCAUUCCUGUUAUCUGACACUAUUGUUGCUCAGUUUCCAUUUGAGGUCCCAAGUUCACCACGCUCUGUUGUUGUUCAGUCAGCCACCAAAGAGAGCAUGGUAGUUGUGUGGGAGAAGCCCAGCAAUGAUGGCGGAAGUAAAAUUCUAGGCUAUCAUUUAGAACUCAAAGAGAAGAAUAGUAUACUGUGGGUGAAACAGAACAAACAAGUCAUCCCUGAUACAAGAUUCAAGGUAGUUGGCCUAGAGGAAGGAAUUGAAUAUGAGUUCAGAGUUUAUGCUGAGAACAUAGUUGGCCUUAGCAAAGUCAGCAAAGUAAGUGAGUUGCAAGUAGCCAGGGAUCCUUGUGAAAGGCCAGGAAAACCCGAAGCUGUUAUUGUGACAAGAAAUCAAGUCACACUCAGAUGGACAAAACCUGAGUAUGACGGGGGUAUCAAGAUUACUGGUUAUGUUGUUGAGAAGAAGGAAGUCAGCGGGCGCUGGAUGAAGGCCAGUUUCACAAACAUCAUUGAGUGUGAAUUUGUUGUCACAGAACUCACUGAAGAUCAGAUUUAUGAGUUUCGUGUUAUUGCUAGAAAUGCUGCAGGUGUGCUGAGCCAGCCCUCAGACUCCACUGGACCCAUCACUGCUAAAGAUGAAGUGGAUCCACCCAAAAUUGACUUGGAGGCUAAGUACUCCCAGGCUGUGGUACUAAAUGCUGGUGAGACAUUCAAACUUGAAGCAUCUAUUUAUGGCAAGCCUGUGCCCACCAUACACUGGCUGAAAGAUGGUCAUGAGAUCACUGAAGCAGCUCGAAUAGAAAUUCAUAACACAAAUUUUACAGCUUGCCUAAUUUGCAAGGAAGCCAUUCGUAUUGAUGGAGGACAGUACACUAUUCUAGUAAAAAAUGUUGGUGGAGAAAAGUCUGUUAACAUUAACGUAAAGGUCCUGGACAGACCAGGUCCACCAGAGGGCCCAAUCUCUAUUUAUGGAGUCACUAGUGAGAAAUGUUCAAUUUCCUGGAAACCUCCCUUGCAAGAUGGAGGAAGUGAUGUGUCUCAUUAUGUUGUGGAGAGAAGAGAAACCAGCAGACUUGUUUGGACUGUAGUUGAAUCAAAGGUGCAGACACUAAACCUGAAGAUUACUAAACUUCUUCCUGGCAAUGAGUACAUCUUCAGAGUAAUCCCAGUCAAUAAAUACGGAGUUGGUGAGCCUCUUGAAUCUGAGCCAAUGAUUGCUAGAAAUCCAUUUGUUGCACCAAGCGCACCGACUGAGGUGGAGGUUUCAACAAUCACUAAGGACUCCAUGGUUGUUACAUGGGAACGCCCCUCUAAUGAUGGAGGUAGCCCCAUCCAAGGAUAUGUUGUUGAAAAAAGGGAUAAGGAUGGUGUGAGAUGGACCAGGUGCAACAAGCGCAAUGUUAGUGAGCUGCGCUUUAGAGUAACAGGACUCCUUGAGAACCAUAGUUAUGAAUUUAGGGUUGCUGCUGAAAAUGCUGCAGGAGUUGGGACACCAAGCAAGCCCACAAUAUACUACAAGGCUCUAGAUCCAAUCUUCAAACCAGGUCCACCAAAUAACCCCAAAGUAUUGGACACUUCUAGGUCCACUGUUACUCUGACCUGGGGCAAACCUAUCUAUGAUGGUGGCUGUGAGAUCCAGGCUUAUAUUGUUGAAGCUUGUAAUGGAGCUUCAGAUGAGUGGUUUAUGUGCACACCUCCCACUGGAAUCACUGAAACUACAUUUACAGCAAAAAAGCUUCUCGAGAAGCACGAGUACCAGUUUAGAGUGUGUGCAAUCAACAAAAUCGGAGUUGGUGAGCAUGCUGAUGUGCCUGGAAAAAUUCUUCUCGAGGAGAAACUUGAGCCUCCUGAUCUUGAAUUGGAUGCUGAUAUGAGAAAAAUGAUCAAUAUUAGAGCAGCAUGCACUCUCAGACUUUUUGUACCUGUGAGAGGUCGCCCAGCACCUGAAAUAAAGUGGGGAAAGGCUGAUGGAGAAAUUAAGGAAACUGCCCAAAUAGACAAUACAGGCAACUAUGCUUCUCUUGUAAUAGAAAAUGUUGACCGUUUUGACAGUGGAAAGUACACUUUAACAGCCGAAAAUGCAAGUGGAGUGAAGUCUGUAUUCAUUAGUGUCAGAGUCUUGGACUCCCCUAGUCCACCUACUAACUUCAUGGUGAAAGAAAUCACUAAGAACUCUGUUACUCUCACAUGGGAACCUCCUCUCCUUGAUGGUGGCUCAAAGAUUAAGCAUUAUAUAGUUGAAAAACGGGAGAGCACUAGAAAGGUUUACUCUCCUAUCACUACCUGCAACAAGAUGUCGUUGAAAGUUGAGUCCUUACCAGAGGGUGGAAUUUUUUUCUUUAGAGUAUUAGCUGAAAAUGAGUAUGGUGUGGGUCUACAAGCUAAAACAAUUGAGCCAAUCAAAAUAUCUGAGAAACCUCAACCACCUGGAAAGGUAAGCGUAGUUGAUGUUAGUCGUAGUACCGUGUCUCUAAAAUGGGAGAAGCCCAUACAUGAUGGUGGUAGUAGAGUCAGUCACUACGAAGUUGAAAUGGCUCCAAAGGACAGUGAUACCUGGUCUUUGUGUGCUAGUGUAAAGAGCUUAGAGACCACAGUGGCCAGUCUUCUCCAAGGAGAGGAAUACCAGUUCAGAGUUGUUGCUGUAAAUGACAAAGGCAAAAGUGAUCCAAGACAACUAGCCCAUUCUGUCGUGGCAAAGGAUCUUACAAUCGAGCCUUCCAUUAGACCCAAAGCAAGUACCUACAGUGUUCAGGUAGGGUACGACCUUAAAAUAGAGGUCCCAAUUGCUGGACAUCCAAAACCAACUAUCACUUGGACAAAGGAUGGCACAGACCUUAAGCAGACGACCAGAGUAAACGUCACUGACUCAGCACAUCACACAACCCUCACCAUAAAAGAUGCUAUCAGAGAAGAUGGAGGAAUGUACACCAUCAACAUUGCAAAUUCUCUUGGUUCCAAAGAUGCAAAUGUGGAAGUGAUCACUCUGGAUAAACCAGGCCCACCAACAGGCCCCGUUAAAAUGGAGGACAUUAGUGCUGAGAGUGUUACCCUGAUUUGGGAACCUCCCACAUACACAGGUGGAUGUCCAAUUUCCAAUUAUGUGGUGGAAAAAAGAGACACAACUACAACUAACUGGGUAGUUGUAUCAGCCACAGUUGCAAGAACCACAUUAAAAGUGGCAAACCUGAAGACUGGUGCAGAAUAUCAGUUCAGAGUUUUUGCUGAGAAUAGAUAUGGAAAGAGUUAUGGAAUUGAUUCAGAGCCUGUUGUGGCACAGUAUCCAUUCCAAGAGCCUGGCCCUCCAGGGACACCAUUUGUGUCCUCAUACACUAAAGAUUAUAUGGUAGUUGAGUGGCAUAAACCCCCAUCUGAUGGAGGAAGUUCUAUCUUGGGUUACCAUUUGGAGAGGAAGGAGAAAAACAGUAUUCUUUGGACUAAGGUUAACAAAAUGCUGAUCCAAGACUGCAGAUUUAAGUCAACCCCUCUUGAGGAGGGCAUUGAGUAUGAGUAUAGAGUGUAUGCUGAGAAUAUUGUUGGUAUAGGAAAAUGCAGUAAAACAUCAGAAGGAUAUGUUGCACGAGACCCUUGUGAUCCUCCUGGUCAACCUGUGGCCGCAAUUGUGACCAGGCACUCGGUAAAACUAAGAUGGACCCCCCCAAUAUAUGAUGGUGGAAGCCUUGUUACUGGCUAUGUAGUAGAAAAACGUGACCUUCCAGAAGGUAAAUGGAUGAAAGCUAGCUUUGCAAACAUCAUUGAGAAUGAAUUCACAGUUACUGGCCUUAUAGAAGACAGUAAAUAUGAUUUUAGAGUGAUUGCAAGGAAUGCAGCUGGUGCUGUGAGUAAGCCGUCUGACACCACAGGAUCUAUAAUGGCCAAGGACGAAGUUGAAACACCAAAAUGUGAAACAGAUCCUGUUUACAACCAAACUAUUGUCAUAAAUGCAGGGGAGACAUUUACUUUGGAAGCCAGUGUGGAAGGAAAGCCCAUCCCAACAGCCCAGUGGUUCAAGGGAAGUUUUGAAGUUGAAAACUCUGCAAGAGCCGAGAUCAAAAACACUGAUUGUAAGGCUAUACUUGUUGUCAAAGAUGCUAUCAGAGUGGAUGGUGGACAGUACACGCUGGUUCUGACCAAUGUGGCUGGAACAAAAACUGUUCCAUUUAGUGUUAAGGUUUUGGAUAGACCAGGCCCUUCAGAGGGACCCCUAACAAUAAGCAAUGUGACAGAGGAGAAGUGUUCAUUGUCAUGGCUUCCACCAAGACAUGAUGGAGGUGCAAGUAUUUCUCACUAUGUUAUUCAAAAGAGAGAAACCAGUCGCUUGGCAUGGACAGUAGUCUCCAGCGAGUGUAAAGCAACCAUGUUCAAGGUUACCAAGUUAUUGAAAGGAAAUGAGUACAUCUUCAGAGUAAUGGCUGUCAACAAAUAUGGAGAGGGAGAGCCCCUUGAAUCAGCACCUGUUGUCAUGAAAAAUCCAUUUGUUCCUCCAGGCUCACCUCAGGAACUUGAGAUCACCAACAUAACAAGAGACUCCAUGACUGUCUGUUGGAACCGUCCUGACACCACAGGUGGCAGUGACAUUGUUGGUUACAUUGUUGAGAAAAGGGACAGAGCUGGAGUGAGGUGGACCAAGUGCAACAAACGCAGAGUUACAGACUUACGCUUCAGAGUAACAGGGUUAACUGAAGACCAUGACUAUGAAUUUAGGGUGUCUGCUGAGAAUGGAGCUGGGGUGGGACAACCAAGCCCAUCCACACCUUACCUCAAAGCUUGUGACCCAACAUUUGAACCAGGCAGUCCAACUAAUGUCCAUUUGGUUGACACCACAAAAGACUCAAUCACUGUGGCUUGGCAUAGGCCCAUCUAUGAUGGUGGCUGUGAGAUUCAAGGAUACGCUGUUGAAAUUACCAAGGCUGAUGAGGAGGAAUGGACAAUAUGCACACCACCCACUGGUAUAAAUGAUACAAAGUUUACCAUCAAAAAGUUAACGGAACACCAAGAAUACAAAGUGCGUGUCUGUGCCAUCAACAAGCUUGGUAUUGGAGAGCCCACAGAAAUUCAAGGAAUUCUUAAACCUAUGGAUAAGAUUGAGCCUCCAGAGGUGAUUCUGGAUUCAGAGCUUAGGAAAGGAAUAGUUGUGAGAGCAGGAGGAUCAAUGAGAAUCUAUAUUCCUUUUAAAGGUCGUCCCACCCCUCAAAUAGGCUGGGCUAAGGAAGAUGGUGAGCUCCCCAGUAAAGUUCAGAUUGAGAUGGGUGAGAACUACACACAGCUUUCCAUUGACAUAUGUGACAAAUUUGAUGCUGGAAAAUACAUCCUUAAUUUAGAGAAUAGUGCUGGCACAAAAUCUGCUUUUGUCUCAGUUAAAGUUCUGGACACCCCAGGCCCCCCUUUACAGCUAGUAGUUAGAGACAUAAAGAGGGAGAGUGUUACCCUGAACUGGGAGCCACCAAUUAUUGAUGGUGGUUCAAGAAUAAAGAAUUACCUGGUUGAAAAGCGUGAAUCAACAAGGAAAGUUUUUUCCAAUGUGGACAACAAAUGCACAAAAACAAGUUAUCGUGUUACUGGCCUUACUGAGGGAACUAUCUACUAUUUCAGAGUAUUGGCAGAAAAUGAAUUUGGUGUUGGACAGCCAACUGUGACAGAACAACCAGUUAAAGCCUCUGAGCCACCCCUGCCUGUUGGUAAGGUCACAUUGACUGAAGUGACAAAAACUACCACUUCACUCUCUUGGGAAAAACCAGAUCAUGAUGGAGGUAGCAGAAUCAUUGGCUACUAUAUUGAAAUGCAACCUGUAGGCUCAGAGGAAUGGGUGUUGGCUGCCACAACCAAAACUUGUGAAGGCACUGUUGUAGGCCUCCGUGCAGGACAUGACUACUUAUUUAGAGUGUUUGCUUUUAAUGAAAAGGGCAAAAGUGACCCUAGAGCUUUGGCUGCACCAGUGACUGCUAAAGAUAUUACCAUUGAGCCAAGAUUCAAAGUAAGAUUCAACACUUACAGUUUACAGCAAGGUGAGGAUCUAAAGAUUGAGAUUCCUGUGUUUGGCCGCCCCAUCCCGAAAGUGGAAUGGAAAAAAGAAGGACAAGCAAUUAAGGAGACAACACGAUUGAAUGUCUUGAGCACAUCAUCAUCUACUAAACUGGUUAUCAAAGAUGCAAAUAAGGAAGACUCUGGUAAAUACAGUGUCACAGCCACGAGCAGCAUCGGAACAGUUACAGAGGAGAUUAUUGUUAUCAUACUUGAUAAGCCUGGACCACCCACUGGGCCCGUGAAAAUCGAGGAGGUUAGCUGCAAUUAUGUUGUUCUCUCCUGGGAGCCACCAGAGUAUACUGGAGGAUGUCAAAUCAACAACUACAUUGUUGAAAAGAGGGACACUACCACCACAAAUUGGCAGAUUGUAUCUGCUACAAUUGCAAGGACAACCAUUAAAGUCUCCAAGCUCAAAACUGGUGUUGAAUAUCAAUUUAGAGUCUGUGCUGAAAAUAGGUAUGGAAAAAGUUCUCCCAUUGUCUCUCCAGCUGUUAUUGCUCAGUAUCCAUUUAGUGUGCCUGCAGCCCCAGGAACACCAAUCACUACAGCUGCAACUAAAGAUAACAUGGUUGUUGAAUGGAAGCCUCCAAGUAACAAUGGUGGUAGUCCCAUCCUUGGCUAUCAUCUGGAGAGAAAGGAAAAGAAUAGUCUUUUGUGGAGUAAAAUGAACAAGCUUUUAAUUCCAGAGACACGCUUCAAGACCACAGACCUUGAAGAAGGCAUUGAAUAUGAAUUCAGAGUUUAUGCUGAGAACAUUGCAGGUGUCAGUCCAGCUAGUAAAGUCUCAGAUGGUACAGUAGCCAGAGACCCAUGUGACCCCCCAGGCACUCCUGAGGCCAUUGAAAUCACCAGAAACCAUGUGACACUCCAGUGGACCAAACCCCAGUAUGAUGGAGGUAGUUUAAUCACUGGCUAUUUAAUUGAAAGAAAGAAAUACCCAGAUACCCGCUGGAUGAAAGCCAGCUUCACCAACAUUAUUGAUACCCAGUUUACACUUGCUGGACUUACUGAGGACUGUGUUUAUGAGUUUAGAGUCAUUGCCAGGAAUGCUGCAGGAACUUUGAGUCAUCCAUCUGAAAGUACUGGACAAAUUACAGCCAAAGAUGAAAUUGAAGCACCAGAUGCUACUUUGGAUUCUAAAUUUAAAGAUCUGACAGUUGUUAGUGCUGGUGAGUCAUUUGAGAUUGAUGCUGACUAUACUGGCAAGCCUCUCCCUGAAGUCAUAUGGUUAAAGGAUGGUAAGGAAAUUGACAAAACCACACCAAGAAUGGAGAUCAAAACUACACUUACACGUACAAUCCUGACAGUCAAGGAGUGCAUUAGAGUGGAUGGUGGCCACUUUGUCCUCAAGCUUGUUAAUGUUGGUGGCGUCAAGAUGAUCCCAAUUAAUGUGAAAGUUCUUGACAGACCUGGUCCUCCAGAUGGCCCAUUAGAAGUUAAAGGGGUUAGGGCUGAGAAAUGUUAUCUGCACUGGAACCAUCCUUCACAUGAUGGUGGAGCAAGUAUCUCUCACUAUAUCAUUGAAAAAAGAGAGACCAGUCGUUUGUCAUGGACUGUGGUUGAGCCCAAGAUCCAAGCAAUUAGCUACAAAGUUACCAAACUGCUUCCUGGUAAUGAAUACAUUUUUAGAGUUACUGCUGUAAAUAAAUAUGGAGUUGGUGAACCUCUGGAAUCGGAGCCUGUUAUUGCUCGUAACCCAUUCACUGUUCCCAGUGCACCUUCAACCCCUGAGGUCAGCGCUGUCACUAGAGACUCUAUAGUCCUUACCUGGGAAAGGCCUGAAGAAAAUGGAGGAGCUGAGAUUGAAGGCUACAUUCUUGAAAAACGGGACAAGGAUGGUAUCAGGUGGACCAAGUGCAACAAAAAGAGACUGAAUGACCUAAGAUUCAGGUGCACUGGUCUCACUGAAGGUCACUACUAUGAAUUCAGAGUCUCUGCUGAAAAUGCUGCUGGCACUGGAAAGCCAAGUGCACCGAGCCAAUACAUUAAGGCAUGUGAUGCCACAUAUCCACCAGGACCUCCAAGUAACCCUAAAGUCACCAAUCAUUCAAGUAAUACUGUCUCCCUGACCUGGUCCAGGCCUAUUUAUGAUGGUGGCGCACCUAUUACAGGAUAUGUUAUUGAAAUGAAAGAGGCAGGAGAUGAUGAAUGGAUUAUCUGCAGUCCUCCCACUGGUGUUCAAAGCACUAACUACACUGUAAAGAAACUGAAAGAAAAUGCUGAGUAUAACUUCCGCGUAUGUGCUGCUAACUGUGAAGGAGUAGGAGAGCCUGUGGAUCUACCUGGGUCUGUGAUUGCUGCGGAGAAGCUAGAGGCCCCUGAGAUUGAACUAGAUGCUGACCUAAGGAAGAUGGUGAACGUACGUGCUACUGCAACACUGCGUCUAUUUGUGACGAUUAGAGGGAAACCGGAACCUGAGGUAAAAUGGUCAAAGGUUGGCAGCACUCUAAAUGAACGUGCACAAAUUGACGUCACAAGCUCUUAUACAAUGCUGGUAAUUGAAAAUGUUGAUAGAUUUGACACUGGCAAAUACGUGGUGACCCUUGAGAACCUAAGUGGCUCUAAAUCUGCAUUUAUUAAUGUUAGAGUUUUGGACUCUCCUAGUGCACCAACAAACUUGGAAGUUAAAGAUGUGAAGAGGAAUUCCGUUUCACUUUCUUGGGAGCCUCCUCUUAUUGACGGCGGGGCUAAGAUAUCACACUAUAUUGUUGAGAAGAGAGAGCAGAAGAGAAUGGCUUUCACCAGUGUUUGCACCAACUGUGUAAGGAACUCUUACAUUGUGUCUGACCUACAAGAGGGAGGAAGAUAUUAUUUCCGUGUGUUGGCUGUAAAUGAGCUAGGAGUGGGUCUGCCUGCUUCUACGGACCAAGUCAAGGUAUCUGAGGCACCUUUGCCUCCUGGCAAAGUUGUUGUUGAAGAUAUAACUCGUCACAGUGUCACCCUUUCGUGGGAGAAACCUGAUCACGAUGGAGGCAGCAAAAUCACAAGCUACAUUGUAGAGAUGCAGCCAAAAGGAGAAGACAAAUGGACGUUGUGUAGUCAAGCUAAAGCACUAGAGGCCACUAUCAUUGGACUUACAACAGGAGAAGAAUACUCAUUUAGGGUCACUGCAGUAAAUGAUAAGGGUAAGAGUGAUGCUAAGCCUUUGGCUGUUCCUGUAGUAGUAAAGGACAUAACAAUGGAGCCCAACAUAAACCUGCUGUUCAACACAUACAGUGUAAAAGCUGGAGAUGACUUGAAGAUUGAUGUUCCAUUUAAGGCCAGACCCCAACCUGAGGUUUCGUGGAAAAAAGAUGGCCAUGUUCUUAAGCAGACAACCAGGGUGAAUGUUGUCACCUCAAAGACAUCAUCAAAAGUAAUUAUUAAAGAUGCCAACAAAGAAGAUGUUGGAAAGUAUGAGAUUUCAGUAACAAAUGCAAUUGGAACAAAGACAGCUGAAGUGUCGGUUGUAGUACUGGAAAAACCAGGUCCACCCAGCAACAUUAAGUUGGAAGAAGUUAGUGCUGAUUUUAUCUCUCUAUCCUGGGAUGCUCCAAUAUAUGAUGGUGGAUGCCAGAUUAACAAUUAUGUGGUGGAGAAAAGAGAUACCACCACUACAACAUGGCAAAUUGUCUCAGCCACAGUAGCAAGGACAUCAAUUAAGGUUACUCGGCUUACUCAAGGAAUAGAGUACCAAUUCCGUAUUGCAGCGGAAAAUCGUUAUGGCAAGAGUUCUGCAAUUGAUUCUGCUCCUGUUGUUGCUCAAUAUCCAUUUGAGCCUCCCGGUCCUCCAACAAAGCUCCAUGUUGUCCAUGCUACUAAGACUGGUAUGCUGGUAUCAUGGGGCAAACCAGCAAGUGAUGGCGGAAGCCCAGUUAUUGGUUAUCAUAUUGAAUGCAAAGAUCAAAGUAGCAUUCUUUGGACUAAAGUUAACAGAGGUCUGCUAACUGAAAACCAGUUUAAAAUGACUGGCAUUGAGGAGGGCUUACUUUAUCAUUUCAGAGUAUAUGCUGAGAAUAUUGCUGGCAUUGGUCCAUGUACUAAGCCCUGUGAUCCAGUUGCAGCUAGAGAUCCAUGUGAGCCUCCACGUAACCUCAGAGUUACAAAUAUCACUAGGAAUUCAGUGUCUCUCUUUUGGAAUGGCCCAGAGUAUGAUGGUGGAGUAAAAAUCACCGGAUAUAUUGUAGAGCAUAGAGAACUACCUGAUGGCCGGUGGCUGAAGUGCAACUUUGCCAAUUUGCAAGACACUUACUUUGAUGUUACAGGCUUAACAGAAGAUGUCCAAUAUGAAUUCCAUAUUAUUGCUAAGAAUUCUGCAGAGCAGCUCAGUGUUCCCUCAGAAAGCACUGGUCCCAUCACCGUUAAAGAUGAUGUAGACCCUCCAGCCAUAAUAAUGGAAGACAAAUUACGACAACUAAUGGUCAUUAAGGCUGGAGAGACUAUUAAAAUUGAUGCAGAGAUUACAGGGCGUCCACUCCCAGUCAUUUCCUGGUCAAAGGAUGGAAAGGAAAUAGAGGCCAAAGCAAGGUGUGAAAUCACAUCUACUAACUUCACAACGACCCUCACUGUUACUGAUGCUAUCAGGAAAGAUUCUGGGCAAUACGUUCUUACUCUGCACAAUGUUGCAGGAACUAGAUCCAUGGCUGUUAACUGUAAAGUUCUGGACAGACCUGGACCUGCCUCAGGACCUUUGGUAGUGUCUGGACUAACAGCAGAGAAAUGCACCCUAACAUGGGGACCCCCUCAAGAGAAUGGGGGUGCUGAGAUCAUGCACUACAUUGUGGAGAAACGUGAGACAAGUCGCCUUGCUUGGACUCUAGUUUAUGGUGACAUGAAGGCUACAACUUGCAAAGUGACCAAGUUGCUUAAAGGAAAUGAAUAUAUCUUUAGAGUUAGGGGAGUAAACAAAUAUGGAGAUGGUGAGCCUUUGGAGAGUGAGCCAGAAAAGGCCAUGGACCCAUUUACUGUGCCCGCAGCUCCCACAAAUGUCCAAGUUACAGCAGUUACUAGUGAUGCAAUGACAAUAUGUUGGGAAAGACCAGUGUCUGAUGGUGGCAGCAGUAUUUCUGGUUAUGUAAUUGAAAAGCGAGAGAAAACAGGCCUUCGUUGGUGCCGUGUUAACAAGAAACCUGUUUAUGACCUAAGAGUCAAGGCUUCACACCUUCGUGAGGGCUGUGAAUAUGAGUAUAGAGUGUUUGCAGAGAAUGCUGCAGGGCUAAGUAAACCUAGUACCCCCUGUCCACUAACUAAGGCUGAAGACCCACAGUUUCUGCCCUCUCCUCCUGCUAAACCUAAGAUCAUUGACUCUACAAAAACCACAGUCACCUUGUCAUGGAACAAGCCCCUAUUUGAUGGCGGUGCACCAGUAACUGGAUACAGAGUAGAGUACAGAAAGACAUCUGAUGAUGAGUGGUUUAUUGCAGUGCAGAACACCAAGACUACAGAAUUUACAGUUGUGGGAUUGACACCUGGGGCUGAAUAUGUGUUUGUUGUCAAGUCCAUUAACAAAAUAGGUAUUAGUGAGCCAAGCCCUGAGACAGACAAACAGAUUGCUAGGGAAAGACAGGAGGAACCUGUGUUUGACAUAAGCAACGAGAUGAGGAAGACACUCAUUGUCAAAGAUGGAAGCUCAUUUACCUUGAAAGUGCCAUUCAGAGGCAAACCCAUACCAAAUGUUACUUGGGCUAAACCUGACAUUGACCUUAGAGUCCGGGCUGUCAUUGACACAACAGACACUUUCACCUCAAUAACCCUUGAAAAAGCAACUCGCAGUGAUUCUGGAAAAUAUACAGUCACCUUAUCCAGUGUUGCUGGAACUUCUUCAUUGACACUAAAUGUCAGAGUGCUGGACUCACCUGGACCUCCUUCACGUGUGGAGGUCAAGGAAGUAACAAAAACAUCUGCCACAGUCACCUGGGACACUCCUGAGAAUGAGGGUGGAGGACCAGUAAAGAAUUACCUUGUUGAUAUCCGUGAGGCCAGUAGGAAAGGCUGGACUAGGUUGACUGAAACAUGCCACAGGCUUACAUACAAGGUGAUCAAUCUAAAAGAAGGAGAGGUCUACUAUUUCCGAGUGACAGGAGAAAAUGAGUUUGGGGUUGGUGAACCAGCAGAGACCAAGGAAGGAACCAAGAUUACAGAAAAGCCAAGCCCACCACCAAAGCUAGGAGUCACUGAUGUGACCAAAGAGAGUGUUUCAAUUGCCUGGGAAAAACCUGAACAAGAUGGAGGCAGCAGAGUUACUGGCUACAUUGUUGAAGCAUUAGAAAAAGGCCAAGAAAAGUGGGUCAAGUGUGGUGCAACGAAAUUCACUCAUUUAACGGUUAGUGGCCUGAGGGAGAAUGCUGAGUACUUCUUCAGAGUCAGAGCUGAGAACCAUGCAGGACUAAGUGAUGUGAAGGAAACGAUCAUUCCUGUCAUCGUCAAGGACCAACUUGAACCUCCCGAGAUCAAUAUGAAAGACUUUGCUCACAACACAGUGUAUGUUAAAGCUGGUUCUACUCUAAAGUGUGAGAUCCCACUGACGGGUCGACCUUUACCAAAAGUAUCUCUUUCCAAGGAUAAUAUGCCACUCAAGUCAACUAUGAGGUUUAACUAUGACGUCACUCCAGACAGUAUCAAGAUCGUUCUGCGUGAAAGCAUUGCCGCGGACACUGGGCGCUAUGACGUCACUGCUUCAAACUCCGGUGGAACCACCAAAUCCUAUGUUAAUAUUGUUGUUCUGGACCGUCCAAGUGCCCCACUUGGACCUGUAGAACUUUAUGAUGUCACUGAAGACAGUGUAAGCCUGAUGUGGCUCCCUCCGGCUUAUGAAGGCGGUAGCCCUAUCACUAACUACAUCAUCCAGAAAAGAGAGACAACUACAGCCAAUUGGAUUGAUGUAUCUUCUGCUGUUGCUCGAUGCACCAUGAGGAUCAUGAAAUUGACUACUGGGCUGGAAUACCAGUUCAGAAUAAGAGCUGAGAAUAGAUAUGGAAUCAGCGAUCACAUCGACUCCCCUCCUGUCGCAGUUAAACUCCCAUACACAAUUCCAGAGGCUCCAUCAGUUCCAGAAAUUACUGCUGUGACCAAGGAGAGUGUCACAGUGGACUGGAAGGAGCCUAAGUCAGAUGGAGGUAGCCACGUGUUUGGCUACCAUCUCCUAAUGAAAGACAAGAACAGCAUUCUUUGGCAGACAGUUAGCAAAACAGUGAUCCGGGCCACACACUUUAAGGUCACAAAUAUAAAUGCCGGACUUAUUUAUGAGUUUAAAGUUGCAGCAGAAAAUGCUGCUGGUGUUAGUGAAUUCAGCAAGCCUUCAGAUGCAGUGUUGGCCAUUGAUUCAUGUGAGCCACCCACUACUCUUCGGAUCACUGACAUAACAAAGAACACUAUAAGUUUGGCUUGGGAGAAGCCAAACUAUGAUGGUGGAUCUCCGAUCACUGGUUAUUUCAUAGAGAAGAGAGAUGGCGCAAAUUCCAAGUGGUCCAAAGCAAACCUCACCAAUAUCACAGAUAGUCACUUUACUGUAACUGGCCUUACUCAGGAUGAAACAUACGAAUUUAGAGUUAAGGCCAGGAAUGCAGUUGGUUCAAUUAGCAGUCCAUCUAUUACUGCUGGACCAGCAACAUGUGUGGACACUUAUGGCACCCCAGAAAUUGAAAUACCACAGGAGUAUCUCAAUGAAGUCAAGUACAAGGCUGGUUCUGAUGUUGAACUCAAGUUUAAUAUUACAGCCAAACCUGCUCCCACCAUUGAGUGGUUUAAGGAUGGUAGAGAGCUUAAGCCCACCUCUCAACUCUCUUUCAAACAUAAAUUUCAGUCUACCAGUAUAUUCUUGAAGGAAACUACACGCAUUAACUCUGGCACAUAUGAAGUGAGGGUCAAGAACUCUCUGGGAUGUGCAUGUGGAGUCGUCAGGCUGCUUAUUCAAGAUAAGCCAGGUCCCCCUGCUGGAGAGAUUCAAGUUAAAAAAGUAACAGCUGACAACGUCACCAUCAUGUGGUCCCCUCCUGAUGAUGAGGGUGGUGCCAUGGUAACGCAUUACAUCGUAGAAAAGAGGGAGACCAGCAGGGUAAUGUGGUCCAUUGUGUCCGAAAAACUAGUCGACUGUAUUGUGAACGUACCCAGACUCAUCCAAGGCAAUGAGUAUAUCUUCAGAGUACGUGGAGUGAACAAAUAUGGCAUCGGAGACCCGCUGGAAUCUCAGCCUAUUGUUGCAAAGAACGCAUUCGUUCCUCCAAGUGAGCCUUCCAAACCUAAAGUUACCAUGAUUACCAAGUCCUCCAUGACAGUGAUCUGGGAACGACCUGCACUGGAUGGAGGCAGUGACAUUGAUGGUUAUUACCUGGAAAAAAGAGAGAAGAAAAGUCUGCAGUGGUUUAAGGUGGUGAAGGGUACCAUCAGAGACACCAGGCAGAGAGUCAACAACCUAGUGGAAAAUAAUGAGUACCAAUUCAGAGUUUGUGCUGUCAACAAGGCAGGAGCAGGAAACUACUCUGAAGCCUCUGAAUUGUACAAGGCCUAUGACCCCAUUGAUCUACCUGGCGAGCCCUCUAAACUCAGCAUUAUUGACUCCACAAAGACCUCCAUCACCUUGGGCUGGGACAAGCCUGUCUAUGAUGGUGGCAGUAAAAUCCUACACUACAUUCUGGAGCAGAUGACCUCAGAUGACAAAGAAUGGGUGAUAAUCAAUCCAGAAGUGAAGACUUGCGAGUAUGUGGUAUCCCACCUCAAACCUGGUACCUACUAUUACUUCAGAGUUUCAGCUGUCAACUGUAAAGGCAAAGGAGAGGACAUCAAGAUGUACCAGCCUGUUCAAGCCAAAGAUAUUUUAGAGGAAGCAGAUUUAGACUUGGAUGUGCCCAUGACAACCCAAUAUGUGGCUAGAGCUGGACGGACUGUAGAAGUUUUUAUUCCACUCAAGGGUCGACCUGCUCCCAAUGUCACAUGGCGACGUGGCGAUCGCAACAUGGCUAGUGAUAAUCGAUUUACAAUCAACAACACUGAGAGAUCUACCACACUCAUUAUACCCAACGUCACCCGUGAUGACUGUGGAAAAUAUUACCUGGAGAUUGAGAAUGGUGUUGGAGAACCCAAGAUAAUCACAGUUUCCCUCAAGGUUCAGGAUAGUCCCUCUGCCUGCCAGAAACUGAUCAUCAAGAAUGUAACAAGAGGAAAGCUGACCCUUAGUUGGGAGGCUCCUGUCAUUGAUGGAGGCUCUCCAGUAACUAAUUAUAUUGUUGAAAAGAAAGCCUCCACCAUGAAGGCCUACCAGGUGAUCACGGCAGAGUGUCUAAACACAUCUUACAAGGUGUCCGGCCUGGAGGAAGAUAUUGCAUACUUUUUCCGUGUGUCUGCUGAAAACGAGUUUGGUACGGGUGAUUGUUGUGAAACAACAGAGCCUGUCAGAGCGACAGAAACUCCUGGAGCUGUUAAAGAUUUGGUAAUGGUGGACUCUUCAAAGAAUUCUGUAACUUUGCAGUGGACCAAACCUGACCAUGAUGGUGGUAGCUACAUCACUGAGUACAUCAUUGAAAAAAGGAGCCAGGAUGAGGUCAACUGGACCUUAGGUGCUACAUGUAAACGCUGUACUUGUGAGGUUGCAGGACUCAGAGAAAAUGCAAUGGUUGACUUCAGAGUGUUUGCAAAGAAUGAAAAAGGCAGGAGUGACUUUUCCCAGAUUGGUCCAAUCACAGUCAUGGACUUUAUAAUUCCACCUGAAGCCAGUUUGACAGACUACCCCAAUGGAGAGCUUGCUGUCCGUAUUGGCCAAAAUAUCCACAUUGAGCUGCCUUUUAAGGGUAAACCAAGACCUGCAAUCAGCUGGAUGAAAGAUAACUUGCCUUUGAAGGAAAGUGAGAAGAUUAGAUUCAGGACCACUGACAACAAGACAUCAGUCACAGUCAGAGGAGCAAAGAAGGAACACGCUGGCCAGUAUACUUUGGUCCUGGAUAACAGAACCAUCAAAAACUAUUUUGAUAUAAAUGUGACCACUCUUGGACCCCCCUCGAUACCUGUUGGUCCCAUCCGUUUUGAUGAAAUAAAAGCUCAAAGUAUUAUUAUCUCCUGGGAUGAACCAAAAGAUAACGGAGGUGGUGAGAUAACCUGCUACAGUGUGGAGAAACGUGAAACAUCCCAUGCAAAUUGGAAAUUGGUCUGCUCCAGUGUGGUCAGAACGACCUUUAAAAUCCCCAACCUGGUCAAGGGUACUGAAUACCAAUUCAGGAUCCGUGCAGAGAACAAGUAUGGUGUCAGUGAACCUCUCAACUCAUCAGAUAUAAUUGCCCAGCACCAGUACAAGCCUCCUGGUGCGCCAGGAAAGCCAGUGGCCUACAACAUCACCAGUGAUGGCAUGACCAUUAAGUGGGAUGCUCCAGCUUUUGAUGGAGGUUCCCCCAUUCUAGGUUAUCAUGUUGAGAAAAAAGACAGAAACAGCCUUUUGUGGGAAAAAGUCAAUUCCACAAUCAUUUCUAACAGAGAAUAUAGGAUCAUAAGUCUUCUUGAAGGCCUGGAGUACUCGUUUAGAGUCUAUGCUGAGAACAAUGCUGGACUCAGCCCUGUUAGUGAGCAGAGCAAACAUGCUCUUGCCAUCUCUCCUGUUGAUCCACCUGGCACCCCUGUCUGCGUUGAUGUAACUAGAGACUCAGUCACGUUGCAAUGGGAUGUUCCCAAACGAGAUGGCGGCAGCAAAAUUGUGGCCUACAGUGUAGAAAGGCGCCAAGGUCGUGGCAAGUGGCUCCGCUGCAACUUUACAGAUGUCAGUGAAACUCAGUUCACUGUGUCCGGCCUAUCUCCUGGAGACAGAUUUGAAUUUAGAGUUAUGGCCAGAAAUGCAAUAGGCACAGUCAGUCCACCAUCAAACUCCUCUGGAUACAUCAUGACUAAAGAUGAGAGCGUUUCUCCUGAGAUCGAAUGGUCUCCAGAUCAAAUUGUUACUUUAAGGGCUGGAGAGAAUGUUCGCCUGGGCUGCAAAAUCACCGGGCGCCCCCUUCCUCAAGUGGUGUGGUACAAGGAUGGCAAAGAAAUUGAUAAAAGAACAAUGAUUGAUAUUGAGAUAACCACUGGCAUUGGGACAAGCAGUCUGUUCAUCCGGGAUGCUGACAGGAAUCACCGUGGCAUCUACACUGUGGAAGCUAAAAAUAACUCUGGUAGUAAGAAAGCUGACGUCAAUGUUAGAGUGCAAGACACACCUGGACCAGUUGAAGGUCCUAUCCGUUUCACUGGUAUCACUGCGGAGAAGUGCACAGUGUGGUGGAACCCACCAGAGAAUGAUGGAUGUGCUGCCAUCACACACUACACAGUGGAAAAAAGAGAAACAUCAAGAAUCUCCUGGGCCUUGGUCACAUCUAAAUGUGAAGCUUGUUCUUACAAUGUAACCAACCUUAUCAAAGGCAAUGAGUACCAAUUCAGAAUUUCUGCUGUCAACAAGUUUGGUGUUGGCAAACCUCUAGACUCCGACCCAGUUGUUGCACAGAUGCAGUACACCGUGCCUGAUGCUCCUGGUACUCCAGAUGCUACUCAUAUAACUGGAGAUAGCAUCACUUUAUGUUGGACACGGCCAAGGUCAGAUGGAGGAAACGAGAUAAAAUAUUACAUUCUGGAACGGAGAGAAAAGAAGAGCCUACGGUGGGUAAGAGUGUCCUCCAAGAGACCCAUCACUGAACUAAGACACCGUGUAACCAACCUCACUGAAGGAAAUGAGUAUGAGUUCCGUGUCAUGGCUGAGAAUGGCGCUGGUGUUGGACCGGCCAGCAGCACUUCCAGGCUGUUCAGAUGCAGGGAGCCAACCAGUGCUCCCAGUGCUCCAACAGUGAUCAAGGUCACUGACUCUACAAAGUCUUCCAUCACACUUGAAUGGACCAAGCCAGUCUUUGAUGGUGGCCUGGAGAUUAUUGGCUACAAUAUCGACAUGUGUAAAGCCAGCUUGGAGGAGUGGCACAGAAUUAACAACCAGAUUUGUAUAUACAAUACAUUCACUGCCAAGGGCUUGGUACCUGGAGAGCUUUACAAAUUUAGAGUCAGUGCUGUGAAUGGAUCCGGACAGGGUGAAGCUUCAGUGAUGCCCAGCCCUGUACAGGCCUUGGACAGACUAACAUCUCCAGAAAUUGAAAUUGAUGCCAGCUUCAAGCAAACUCACAUUGUGAAGAAUGGAGGCACUGUCACUCUACAAAUUUCUUUCAGAGGGAAGCCAACUCCCCUUGCUACUUGGUCUAAGGUAGAUGGUGAGCUACCUGUCAUGGCUGAUAUUAACACUACAGACUCAUUAUCAGUUUUGACCAUUGAAGGUUGUACCAGGUAUGAGGCUGGAAAAUAUACAUUGUCCUUGGAAAAUAACAGUGGCCGCAAGUCAAUAACAUUCACUGUCAAAGUGCUGGACACCCCUGGACCUCCAGGGGCAAUUGCCUUCAAAGAUGUCACCCGUGGAGCUUUGACAAUAAUGUGGGAUGCCCCCUCCAAUGAUGGUGGAUCCCGAAUCCACCACUACAUGGUGGACAAGCGUGAAGCCAGCCGGCUAGCCUGGCAAGAGGUUAGCAGCAAGUGUUCUCGCCAGAUGAUCAGAAUAACUGGUCUGGAUAUUGGUGUUCCGUACUUGUUUAGGGUGACUGCUGUUAAUCAGUAUGGUAAGGGAGAAGCUCGUGAGAUGACUGAGCCUAUCAUCGCCACCGAAGAACCUGCACCGCCUAAAAGACUAGAUGUAAUUGACACGACCAACUCCACAGCAUCGCUGGUGUGGCUGAAACCUGACCAUGAUGGGGGCAGCCGUGUCAGAGGCUAUAUUGUAGAGUUUAGAGUUAAAGGAACUGAUGUUUGGGUUGUUUAUGGAGAAACAAAGUCUUUGAAAAUGCUGGUGGAGGGUCUUUCUGAGAACAAAGAAUAUGACUUCAGGGUCAAGGCCAAGAAUGAUGCUGGGAUUAGUGACCCACAGGCUACCUUCAGCUCUGUAGUCAUCAAGGAACCUCGCAUUGAACCAACUGCUGACCUCAGCAACAUAACCAACCAGCUUAUCACCUGUAAAGCUUCCAACACUUUCACUAUAGAUGUCCCUAUUAGUGGUAGACCUGCACCUAAGGUCACAUGGAAGCUGGAAGAAAUUAAGCUGAAAGAGACAGACAGGGUCUCAAUCAAGACUACAAAGGAGAGAGCUACCUUGGUGGUAAAAGACAGCAAAAGAAGUGACAGUGGCAAGUACUACUUGACCCUGGAAAAUGCUGCUGGUGUGAAGACAUUUACAGUGACUGUGGUGAUUGUUGGAAGACCUAGCCCACCUACAGGGCCUGUUGAGAUCUCUGAAAUCAGCUCCGAAUCCUGCACUUUGUCGUGGACAGAACCAACUGAUGACGGGGGCACUGAGAUCACCAACUACAUUGUUGAAAAGCGUGAGUCUGGCUCUGCUUCUUGGCAAGUGGUAAACUCCAGUGUGAAGAGAACUACGAUUAAAGUGACUCAUCUCACCAAAUACAUGGAAUACACAUUUAGAGUUUGUGCUGAGAACAAAUUUGGAGUAAGCAAAUCCAUCGAGUCUGCAGCUGUAGUAAUUGAACAUCCAUUUGUUGCCCCAAGCCCUCCGACUCGUCCAGAUGUGGUAUCUGUAUCGGCCAACGUCAUUAGCAUUAAGUGGGAUGUACCAUAUGCCGAUGGAGGUAGCAAAGUGACAGGGUACUGGAUUGAGAAGAAGGAGAGAAAUACAAUUUUGUGGGUAAGGGAGAACAAGCUGCCAUGCCUGGAGUGCCAUUACAAAGUGUCAAACCUGAUUGAAGGCCUCGAGUACCAAUUCAGAGUAUAUGCCAUGAACCUCGCUGGACUUAGCAAACCUAGCGAGGCUUCCAGACCAGUGGUGGCACUAAAUCCUGUUGAUCCUCCUGGUAAACCUGAGGUAACAGAUGUUACAAGGUCUUCUGUGUCACUAUGCUGGACUGUGCCUUUUAACGAUGGCGGCAGUAGGAUCAUUGGUUAUGUAGUGGAGAAAAAAGUGUACAGCAAUGACGAGUGGGAUGACAACCGCUGGCUCAAGUGCAAUUAUACCACAAUCACUGAGAACUACUUCACCAUCAUCAACCUUGGAGAGGGAGAAACUUAUGAAUACCGCGUAAUUGCCAAGAAUGCUGCUGGAGUCCACAGUGCACCUUCUGAAACGACUGGACCGGUCACAUGCAAGGACGAAUACAGUCCUCCCAAAGCCGAGCUUGACAGCAAGCUGAAAGGCGAGACUAUCACAGUCACAGCUGGCUCUGAUGUAGUCCUAGAUGCUGCAGUGGGAGGAAAACCAGAACCUACAGUUUACUGGUCAAAGGGGGACAAAAUUUUGGAGCUUGGAGAAAAGUAUUCACUAACCUACACACCAACCAGAGCUAUGACUGUCAUAAAGAACUGUGACAGAUCAGAUACUGGCAGAUACAUUCUCACAGUCAAGAAUGCAAGUGGCAUCAAAACUGCUGCUGUCAGUGUUAAAGUUCUGGACACUCCUGGGCCUCCAGCUGACAAGAUAUUGAUCACUAGAGUGACAGAAGAAAAAUGCACAGUGUCCUGGAAGAUUCCUCUGGAAGAUGGUGGCGACAUAGUAACCCACUACAUUGUGGAGCGUCGUGAGACUAGUCGUCUGAACUGGGUUAUAAUGGAAUCUGAAUGCAAGUCUUUGUCAUGUGUGAGCAGCAAAUUGAUCAAGAACAAUGAGUACAUCUUCAGGGUUAGAGGAGUCAACAAGUUCGGCCCAGGAGUUCCUCUCGAAUCUGAUCCUGUCAUUGCCAGAAAUGCUUACACCGUACCAUCCCAGCCAGGCACACCGGAAGCCACAACGGUGGGUAAGGAGCUUGUCAUCCUUGAAUGGAUGAAGCCUGAGAGCGACGGAGGCAGUGAAAUAAAAACCUAUGUUGUGGAAAAAAGAGAAAUGAGCAGCACAAGAUGGACGCGAGUGAACAGAAAUUAUACCAUCUAUGACACACGUCUAAAGAUCACAGGCUUGCUGGAGGGAAGCGAGUAUCAAUUCAGGGUGAUAGCCGUUAAUGCUGCUGGAGACAGUCAGCCAAGUGAUGCGUCACCGUACAUCCUCUGUAAAGACCCAACAUACACCCCAGCUGCUCCCUCUACUCCUCGCAUCACUGACACGACCAAGCACAGCAUCAGCAUGACCUGGACAAGACCUAUGUACGACGGUGGCUCAGACGUCACUGGCUACGUUGUGGAGAUCCUGGAAGAGGGCACGCAGCAGUGGUAUCGCGCCUCUGCAAAACCUCUAACCAGCAACGAGUAUGUGGCCGCUGGCUUGGCAGCUAAUAAGAAGUACAGGUUCAGGGUAGCUGCCAUCAACAGCAAAGGCACUGGGGAGUUUAGUGAACCAAGUGCUGAGGUUGAGCCACUGGAAAGAGUUGAAAUGCCAGACUUGGAGUUGGCUGAAGACCUGAAGAAAACCGUGUGUUUGCGCGCGGGUGGUACCAUGCGUUUGUUCGUGUCCGUGACUGGCAGGCCAACUCCAGUGGUUGCCUGGAGGAAAACAGGCGUGGAACUACAGAGCCGAGGCUACAUUGAGACUACAGACAGCUACACCUCACUGAUAGUGGAGAAAGUUAACCGCUACGACUCGGGAAAAUACACUGUAGAAGCAGAAAAUCCAUCUGGCAAGAAGACUACCAUCAUACUGGUUAAAGUUUAUGAUACUCCUGGUCCUCCAAGUGCAGUCAAAAUAAAAGACUACACUAAAGAAUCUGUUGUGAUCACCUGGGAUGUUCCUAACAUCGAUGGUGGUGCCCAUGUCAGCAAUUACAUCAUAGAAAAGCGUGAAGCCAACAUGAAAUCAUACAAAACGGUCACCACAGAGUGCAGGAAAACCCUCUACAGAAUUACAGGUUUGGAGGAGGGUGUACACUACUUCUUCAGAGUCCUACCAGAGAACAUCUAUGGUGUUGGUGAACCUUGCGAAACGGCAGAAGCUGUGCUAGUGUGUGAAGUACCAUCAGUACCGGCGGACCUCCAGAUUAGUGAUGUCACCAAGUCUUCUGUGACUCUCCGCUGGGAGAAACCCUUGCAUGAUGGUGGCAACCGGCUUACAGGGUACAUCAUCGAAGCCUGCAAAGUGGGUUCAGAUAGGUGGAAUACAGUGGCCUCAGUCAAGGCUUCAGUUUCACACCACACUAUUCAGUCCCUGACUGAGAAUGAUCAGUACCUGUUCAGGAUACGUGCAACAAACAGCAGGGGAGCCAGUGAGCCCAUGGAUAUUGUCGCACCAGUUACUGUCCAGGAAAUCAAGGUGAUGCCAAAGAUUGACAUAACGGGUAUUCCUCAAAAGAUUGUUCAUGUCCAUCGUGGUAAAAACAUUGACCUUAACAUCCCCAUAAAAGCAAGACCACAGCCGGUCUGCUCCUGGUUCUUCAAUGGGGUUAAGCUAAAGGACAGCUUGGAUCGCAUUAAAAUUGACAGCAAUGGAAAAUUCACACAUCUCAUUAUCCGUGACACGACCAUCAACGACACAGGAGAUUACACAUUGGAGGUGAAAAAUGCCAUUGGCAUGGCAACCGAGGUUAUCAAGGUCAUCAUCCUAGACAAACCUGGAAUUCCAGUGGGCCCAAUAAAGAUUGAAGAAGUUGAUGGUAUAUCAGUAACAGUCAGCUGGGAGCCUCCAGAGAAGGAUGGAGGUGCUAACAUUAGUGGCUAUGUUGUGGAACAGCGUGAUGCCCAUCGUCCAGGCUGGAGCACUGUGUCAGAGUCAGUGACGAGACCUUGCUAUAAGUUCAGUCGACUCUCCGAGGGAACAGAGUAUGUUUUCCGAGUUGCAGCCAUGAAUCGCUUUGGAGUUGGAGGCUUCCUGCAAUCUGAAGUUGUGGAGUGCAAGAGCGCCAAAACCAUCCCUGGACCUCCAAGUACACCAGAGGUGCUUGAUGUCACCCAUGAAGGCAUGACUUUGACCUGGAAUCCACCUGAGGACAAUGGUGGAUCUACAAUUGCUGGAUACAUCAUAGAACGCAAAGAGGCCCGUUCUGACAGGUGGAUGAGGAUCAACAAGAACCCUGUUACAAUGACAAGGUACCGUUCCUCUGGACUGAUUGAAGGUCUGGAGUAUGAGUUCCGUAUUACUGCAAUCAACUCCAGAGGAGCUGGCAAGCCCAGUGAAAGCUCUGUCAUCACUGUCGCCAUGGAUCCAAUUGAACCUCCAGGUGCUCCACUUCAGCCCAGGGUCACCGACGCCACAAGGACUUCAGUCUCACUGGCCUGGCUUCCACCUGAGGAGGAGGGUGGCUCUGUAAUAACAGGCUACUUGAUAGAAAUGCAGAAAGUGGAUCAAGUAGAAUGGACACUAUGCAACACCACACCCACAAAGAUGUGCGAAUACACCCUUACUCACAUGCCUCAGGGAGCAGAGUACAAAUUCAGAGUGAUUGCCUGCAAUGCUGGUGGUGCUGGAGAGCCUGCUGAGAUUCCUGGAGUUGUUAAAGUCCAAGAGAUGCUUGAUUAUCCUGACUAUGAACUUGAUCGGAAGUACGCAGAAGGCUAUGUGGUGCGGCAGGGUGGAGUCAUUCACCUGUCUGUACCCAUUAAGGGUAAACCAAUCCCAACCACCAAAUGGACAAAGGAUGGCCACGACAUCUCCCAUCGCGCUAUGAUUGCCACCCAUGACAACAUAACUGAGCUCGUUAUUAAAGAGGCGCACAAAGACGAUACUGGCACUUAUGACUUGGUGCUGGAGAACAAAUGUGGAAGGAAAGCCGUUUAUAUCAAGGUUAAAGUAAUUGGCCAGCCUAAUCCCCCAGAAGGUCCUCUUGAAUUUGAUGACAUUCAGGCCAGAUCGGUACGGGUCAGCUGGAGGUCACCUGCAGACGACGGCGGUUCAGACAUCCUGGGUUACAUUGUGGAAAGGCGGGAAGUGCCCAAAGCGGCUUGGUAUACUGUAGAUGCGCGAGUUACAGAAACUGCUCUGGUGGUGAAAGGCCUGAAGGAAAAUGUUGAGUACCACUUUAGGGUUUCCGCUGAGAACCAGUUUGGUGUUAGCAAAUCUCUCAAGUCAGAUGAAUCUGUCAUACCAAAGACUCCACUUUGUCCACCUGAACCACCCAGCAACCCACCUGAGAUCAUGGACGUCACCAAGUCCACAGUGUCAUUAUCCUGGGCCAGGCCCCGCGAUGAUGGAGGCUCACGUAUCACAGGAUACUAUGUUGAAAGACGGGAGGUGUCAACAGAGAAAUGGGUUCGACACAACAAGACUCACAUCACUACAACCAUGUUCAACAUCACAGGCCUCAUUACUGAUGCAGAGUACAUGUUCAGAGUAGUAGCUCUGAAUGAUAUAGGACAAAGUGAACCUGGUCCUCCAUCAGAGUCUGUGGUCUGCAAAGAUCCAUUUGACAAACCCAGUCAACCUGGAGAGAUAGAUAUAAUUUCUGUCACCAAAGAUUCUAUUACAAUUCACUGGCUCCGGCCUGAGCAGGACGGAGGAAAAGAGAUCUUGGGAUACUGGAUUGAGUACAGAGAGGCUGGAGAAAGCUCCUGGAAAAAAUGUAAUAAGGAGCGCUCUAAGGAUCGUCAGUUUACCAUGGGAGGCUUGAUGGAGGCUACAGAGUACGAGUUCAGAGUCUUUGCCGAAAAUGAGACAGGACUAAGCCGACCUCGUCGCACACCCAUGGGCAUUAAGACCAAACUAAGCGUUGGCGAAACUCCAGUUUUGAAGGAAGAGAUUCAAGAUGUAACCACCAAGCUUGGAGAGUCUGGUACACUAACCUGCGGCAUUAUUGGUAGACCUUUGCCAGAGAUCAAGUGGUAUAGGUUUGGUAAGGAACUGAUCCAGAGCCGCAAGUACAAAAUGAGCUCAGAUGGCCGCAACCACUCCCUUAGCAUCCUGACAGAUGAGCAGGAAGAUGAGGGCAUGUACACCUGCAGGGCCAUCAAUGAGGCCGGAGAGAUUGAGACCAGUGGAAAACUACGCUUGCAAGCUGCACCCCAAUUUCAUCCUGGCUUUCCACUUAAGGAGAAGUACUUUGCUGGAGCUGGAACCAGCCUUCGCCUCCAUGUUGUUUACAUUGGUCGUCCCAUACCUCAAAUUAUGUGGUUCUAUGGGAAGAAGCCUCUAAAUUCCUCCGAAAAUGUAAUAAUUGAAAACACAGAAAGUUACACCCACCUGGUGGUGAGAAACGUCCAGAGAAAAACCAACGCUGGUCGUUACAAGGUGCAACUCAGCAAUUCUUUUGGAACUAUUGACACAGUGUUGCGUGUUGAAAUCCAAGACAAGCCUUCCAUUCCUGAGGGACCUAUCAUUGUUGAAGCCCUGCUCAAGAGUUCGGUUGUCAUCAGUUGGAAGGUUCCAAAGGAUGAUGGCGGUUCUCCAAUCACCAACUACAUAGUAGAGAAACGCGAGGCCAAGGAAGGUGAAAAGUGGCAGCUGGUGUCCUCCUCUAUCUCUGGUACAACCUGUCGUGUCCCCAACCUCAUAGAGAGCUCUGGCUACUACUUCAGAGUUUCUGCCCAAAACCAGUAUGGAGUCAGUGAGAGUCUGGAGAUCCCAUCAGUGGUCAUUAUCAAGAGUCCAUUUGAAAAACCUGGUAUGCCUCAGCAGCCGUUUAUCCUUAGUGCCACCAAGGACAGCUGCGUUGUCUGCUGGAAGCCUCCAAGUAGUGAUGGUGGAGCUAAAAUCACUGGCUACUAUCUUGAAAAGCGCGAGAAGAAACAGAACAAGUGGAUGUCUGUGACUACUAAAAAGUGCACAGAGACCAGCUAUGAAGUCACUGGCUUGAUUGAAGGCUUUGAGUAUGAGUUCCGUGUCAAAUGUGAAAACAUGGGUGGUGAAAGUGAAUGGAGCGAGAUCUCAGAGCCCAUCGUCCCCAAGUCCGAACAGUCUCCUAAAGCUCCUGUUUUCAGGGAAGAGAUAAGGGACAUGACUGUCAAAUACCAUGCCAAUGCCACUUUUGUCACAAAGGUGGUGGGGCAUCCAAAGCCUUCAGUGAAAUGGUUCCGCAGUGGAAAGGAGAUCUUGGCAGACGGCACAAAAAUCAAAGCCCAGGAGUUUAAGGGUGGCUACUAUCAGCUGGUAAUCACUGCUGCUGAUGAGAAUGAUGCCACAGUUUACCAGUUCAGAGCCACUAACCCCUCAGGAUCCAUCUCUGCCACUGCCAACCUGGAGGUGGAAGUCCCUGCAAAGAUUCAUCUGCCAAAAGAGCUCCAAGGAAUGGGUGCAGUCCACGCUGCACGUGGAGAUAAUGUAACCAUAAAAAUUCCUAUUACUGGAAAGCCAGAGCCAGCAAUUACAUGGCAGAAGGGUCAGGAGAUCCUCUCCAACUCUGUUUACCAUCAAGUCAUCACCACCAGAUCUUUCACCUCUCUGGUCUUCCAGAAGGGAGUCCAGAGGAAGGACUCAGGGUAUUACACAAUUACUGCAAAGAACAGAUUUGGUAUGGACAAGCAAACCAUUGAAGUGAACGUGGCAGACAUCCCUGAAGCUCCAAAGGGACUUUUGGUGAGCGAGAUUUCACGAGAUUCCAUAACUCUAAACUGGGAACCCCCUGCUAAUGAUGGUGGAACCAACAUCAUUAGCUACAUUGUUGAGAAGUGCCCCACUACCAGUGACCGGUGGAUUCGGGCUGGUCAGACUACUGACUGCAGUUUGACCAUUAUCAAUAUAUUUGGAAAGACCAAAUAUCAGUUCCGUGUUAUGGCAGAGAAUGCAUUUGGCUUAAGUGUUCCAUCUGAUCCAACUGAGCCAAUUACCACAAAAGAAGAUACAUCUGUUCUUAGAAAUUAUGAUGAGGAGGUGGAUGAAGCUAGAGAGAUUACCAAAGAAGAAGCUCUGUUCUACAAAGCGAAAGAACUGUCCUCCAAGUAUGUGAUCUCUGAGGAACUUGCUCGCAGCCAAUUUGGAGUGGUCCAUCGCUGCACUGAGAUCGCAACAAAGAAGACCUUCAUGGCCAAGUUCAUUAAGGUCAAAGGAACUGACCGUGAGCUUGUUCUCAGAGAAAUUGAGGCUCUUAAUGUUGCAAGGCACAAAAAUAUCAUCUAUCUACAUGAAUACUUUGAAAGCAUGGAGGAGAUCAUCCUUAUAUUUGAGUUUAUGUCUGGAGUAGAUAUCUUUGAACGCCUUGGCACCAGUAAUUUUGAACUUUCAGAGCAGGAGAUUGUCCGCUACUUAAGACAAGUCUGCUCUGCCCUCAAAUUUCUUCACAGCCAAAACUAUGGUCACUUUGAUAUUCGACCAGAUAACAUUGUUUACACCACAAGGAAAAGUACCAACAUAAAGAUUAUUGACAUGGGUCAAUCUAGACUACUUGUGCCAGGGGAAAACAUUCGAAUCUCGUUUUCAGCUGCGGAGUACUAUGCCCCAGAAGUCCAUCGCCAUGACUUGGUCACAACAGCAACUGACAUGUGGUCUGUGGGUGUUAUGGCAUACGUUCUUCUCAGCGGUCUUAAUCCAUUUGCUGCAGAGUCUAUGACAAAGACCAUUGAGAACAUUUCCAACUGUGAAUAUGUCUUUGAUAGUGAAGCAUUUAAGGACAUUAGCCUUGAGGCUAUGGACUUUAUAGACAGACUGCUGGUAAAAGACAGAAAACUGCGUAUGACUGCUCAUAAAGCUCUUGAACAUCCUUGGCUUAAAAUGAAGAUUGAACAUGUCAGCAACAAAGCCAUAAGGACGCUGAGACACAGAAGGUACUAUCAGUCUCUUGUUAAGAGGACUGAUGCUGUGGUCUCAGGAGCUCGUGUAGCAUAUGGAGGUGCAUUUAAAAACCAGAGAGGACUAUCUGUAGGUAAAGUGAAAAUUGGAACAGAGUAUCAUGGUCUCCGUGCUGGCCCUGUCAUGCAUGGCUUUGCUGAAGAAGGUGGUCAUGUCAGAUUUACCUGCAGUAUUCUUAACUAUGACAAGAGCACUCAAGUAGCAUGGUACUUUGGUAACCGUCAACUACAUCCAAGCCCGAAAUACGAAAUUUCUUACAACAAUGGUUUUGCCAGCAUUUAUGUCAAGGACAUUGAAGAGUCAGAUGACGGUAUCUACAGAUGCAAAGUAGUGAGCGAUAAUGGAGAGGACAGUGCCUAUGGUGAACUCUUUGUUGAAACUGUGAGAAGCAUUAGAGAACACUAUAUCAGUAGGUCUAUCAAGAAGCUCAAGAGAAGAAUUGACAAAACUAAACUUCUUCAAAGACCACCAGAGUUCACUUUGCCACUCUACAAUAGUACGGCAUACAUUGGCGAAGAUGUGCGCUUUGGUGUGACUAUAACUGUGCAUCCAGAGCCACAGGUGAUAUGGCUUAAGAAUGGAGAAAGAAUUAAGCCUGGUGAUGAUGACAGAAAAUACACAUUCACCAGUGACAAGGGCCUGUAUCAGCUCAUGAUCCACAAUCUGGACCUCAACGAUGAUGCUGAAUACAUGGUCAUGGCCCACAACAAGUUUGGAGAAGAUAGUUGCUCAGCUCGUCUUACGGUGGUACAACAUCUAGUUACAGAGGAAACCAUGAGGCCAAUGUUCAAACGUCUUCUGGCUAAUACUGAGUGCACAGAGGGAGAAAGCGUCCGCUUUGAGCUAAAAGUUUUAGGAGUGCCAAGUCCUACUCUAAAAUGGGAAAAGGAUGGUUAUCCCUUACAGUUUGGUCCUAAAGUUGUUGUAAUAAAGGAGGAUGUAGACUAUCACGUCCUGCAUAUAAGAGAGACUCUCCUGGAAGACUCCGGUGUGUACAAAGUGACUGCAACCAACUCUGCAGGCUCUGCAACCUGCCAGGCUACACUGAAGGUAGACCGUGUUACAUACACCAGGAGAGAGUACAAGAGUGAAGAGGAGAAAUAUAGACACAUACAGAAACAAAUUGAAAAAACCAACAAAAUGGCUCAGCAGAUUGCAGCCACAGCAGAAAUUGUGCCUCUAAACCCAACAGCCCAAGAAGCUCUAAAAUUCGCUGCUGAUGUCUACAAGCCUGCAGUUAGCACCAAAAACAUAGAGGGAGAAUUUGACAUUACCGAGGAAAAGACUGAGACAAAGAAGCUUGAGGAGGAGAGAAGGGUUUUCUUGCCCUACGAAAUUCCCGAGCCUAUCAUUCAUGACCCCAAAGCUCUGGAUGAGGACAAAACUAUCAAACAGUUUGUGCCUCUCUCAGAGAUGAAGUGGUAUCGCAAACUGAAAGAUCAGUAUGAAAUUCCAGAGAGGAUGGACAAAAUUGUGCAGAAAAGGCAGAGACGUAUUCGUUUGUCCAGAUGGGAACAGUUUUAUGUCAUGCCACUUCCCAGGAUCACUGAUCAAUACAGACCAAGAUGGCGUAUUCCUAAACUAAGUCUGGAUGAUUUAGAGACUGUUAGACCAGCACGCCGUUCACCUUCCCCUGAGUCAGAGGUCUCCUUUAGAUCCAGAAGGAGAUCUCUCGGAGACCUUAAGGAUGAAGAGCUCCUCGUUCCUGGAGAUGAACAUCUCACCAGGAGAACAGAGGAAGAAGAAAUUAUGUCUGAAGAUGAGUUGGAGCUUGGAUUUUCUGCUUCACCUGCUGGCAGCCCCAUUCGUGUCAGGCGGCGCGCAAUUGAACAUGAGGAGAAGAGGCUGGAAGUGAGUCACGAGUUUGCUGAAGUCACUGAGACGAAGAAGAAGAAACGCACAAUUUCUCAGUAUAUGAGGAGGAGAAGAUCACUGUCUCCUACUUACAUUGAGCUCAUGCGCCCAGUCUCGGAGCUGAUCAGACCACGAGCCAGGCUUCCAGAAGAAGCAGAGGUAGAGACUGUGGAAAAAAGGUCCCCAACUCCAGAGAGGACUCGCCCUCGUUCUCCUAGCCCCAUCAGGUCAUUGGAAAGGUCUUCACGCUCCUCCUCUAGGUUUGAGCGUACAGCUCGUUUUGACAUCAUGUCCCGCUAUGAGGCAAGGAAGGCUGCUUUGCAAUCCGAAAGGAAGUAUCAGGUUGUGAGUCAGGCACCUUUCAGCCUUGAUCAUGCUCCUCGUGUAACGGUCAGAAUGCGCUCCCAUCGGAUCCCACUUGGCCAAGACACUAAAUUCACCCUGAAUGUCCAAGCCAAACCAGAAGCUGAAAUUAGGUGGUUUCACAAUGGAAAUGAGAUUUCAGAGAGCAGCGAUAAAUAUAUUUUUACAAAUAUGAGUGGAGUCUUGUCCAUCACUAUUUUUGACUGCCAGGUGGAGGACAGUGGCACAUACCGGUGCAUGUGUUCAAAUGCAAAGGGAGAGGCAUCAGACUAUGCCACACUGGAAGUGUCAACUGGCGAUUACACAACAUUUUCUUCACGUCGCAGAGAUGAGGAAGUUCCCAAAGCUUAUGUCCCUGAAAUCUCUCAUACUGAUCACUUUCACACUACACACUUUAAGACUGGCUAUACUUCCCAGACCAAACUUGAGGUGGAGGAAACCAAGUCAAAGUUAACGGAGACACGUAAGGUGGUCACAAGUGAAAGACUCGGUGCUUCUUCUGAGAGAUAUUCCUCUGCUGAGAGAUAUGAGUCAUCAAUCAAGUAUGCCUCUGCUGAAUAUUUAUCAUCUAGUUCUUCCUAUUCGUCAGAGAAAUUUUCAUUAGCUGGGUCUCACACCACAUCCGAAACUAAAGUCAAAUCAUUAUCUGCUGCAGUUUCUGAAGAGGUUUCUGUCCAUAAAGACAAACCUUUCCUUCCUGCUAAAAUACUCACCAAACCUCAAUCUGUGACAGUAGCGGAAGGAGAGACAGCCAAAUUUACCUGCGACAUUGACGGGGAACCUGCACCCACAGUAACCUGGUUGCAUGAAAGCAAAUCCCUCAUCUCAUCUCAUCGUAUCCAGAUUAGUACAAGUCAGUACAAAUCCUCACUGGAGAUUUCCUCUGUGUUAUCUUCUGAUGAAGGAAGUUACGUGGUGGUGGUAGAAAACUCAGCUAGCCGGCAAGAGGCUCACUUCACUCUGACCAUCCGCAGACCAGCUCCCAAAGAGGAAGUCAAAGCAGUCAAAUCACCAGAGCCUUCAGUAGCAUCACCUGCUCCUCCUGUUACUUCCCCUGUUCCAAGUGUCAAGUCACCUGAACCCAGCAUUAAAUCCCGCGAACCCUCAAUUACAUCACCAGUCCCAAGCGUGAAGUCUCCAGAACCAAGUGUGACAUCUCCGGCCCCAAGUGUGAAAUCACCAGAACCAAGUGUCACAUCUCCAGUCCCAAGUGUGAAAUCACCAGAACCAAGUGUCACAUCUCCAGUCCCAAGUGUGAAAUCACCAGAACCAAGUAUCACAUCUCCAGUCCCAAGUGUGAAGUCUCCAGAGCCCAGUGUGACAUCCCCUGUUCCAGGGGUGAAGUCUCAAACUCCCGGUGUAAAGUCUCCCGAACCAGGAGGAAUUAAAUCUCCCAGCAAAACUAAAUCUCCAGAGCCAUCUGCACCCUCCCCAGCAAGAAGCUUAAAAUCACCAACUCCAGGUGUUAAAUCCCCUGAGACGGAGGGAAUAAAGACACCACGAGGAAUAAAAUCUCCAGAACCCAGACUCAAGUCACCACCACCAAUCAAAUCACCAGAACCUGAGGACGUAAAAUCGCCUCGUGGUGUUAAAUCUCCAGAACCAGCGGGAAUCAAGACACCAAGAGGUCUGAAGUCUCCAGAGCCUGUUGGAAUCAAAACAAUAAGAGGGGUUAAGUCUCCUGAACCAUCAGGUAUCAAAUCACCAAGAGGUCUUAAGUCCCCUGAUCCUGAGGGAGUCAAAUCACCUCCCAGAAUGAAGUCUCCUCCUCCCAUUAUGUCCCCUAAGAGAGUUGUGUCUCCUCCCACUGUGAAAUCCCCAACCCCCAAACCUCCCAGAGUCCUGAGUCAAGUCUCAGCGCAGGCUUGUGAUGGCUAUGUCAAGAUGUCUUGUCUUUGUGAGAGCAGUGUCAGGGAGGUGACAUGGUAUUUAAACGGGAGAAGGCUUUCACAGAGCAGCCAUUUUGAGAUGCACUACUCUGAGGGCACCUGUAACCUUCUGAUUCAUGAUCUGACAGAGAGUGAUCAGGGGGAGUACAUGUGUGAAAUGACAUCAGAUGGAGGGGUGUCCAAAUCCUCCUUCUCUUUCACUGGACUGGUGUUUCAGUCUGUUCUCAAAAAGAUCACAGCCUACCGUGAGCAGGAAUUGGUCCUGAAAGGAUCAGCAACAGUGAGUCACACGGAAUUAUUGUCAUCAAUGAGCUCUUCCAUGAUGGCAAAGAAAGAAACCCACAUGGUGGAGGAAUCUUCCUCUUUUUCAUCCUCUACUCAUCAAGCAAUGAUGUCAUCCAUGAUGGAGUCCAGCUCUAUCAGCAGCAUGGCAGCUGAGAUGAAGUUUGAGACCAUGUCCAUGUCUAGCAUGUCAUCCAUGACUUCAGAAACAUACGCCAUGAGUUCCAGCAGCCUAACAGAAAUGGCUACUCACAUGGAGGGAUCCUCCCUGAGAGCAGUUGGUUGUGCUCCAAGGAUAGAAGCUCUUCCAGAGGACAUCAGUAUCGAGCCAGGCAAGGUCCUCACCGUUGCUUGUGCCUUUUCCGGUGACGCGAAACAGAUUACAUGGUCUCGUGGCGGCAAAACCAUAGAGGUGACGCCUGGAGGCCGAUUCCACAUUGAAACAACAGAGGACCUAACCACCCUUAUCAUCACUGGAGUGAGGGAGGAAGAUGCCGGAGCGUACACACUCAAGCUGUCCAACGAGCUUGGAUCUGACACAGCAACUGUUCACAUAAGCAUUCGAUCAGGGUAAAGAACAAAAACAAUACGCCAAUGUCCUUUUUCCCGUCUUCUGUGCCUUUUUAUUUAUUAACUAAACAAAAUCAUCCACUUGAUAAAAGAUCUGGAUUAUUCUUGUAAAUAUGAACUAUUUUUAUAACAAACGUGACAUUCAUUUAUGCCAAACUAGACUUAAGUCUAUAAAUUUGUUAAAUGUGCCAUAUUGGAUAACUAUGACUUAAGAUGUUUGAACGUCUUUUCUGUGACAUGUACAUAAUGUAUAUAGCCGAAGUGACCGGUUAUGGGAAAAUGUAUGAGUUGUUAUUUAUGACAGUAUUAUUAACUGAAACAAAUGAAACUAAGUGUAGUUUAGCAGGAGAAAGUUUUAACAUGAACGAAUACCCUGGUAAACUGGGAAACUAAACUCUGUGCCUCAACGAUAAGUUGAAGUCUUAAGAUUGCCUCAACAGGUAGAGAGGCUCCCUGUUGAUGUUCUAAACCAGAAAUGAAACUAUGAUGACACUGCCGGGGGAGAAAAGAGCAGUGUAAUAGUGUUGGAACAGGAGCAUGAGAUCCUGAGUGCUGUUUGCAUCUACCCUCAUGCAAGCAGGACAACUGGACCUCAUGCUGCAACCGAUUACGUCAUACUGCCAUUUUGAUGACAAGUUCACAGUGCGAGCGGCCUGCACUGCCUGAGCAGAAGUUUUUUUGUUUGUUUUGUGCUCUGCUUCUGGCAAAUGACCAUUAUGUGGGGCUCUUGAGUUUUUCCAUCAACCUGGCCAAUAGAAGGAGUCCUGCAGGUGCUUGUUUGCAGAGGCAGAGCUUCAACUUGGAGGUGUGCAGCGUGUUUGUGUGUUAGUUUGUAGAAACAUACCUGUCAGGUGAGGUAGACGCACAAGAGAAAAUGUUCUCCAGGUGAAUCCAACUCCUGGAAGGAGAAAGAAGUUAAAUGUGACCGUGUUAGUCGCCUCUCACUUCAGGUUUGUUAGUUAGAAUUGUAGCCAUUUUUUUUGCAUCCUCCAUAUGUUUUCUCCACUUAUUGAUCUAUUAAAGCAUGACUGUCAGCACUAAA